AUGUGGGCAUGGUACUCCGUGACGGCGGUCCGUCACAACAUUGAAUUAUUUCUCUCAAUGAAUUGUGGACUGCGCUGCCGCAAGGUAAAUAUUCAUAACCGACUUAUCUCAAACAAAACCCAAAACGCAGAUUUAGCAAUUUCCACCAAUAAAAGCCGGGUGUUUUUCUAUUAAUUACAUCAUGCGUAAUAACCACAGCUGUCUGCAACGGGAGACCAAUAACCGGGUCGUGCACACACUGCAUAAUGUAAUAAAGAGCCUGACUGAUUCACACUGUGUCAUUUACAAAAUAGAUUGAUUCUCUGUGUCGGUCUGCAAAGCAUGGAAAGCGCUUAAUUAAUAUGUAAAUAAUCAAAUGCUGGAAACAUUUCUGUCUUUAUCCAUUUAUUUAAUAGAUCAGAAUUCAUCACACAACUUCUGCGUUUUGCGUGUCAUCACAUGAAGGACACGAGUAGCGUUUUGAUUUUUUAACCUGCAGUACCACAUGUAGCGGCAUGAAGAAUAAUACACUGCUUUUAGACAGGUAGGCGAUCUGAAGGUUUUUGUAACCCAAUUGAAUGGCGCCCCUUUUUAAAUGCAGGGACAAAAAACUCAAACAAAAUCAAACCUGCAGUUUUAACUGACGCUCGAGAUAACACAAUGGGAGAAUCAAUGCUUUGUUACUGAUAUCUUAGAAUGCUCAUUGUGACUAAGAGAAAAGGAAUGGAUAGCGGCAGAGGGAAUUCCACUAAAUACAUUACCUUGGAUUCAGAAAGGUUUUGCUGUUGUUGAUAAUGUUGCAACUUUGAUGAGAAAGAAAAAAAGAUAUUUUGAAGAUCUUUAUGCAAACAUUUGUUAAAACAAAUUGUUUUAAGAUGAUAAUGCAUUGUAUGCAUUCAAAAAAUGUAGUGAAUUCUGGCAUACACUGUCCCUAUACAUAUAAAAUACAUUGAUAAAAGUGACGAGAUCCUGAGGCCCAUUGUUGUGCCAUUCAUCCACGACCAUCACCUCAUGUUGCAUCAUGAUAAUGCAUGGCCCCAUGUUGCAAGGAUCUGUACACAAUUUCUGGGAGCUAAAAACAUCCCAGUUAUUGCAUGGCCAGCAUACUCACCGGACAUGUCACCCACUGAGCACGUUUGGGGUGCUCUGGAUCGGCGUAUACGACAGCAUGUUCCAGGUCCUGCCAAUAUCCAGCAACUUCGCACAGCCAUUGAAGAGGAGUAGACCAACAUUCCACAGGCCACAAUCAACAAUCUGAUCAACUCUUUGUGAAGGAAAUAUGUUGUACUGUGUGAGGCAAAUGGUGAUCACACCAGAUACUGACUGGUUUUCGGACCCCCGGGACCUCUCUGGCUCCCUCUGGCUCCCCCAAUACAGUAAAAUUGCACAUUUUAGAGUGGGCUUUUAUUUUGGCCAACCUAAGGCACACCUGUGCAAUAAUCAUGCUGUCUAAUCAGCCACACCUGUGAGGUGGAUGGAUUAUCUCAUCAAAGGAGAAGUGUUCACUAACACAGAUUUAGACAGAUUUGUGAACAAUAUGCCCAUGUAUAAGACUACCCCUAUUUUUAAACCAAAAAUUAGGAGAUCAAUAUUUUAAACAUCAAAAAGAACAACUUUGAUAUUUUAGAGGUCACUUCUGAUUCUCAUGCCUCCCCUGUGCUAUGGUACUCUUAGGUUAAUAGCUCUAAACUGCAUGCUGGUACAGCUCCCACAAUACUGCAGGUGGUGUGAAGGCAUGCAGGGACAUCACAGCAGUAUUCCAUCUGCUCCCUGAUCCCCAUUUCCUCCCCCAUAAAUAUAAAUCAGAAAGCAAGAGCUAACUGAGGUGGAGCAAACCUUAAUAUGGCUGCUCCUUUUAUGGUUUGGCACCUCUCUGGAGCUCCAUUGGUGGUAAGUGCUGAUGUCUACCCACACAUAUAGGGACCUCUUCCUUCUUGCAUUCAGAAGUGGAUCGGUGGGAGGGAGGCUAGGUUUGUGUGUGGGCCAUGGCACACGGAAAUGCGGCAGGCGCCAUCUUAACUUAGGCCCCACGCACAAGUGGUUGUUUUUUUUAACCCCUGCAGUGACAUUCCGUGUAUAAGACAACUCCCAAUUUUAGACUAAAUUUUUUUUGAAAAAAACAUUGUCUUAUACAUGGAAAUCAUGGCACAUUGAUUUGAUAUGGUCUGUGCCCAAUAAAUGAAUAAUAUUAUGUUAUUUAAACUUGCUGUGAUCAUUUAAGCUUUUGUUUCUAUUUAGGGAGUUUUGGGACUGCAACAUAAACUCUAAGACAUUAAAAAAAGGACACUAUAGUCACCAGAACAACUACAGCUUAUUGCAUUUGUUCUGGCGAGUAGAAUCAUUACCUUCAGGCUUUUUGCUGUAAUAAACACUGUAUUUUUAGAGAAAAUGCAGUGUUUACAUUACAGCCUAGUGAUAACUUCACUGGCCACUCCUCAAAUGGCUGUUAGAGAUGCUUCCUUAAGCAGUCCUGCCUAAUGUGCAACACUGCCAUUCAGUGUCUCCAUCCUCUGCAUGCAGACACUGAACUGUCCUCAUAGAGAUGCAUUGAUUAAAUGGAUCUCUAUGAGGAGAUUUUGAUUGGCCAGGGUUGUGUUUGACUUGUGUUGGCUCUGCCCCUGAUCUGCCUCCUUGUCAGUCUCAGCCAAUCCUAUGGGGAAGCAUUGUGAUUGGCUCACAGAAUGACAUCUAAUUAUGUCAGCCAAACAGGCAGACCAGGGGCAGAGAAAGCAGCUGCAGACUUGAUUACAAGUAAGAUUUUACUGUAUUUAAUGAGGCAAGGGGGGCCCAGAGGGGUUGAUGGUGGUUUUAACACUGUGGGGUCAGGAAUACAUGUUUGUGUUUCUGAUCCUAUAGUGUUCCUUUAAGUCUGCAGACUCAGUCCAAUAGGUCAAGGAUAUAAUAAUACAGUAACUGGGUUUGACUGUGAACUGGAAAGGAAAUCAAUUUAUAAACUCUGGUAAAAUGUCUUGAAAUUGAUCAAACACAAAUCUAUCAAAUCGGGAAAGAGUGGAACCUAAAAAGAGUAUUCAGAGGAAUUCUGAAGAAGUAAUCACCAAAGAGGAAAUUUAACAAUAAAUGAGGAAAUUACAAAAUGUUAGAAGAACAAUAGGUUGAUGGGGACCUUGCUCAAACAAGCUUACAAUCUAGAGGAGGUGGGUAUGAAAACACAACAAGAAGGGCAUUGAGGAGCACUGCAACUCUCCCAGACAGCCACUGGAGGCGCUUCCUGCAUCCAAACAGACCUUUGCUCUGGUAUCUGACGCCGGACGUCCUCACACUUUACUUGAGGACACCCAGCGACAGAUUUUUUCCUCACAGCAUUGACGAAGGACGAGGAGGAGCCGCGACCCAGUGCCGAGGAACAUUGGUGAUGGGGUAAUGUAAAUACCCCUUUAUUAACCCCUUAAGGACACAUGACGGAAAUAUUCCAUCAUGAUUCCCUUUUAUUCCAGAAGUUGUGUCCUUAAGGGGUUAAUCCUUUAUUGACCACCACGGGGGAAUUCAGCUUUGUAUUCCUGGCACUAUAGUAUCCCUUUAAAUGAGUGAAGACUAGGAGAGAAUCUGAUGGGGGUAUGCAGGCUGUGCCAAAGGAAAGGAGCAAGUUAGCGUAAGGAUGCAAACAGCAGACAGGAGAAGGUCACCAGCAGAGCAUAAAGACUGAGAAGGGGCAUGCUUUGUUUAGAACUUUAUAGGUAAGGGUUAGUAUUUUGAAUGAAAUCCUACAGGGUACAGGAAGCCAAUGUAAGGAUUGACAGGUGUGAGAGUAGCGACACAGUACUGAAAUAGAAAAUUGUGAAUUUUCAUAAUUCACAAUAAUUUUUUUUAUUAUUACUAAAAUUAAUCUGACAUAAAAUACUUUGUUUUGUAAAGGAAAUAUUUAUGUUAAUGCACUAAACAUAUGUAUUUAUUGAACAAAACAUAGUCAUGUAUUGAAACACCAAUUAUUUUCUUCGAUUUCCUCAGGAUCCUGUUAUCUUAUCUAACAUUCUUACAAAAAAACAAAAAACAAAAAAAAAACAACACUUUUUUUCCUGGUGAGUUUUACAGAAUUUUUUAUCAUUACCAAAAAAAUCUGUUUUGCUGUGAUUACUUCUUCCUUAUAUUGUAACUUUUACCAUGCUAACCUGUAUUCUUUCAAUGUCAAAAAUGAAACUGUUAAUUGAAAAAAACCCUUGUGAAGUUAAGGAAAGUGUGCAGAUAUUAUUUAAUGAGUUUGCCAACAUUGAUCAUCUGACUAUAACAGUGGCUCUGUUCUUGAGCCAAAUUUGUAGGAAUAUUUGGAAUUGUGGACACAUUUUACUGGCCUGGACACAUAUUUUGCUGGAUGAUGGAUGAACUCAGUUUGCGGUGGACACACAUUGAGCUGGUUUGUGGUAGCUGACUAUGGUGCUGAAACAUUGUAACUGAGAAAUGUCAGGGAAGCAGAGAUUAUAUUACAGUGGUCCCCAGCCUUGGGUUUAAUCCCUUAAAGGGGCACUCAACCUUGGGAAGGGGCAUUCCAGGUUCCCAUGCAUUUUAGAUGCAGUAUUGACUUGCUUGGCUUUUUUCAUCUUUAGUUUUAUUUUUUUACAUAGUUAUUUUUUCUCCACCCCCUUUCUCGUUCUACGCUGCAGUAUUUUCCCUUUUGUUUCUAAAAUACCUCUGUACAUUCUGGGCCCUCUUGACAAACUUAGGUCCUCGUGGCAAAUAUACGCACUCACAAAUACUCACAGAAUUAGUCGCUGAAAGGUUCACUUGUAAUAAUUUAACAUUUUAAUUGAAACAUUUAGGUCAAAAUAGCUGAUUUGUAAAAUUUCUCCAGGUGUGCUCCCAUCACAGUUUGUCUAUUUCAGCUUGCAUUUCAAGACUCUCGGUUCACUACGAGUAUCUGCUCUCUGAAUAAACACUGAGGCUGUUUAACACACAUUGGAGCAUUAUCAGAGAAUUGAAACAUUUAGGUCACAAUAGUUGACCUGGAAGUGGAGUUGAUUUUUUGUUUUGUUUUUUCAAUCUAGCUAUAUUAGCUUGCAAUAUAAAAAUAAGUGGCAAUUUUCUCAAAUAACAGUUCAAUGAAUCAAUUAAUUUGUGUGUAUGCAUCCUAUUUAUCAAAGUCCCUCUCUGGUACACCUCUCUUGUUUUUCAGUUAUUAUGCUAUUAUUAAUAUAGCGCCAUCAGAUUCCGCAGCGCUUUACAAUGGGUGGACAAACAAACAUGUAGUUGUAACCAGACAAAUUGGACACACAUGAACAGAGGGGUUGAGGGCCCUGCUCAGAGAGCUUACAUGCUUGAGGGGGUGGGGUAUGGGGUAUAGUGACACAGUAACAGUGGGAUUGAGGGUUAAUACAGCAUGGUGUGGGGUUAAUACAGCAGGUGUGGGGUUAAUACAGCCGGUUUGGGGUUAAGAAGCACAAAUGUCUAAAAAAUGCUCUGAAUUUAUUUAAAGUCUUGUUUUCAUAACAAGAUUCAUAGAACGUGUUAGGGUUUCGGGUAGUACGUACGCUAUGGUGUAGAGUGGGGUUUUAGGAGUGGGUUGCAUCAAUUUAUAAUUAGAGACAUUAAUAUUUACCCUUAGGCUCAAGUUUUUUUUACCUCCUCGCAGUGUCCCUUCUUUGCAUUAGUGUGUCUAUUGUUUGUUGUUGUUUUUUUAUGUGCUAGUAAUACAUCUGUUUGUGCAAAAUAUGAAUAUCGGGUGAAUUCAGGGUGAAGGCAAGGGUUGUUAAUGUGUAAAAAUAUAUUUGUGUGUAAUGUCAGUGUUAGCAUGUGCAGCAUUUUAUUUGCAUACAUUAUGAAUGUAGAUAUGUAUUUGUAUGCAGUGGUUGUGUGUGAAUAUAAUGCACAUAUAUAUUUGUAUGCAGUGUGUGUGUGUGAAUGCCGUUGUGUAUUUUGAUGCAGUAUGUGUAUGAAUGCAGGUGUAUAUUUGGUUGCAGCGUGUGUGUGUAAUUGGAUGCAAUGUGUGUGUAUGAAUUCAGGUGUAUAUUUGGAUGCAGUGUGUGUGUAUGAAUGUAGAUGUGUAUUUAGAUGUAGUGUAUGUGUAUGAAUGCAGGUGUAUAUUUGAAUGCGAUGUUUGUGUGUGUAUGAAUGCAGGUGUAUAGUUGAAUGCAGUGUGUGUGUAUGAAUGCAGGUGUAUAUUUGUGUGCAAUAUGUGUGUGUAUGACUGUAGGUGUAUAUUUGGAUGUAGUGUGUGUGUGUGUGUGUGUGUGUGUGUAUGAAUGCAGGUGUAUAUUUGUAUACAAUGUGUGUGUGUGUAUGAAUGCAGGUGUAUAGUUGGAUGCAGUGUGUUAGAAUCCAUGUUUUUCAGGUGGGCUGAUCAGAGGGAAUACUAGAAUUAGCACACAUGCAUUUUUCCUCCUUAGUAGGAAUAGGACAUAAUUGCCCAAACGAACUUGGACUCAGCUACACAGUAAACACUAAUGCAAUAGGAAAAGUCCAACACACCAUCUGCUAAGGUCUUCGAACCCCAUGAUGUCCAGCCAGUAACCGAACAAAGCACAGAGACUGGAAACAUUGACUGACUGUAUCCGUUCAUCUACUAAUGAAUGAAACUCCCAUCAUUCUGACACGAAGCAGUCUAAAUAUGGAGUUCCCUGUCUUUCUGUAUUCAGAAUGAAGACACUGGAGGUUACGUAAAAAGAAUGACUCAGGGGCAAAGUUCUAAUAGUGGAGCAAUCACCAUGGAAACAAUGGAAUGUUACCGCUUACAGCUGCGUUCUAGAACGCUGCCCUAGAAUUACUGUUUAUAAACAAAAGCCACAACAGGCAACUGAGCAAAGAGGCAAUCUCUGGCAACUGAAGGACAGGCAGAAUGUUCCAUCAACGCUGUUGGUGGCUGAGCACAGUGGGAUGGGUAGUCCACAGCAACUGAACCGCUGGAAAAACGGUCCUGAGUCCCCGUGUCUGAGCCAGUGACUUCUUUCUCUGAAUUCUUUCAGCAGACUCAGACAGCAUCCUACAGACACGGGUCUGUGCUAUUAACUCUGUGCUUGCCAGUGGAUGAGCAGUCCAUAGCUGUCAUGUUCCAGAUGGCUGAGAUUAACUCGUUCCUGUCCCCAAUGCAGUGAGAGCAGUCUAUCAUACACCCAAUGGAUCAGAGAGUGCAGUAAGUGAAUGAGACUCAGACUCCCACUCACACUCCCAUCUGCAUCCUCCGUCUUACAGGAAGGUUCUCAUCUCUGACAGAGAGAAUUUCAGACGAAUCUCAUCCAAUUGAGAAAAACUACUCUCAGCGAGGGGAGGGCAGCAGAUCCCUCUAUUUCUAGACUCUUCUCAGCACUACUCUCAGCCAGCCAAGAUCUUCUCACUACUCUCGAUCUUCUCACAACUCUCAGCCCGACAAGACCCCCUCUUCUAUCUUCUCACUACUCCCAGCCAAGCAAGACCCUCUCUACCAUCUUCAUAGCACUACUGCUAGCCAGACAAGACCCCCUCUUCCAUCUUCUCACUACUCCUAGCCAUCCAGCCAGGUGAGGCAUUUACUUUAAAACUUAUGAGAUUCUCACUUUCAGUCACAAGAUCGCGAGACCCCCUUCUCUGAGACUAUAUUCAGCCAUUUGAAGACCAUUCUAGUGAAACGACCCUCAGCCAUGAGAGACUCUCCCUUCUGGCAAUACCCUCAGCCAUGUGAGACUCUCCCUUCUGACACGACCCUCAGCCAUGUGAGACUCUCCCUUCUGACUCGACCCUCAGCCAUGUGAGACUUUCCCUUCUGACUCGACCCUCAGCCAUGUCAGACUCUCCCUUCUGACACGACCCUCAGCCAUGUGAGACUUUCCCUUCUGACAAAACCCUCAGCCAUGUGAGACACCCUCCCUCGUCUCAGACUCGGCCAUGUGAGCUCUUCCCCUCAUUGGAAGCCCUGGUGUGCUCGGAGUGAGUCACUUUGUGUGGACUGUCAGGGCAUCUCACAGAGAGCUGGGAGCAGCACAUUCAUGUGAUGGAAACUUCUAAGGAAUAAGGACAUCUGUCUGGACCUCUCCCUGAAUUUCUCCCUUCCGGACCUCUCCCUAAUCCUCACCUAGGGCCCCUCUCUUUUAUCCUCUCCUAGGACCCCUCUCCCCAUCCUCUCCUAGCACCCCUCUCUCUGAACCUCUUGCUUAACCCCUGUUAGGACCAAUCUCCCUGAUCCUCUUCUAAGACACCUCUCCCUUCGGGACCUCCUCCUAGGACCCUCUCCCUGAACCUCUCCUGAGACCCCUCUCCCUGAACCUUUGCUAGGACCUCUCUCCCUGAACCUCUCCUAAAACCCCUCUCCCUGAUCCUUACUAGGACCUCAACUGGAUACUCACCUAGGACCCCUCUACCUGAACAUCUCCUAAGAUCCCUCUCCAUGAUCCUCUCUUAGAAUCCCAACCUGAACUUAUGCCUUCUAGACCUCCCUGGACUACUCCUAGGACCCCUUUCCCUUGACAUCUUCCUGGGCUUUACCUUCUGGACAUUUUCCUGGAUCUGAUCCCUUAUCUCUCCUUGUACAUCUUGACGGACCUCUGCUAGCACCUCUGGAGACACAGACAGGAGGUCAAUUCCAGGGGAUCCAACAAUGAUUGUCACCAAGUGUCUUCUGCUGGACUAGACCAAGGUCCCCCCCAGCCACCACACACAGGCUGACAUUGAGAGGUUUUGCCUCAUUGACUUGGACCACUGUCUCCUCCUGCCUGGUUGUCCACAUCACCCACAGCUCUGGCAAUGGCCUUCACAUUUGCUGCUUUCUGCUAUAUGUUGUCCCUGGUCCUUUGUGCUGCUCUCAUCUUCUUCGCCAUAUGGCAUGUGAGUAAAGGGGAUGGCAUGCUGAGAGGGGGAUAUGACAUAUGAAUAUGUCUCUACUUGGUGGAAGGGUUAAUUAAAGGUUUAUUGGUAGGGACCCUCUUGGAAAAGGUACCAUAGUGGUCUCAGUCGCAGAAAGGUGAAAUACUAAUUUAUUUAAAUUAAUUAUCCUAAGAAAAGGAUACAAUUUCAGUUGUGAAAAUGUUAAUCAGAUCAAAGAGACUCCAGUGUUAACAAUUUCAACUACAUGUGGCAUGUGACUCACAGAAGGUAGCAUGGUCCAAGUGACAUCAGCUGAUUAAUGAUGGUAUCAUUAAGGACUCCAGGUUAGUAGGAUGGGUUAGAUGAGACAUUAGUAGCAGCUAAGAGAGGGCACAGAUCAGUUCCAUGGGGUCGACCUGGAAGGUGUUGGUAGACAUGGUAUGAUAUUGGAUGUCAUGAUGGAUGGAAUGGCAAAUAUCAGGACCGCCAUUGGUGGCCCCAUGUCACAACCAACAGAGGAUGUAAUGAUGGUCUUGACAUCACAGAUUUAGAUUAAUGUCUAGAUAUAUUACCAGAGGUGGGUGUUGUCUGGGAUCCCAGCUUUGUCCAUCCAUGAUGCUCAGGUUUCACCCUAUUAACCUAGAACCGUUAAAUCCUUUCUGCUUUAAUGUUAUUAAACAUGUUGGCACUCAAUGGGUGCCAGUUUAUGGAACAAGAACCAGCUUACAUUAGAUAUAUGGCAUUGGUACUUCAUGCCAUCCACCUGCAGAGUGGGGAGCAGUACUUCCUUCACCCCUUGAGGCCAAUAUCAGAUCUUUACGAAAUACUCACAUUGACUGUGUUGGAAUCUCACUGGGGCCGUAGUUGAUAUUCUUCCUGGUUUGAAAUAUCUUAUAAUCACAAAUCAAUACCAGGCUGCCCAAAUUCUACAGUAUCACAACAACACUUUAAUGGGGUUUCCAUGUUUUCUAAAUGUUACAAAACAUUCCCAUUAAUUAGGCAACCAAAAUGACUUUGCAUCAGCUGGGCACAUGCCAAGGGGACCCAGGAAAUUUAAACGUUGGCUGUCUGUAUGUCUGUUUUAUAAUUGUCUGUAUUGUCUGUGUUUCCGUGUGUCUGCUGUUUCCAUCCCUAUACCUCUCAGAGAAUAAUAAAUAUUGAAGGGAUUCCUCUUUUAAGAAUCACAGCCUGUAGCAUUGACUGCAGAAUAAGAAAAGAAUAUUGAAAUCUCCCCCUGAAUCUUCCAUUAAAGCCCCAGGAAAUAAAUGACAUUUGGUUUAAAGCAAGCAUGGCCUUUUCCUUUUUUUAAUAUUCCUUCUCAGCCCCAGACAAAGGCUUUACAGACACAGACUAGCCAGCAAGACACAGAGAAGAAGCAGAAUUUACAGCUGCUACUUUGUAUCUGAUCAUCCAGCGUAUUGAAACAUGGGAUGGGGUAGGUGGUUAUUUACUAAAAGAGAUUAUUCACUAAGCUGUACUGAAAUCCAACACUUACGUGAAAAUAACUGAUAUCAGCUAUAGUUUAUUUUUGCCUAACAUUUGCCAUUUGUAUUAAAGGUUAAUACAGUUGUUCUGGUGUCAAUAGUCAAUCCCUGCAGACAUAGCAAUGUAAACAUUGCCUUUUCCAAAAGGCAGUGUUUACAUUGCUGGGUAGUUAGGCCUCUAGGUGCAGUCACUCAGACAGUAACUCGAGGUGCUUCCUGGCUCAGUGUCUCCAUGUUCUGCAUGUGAUUUUAAAAAAUCAGCCAGUUAUUUAAAUAUGCAUAGGUAUUUGGGAUAGUGCACACGUAACUCUUUUCUUUGGUUUAUAUUCUCUGCAUAAAGGUGCAUUGAUGUGAUGCAUCUCUAUGAGGAGAUGCUGAUUGACGCUCCACGGCAUUUUACCAUGCAUGCGCAAUAGCCACCCAAUGUUUUCCUAUGGGAAAUGUUGAUGACCUCAGCCACGCAAGCAGAGGCGUGAGAAAAAAGUGAAUAAAAUCACCUUUAAUCUCUGGAGAAAGUGGGGCCAGGGACCUAAUACUGCAUACCAGCACUAUAGUGUUAGUAGAUGCUUGUUUGUAUUCCUGACACUAUAGUGUUCCUUUAACUACAAUUCAGAAUUCAGUGACUAAUUCUGUAAGUGUUGAGUUGUGGCAAAUCUAAUAAAAAUAAAGUAAUCUUAGAUCUGUUACUAAACUUGUUUGGUCUAAAACCUGUAUAGUUCACCAUAAACCCCAAGGUGUUUUCUGUAAAAUGUAGGUGUUAGAGUGUUGGGUGUUCUGCAAUAUCAAUGUCAAUGUCCUCCAAUCUGGAGAGUGCCGAUGUUCUGGGAAUGCUGUGUUAACUUGUAACUGGUACUGUCAGCCAAUUGCCUGGCAACUAAUGGUUUAACAUUAAACCGAAGGGUCACAUAGCUGCUCCAACGAGCUGCAGAGCGCCCUUUUCAAUUAUUUCUCCUCUCUUUCUUCCAAUAUACAAUUUUCAUCACAAUUUCUCUGCUCACUGUGUGGUCCAGAGCUUCAUCACUUUCAUAAUGUAACGUUUAACUGUCAAUCUGUAUCACAGCUAAUCCUCACUCGAACCUCCUAAACCCACUGUCAACUAAAUUGCUAAACGCAGUUCCUAACCUCCUAACAAGAAUUCCUCACUAAGAGUUACUUACUAAAGAGAGAAUUCAUAGUGAAUCUAGGAUUUAAGGCCAAAGUAGCCAGACUGGAAUCGUAGCCCGUUUAAAGAAUAUUUCAAGCUCGGCUAUUUUUACCUUGAAUUUAAUAUUCAUUUUUAAUUCACCUGGAGUUUUAACUUUAGUGAAGAACCCUGUGUCAGUCUUAAAGGGGGCACUAUAGGCACCCAGACCUCCACCUUGACAUCAGAAUUGUGGACCAUACCAUUUAAGCCAAUAAAUCGGACAUCUAUAACAUGUGAAGUCUCCAUAGUAACCAGCGCUCAAUGCUUAACGUGAACGCUUUAAGAAAAUCUAAAUAUUUCUUUAAUGCUUCUCUCUAAGGGAAAUGGUAUUUUGGUGUGAUUUCCUCACAAUGGACAGAGAGUGUGUGCAGCGUGUGCGAUCUCUGAGACGCCAAGGUUACGAGAAGUGCGCCACACGCUCUGCUCUGAUUUGGGUCUGGAAAUAAAUGAUGGAAAACAAAAAUGAAUAGUUCAUGAUGUUUGGCACAUGCAGAGAAGUGGGCCUAAUACCCGCAGCUGGAGAUGACCUGUUUGUGUCAUCUCUGAAGACAGUGACGAGUGAGAGACAGGCUGAAAAUCUGACAUGCCUCAAAGUAAAUUUGUAACACUGUUGUAUCUGCAUGAUAAAUUCCAUGUUUCAAGAGAACUGUGAUGAAACAAAGCCAUACCAAGUCAGCCUCUUAUUAUUUAUAUAUAGCACUAACAAUAUUCUGCAGGACUUUACAGAGAGAAAAUAUUUGGUUACAUUUAUUAAAUAAUUUAGUUUUCACCUGAUGCACCCUCUCCAUCAUUUUUAAAUACAUAUCAUACGAGAGGGAGGGGAGGGAGGGGGGUAGAGGAUGAGACUUGUGGAAGUAUGUACGGGCUGUAGUAUGUGUGUAAGGGGAGGGGUGGCGGAGUAGGUAAUUAACUUUCUGUUGAUUGCAAGACUUUUUUUCCACCCUAGGCAAAGAUUCAAUUUGUGACCCCAUUGUGCUCACCCCAGGGUUCUUUUUCUUAUAUUCUAUUUUUUUCUGUCUCCACCAUUCUCUGUUUACCAUGUUCCCCCUGCCCUAUAUGGGUGUUGUUCUUUUCCCCUUUUCCUUACCUCUGUUAUCACAAAGAGGAGAUUAUAUUUAAAAGAAGAAAAACUACCACAACAAGAGGACAUAGUCUUAAAUUAGAGGGACAAAGGUUUAAAAAUAAUAUCAGGAAGUAUUACUUUACUGAGAGGGUAGUGGAUGCAUGGAAUAGCCUUCCAGCUGAAGUGGUAGAGGUUAACACAGUAAAGGAGUUUAAGCAUGCGUGGGAUAGGCAUAAGGCUAUCCUAACUAUAAGAUAAGGCUAGGGACUAAUGAAAGUAUUUAGAAAAUUGGGCAGACUAGAUGCGCCGAAUGGUUCUUAUCUGCCGUCACAUUCUAUGUUUCUAUGUUCUUUUCCCCUUUUCCCCACCUCUUCUUUCCCUUUCUAUCUCUCUCCUCUGCCUGGUUAUAUUUCCCAUUUAUGCAGUGAUACAUUGCUGUUUUUAUUUUACUUUAAUUGAAAUCAAAUUUGGGUUUUCACUUUUUAAGCAUCAUGGCUUCGGACUAUACUAUAAUUAGGGUACUUAUAACAGAAGUUCAUUUUUAUUUUUGUAAGUGACAAGGUGUAUAUACACUGUUACUAUCAAAUUAACACUUUAUUGCUGUACAUAACAAUAUACUUUGUUGGCAAGGGUGAUUUUUGAAAUGUUUUAUUAUUUAGUGUUUCGGGAAAUAAAUACAGAAUUUAUCUUUAAGCAUCAAUAGUUUGUGAGUGUGGUAUUAUUUUAUUGAUUGUUUUGUGAAUUAGAAAAUUGGGCAGUAUGGUUGUAUGGUAACUGUAUGGUUAUCUGCCAUCACAUUUGAUAUUUCUAUGUUUACUUAUUUGUUGUUAUUUAAGAAAUAAUGACCAUCUAACAAGGUUAAUUUUGGGGGAAAUGUGGACAAAUAAAAGACAGACAAGAGUUGGGACUGUAUGUUUGAGUGGGGUUUAAUAAAUCUCAAAUGUGUGCAGACAUAGUCACUAAAAUACACACAGAUAGUUACAGUGACAUAUUUACACAUGUAUUUUUACAGACAUUCUAAUUAGAAUGUGACAACAAACUCUUGUCUCUACACAAGGUGGACAUUAAUAUUCCCUAUGUAGAAGGUUGUUUUCUCCAUGAUAGAGUACAUUGAACGAGGUGGCCAUUUCACAGUGUGUCCAAUGCACAGUUCACUGUGUAAUCACUUCCUCCCUCCACAGCCCACCAUGGGAGAACAACUUGGAUGCCUGGUAUUCAGGACAGUUCUCAGGAGCUGGCAAAAAAUGAGACAGUAGACAACUAUCAACUUGGCAGACUUUUUAAAUUUUUAUUUUCUGUGGGAAAAUUGAGGAAUUUAGACAGAGGAAAAACCAUUUAUAGAACAAUUUAACAAAUAUGAACAGAUGAAAGCCCAACAAUAAAAUAUACUUUUCAGAUCACUUUGAUAAAUGUCCCUAUCUGUAAUUUUGCAGCUUCAUGGAGAAGCGAACAUUUUUACCCAGACCAGACCCAGACCAGAGGCUACAACUGAUUCCCAAGCUCCGGGUACACGGUUGUAGAGAUUUGUGACACACAACCUAGAUGUCAUGGUUCACUUCGUCAAUUUCUUUUUCCAACUGAUAAAUCCAAUGAUGAUGCCAAGACCACCUGGAGAUAAAGGCUGAAAGUAGGAUAUUUGUGUGUAAUGUACUGUAAACAUCAACCAUUUCACGCUCAUUCAGCUCUGAAAGCCUUAAAACGUGCCCUAUUGAGUUAUCUUGGGACGGCUCUGUUCUGAUGGAAUCUAGUUAGCUGAUAUGGGAUAACUUUCUUUGAUAUCUCACGGGGGAAACUCACCAAUUAAGGAAACCUUCUCUCAUUUUCAUGUCAGACAGCAGCUGUGUGAUCCAUGGGUCGUGUACCAUGUGCAAAUCAAUCAGUUUUUCAUUGAAAUCUGUGCGCUAAGUGGUGGCGCGUUUCCUGCUGCCGCUGCCAGGUUCUGCAUUAUGCCAAUGACCACCUGUCAUUUAAUUUAUGGCUUGGCCUCGGAGACCAUUUGUAAUUAAUAAUUAAUGCUAAGUUUUCAUUUGAGGCUCCAUUUCAUAGAAGGUAUUUGCACUGCUGGAUAAUUUAGUAUCACUGGAUCGUCCUGUCAUGUCAGUUUAAAAUGAUGUUGAGGUCUACAAUGCCAGGAAAUUACUGUGCCAUGAACUCUAGCAAAUUCGCAGAAAAGAGCCCAUUUGGACAGUAAUCCUUGUAAUUUAUGUCAGUUUAAAAAAUGCAAUUUGUUUGUAGGCUAAAUCUAAAUUUACAUCCAUCCAUCUGUCCAUUUAGCCAUCCAGAUUUUCAAGAAAAAUAAAGAUGAUUAAUGUUAGGUAUUACCUUUAAUGGCAGACAGUGAACAUAGUAGCCUCUGUAAUGUGAUGCAGAAGGCUGAUCAAUUCAUCCCAAUGGCACUGCCUGUGGAAGAGCAGUCAAACAUACUAUUAUACAUAUUAUAAAUAAUAACAUAAUAUUAAUAAUAAUAUCAUGAUGGCGAAUGAGUUGCUCAGCAAUAAAAAAUCCUUCCAUACCUCGCUUCAUACCAGAAAAAAACUAGUGUUUAUGUUGCCACACAGAUUCUGGAAGGAUAACUUUUUGACAUUGUUGGAGGGUUUGGUUGGGAGGACAAUCAGGCAGGCUGUCCUGAAAGUAAUGGAAGAGAAAAAAGCUGGCCACAUGCCUUUGAAGAUCUUUGUAACACUGAGCUCAGAGAUGUGCAGAGACUUGAAGAGCAAGAGAGACAACACAGAGAGGAAAAAGGAACUCACAUUGGUAUUGUAAACAAAUAAAAAUGAAUGUAUGCUUUUCUGGACCCUCAUUCGUAUGGCCUAGGUAUCUAUAAUCUUGAUUGUCUGGUGGUCAUAGCCCUGCUCCCUGGUGAUCCAUGGGGCUGUUAUAAUGGUGCUUCUCCCUGGUGAUCCAUGGGUCUGUUAUAAUGGUGCUGCUCACUGUUGGCCAGUGGGACAAUGAGUCCUGCAAUUCAGCUCCCUGGUGGCUCCAUCGGAGGAGCUUGUGGUCUGCAAGUCAGAUGGUUGCAGUUACAGAUCACUGAAAGAGCUCCUUCUGGUCCAGGAAGCUCACACAGUGAUCAUCACUUGCCUGAGGUGCAGGCCGUGAAUUCCCUAGCUACCAGGGCAGGACUUGGACAAAAAACCUGACCCGGGGCCAGGCAACUAAAGGCAGAACAACCUAACACAAGAGGGUCGGCCGGGCCAGUUAGAGAGGGUUUGUUGUAUUGUUUGAUGCAACUAAUAGGCAGCCAAUUUACAGAGCCCUGCCGAAGAGCUCUGCCCUGUGUUUGCUUAGCACAAGUACAAGUAAUUAUAAUGACACGUUUGUUAUGCGUUUACAAGUGACUUGUCUCUUGUGUCCCUAUAAGUGCAAUACCAGAGCAAAUAAGAGGGACGAGAUAAAGAAAAUGUUUUGUGUGUGCAUGUCGGACUGGUAGUGGUGGUUGAGGGGGGUGAGGUAGCCUGUCGCAUUAGGGUGAGCGUGGGCACAUCUGGCCCAACCUGUAUGCACGCCUAUAAUCUAGAACCCAGGACAUGUAUGAAAAUCAAGCUAAGAGCAAAUUUGCUAUUCUUAUACUUUGAAAUUAUUACUUUAAAAAAAAAAAUUAUUACGUUUUGUUUUGUUUUUGUUUGUUUUGUACUGUCUUAACUAUUAGCUCUUUAGACUUUAUACAUAUAAUUCCCAAAUGAGGAUUUUUUUUUUACACUUUCUAGCUGUAGCAGGGAUUUUAGUAUUAUUUUUUAGUUUUUUUGUUAUAACAGAUAAUUUCGGUUAUUAUUAUGAAAAAUGCCCUGUCUAUAAGACAAAUAUAAACCUGGAUAGAUAAAUAAAUAAAAAUGCAGAUUCCUGUUUGCUGGCAGGAGCUGUUUAAUCAUUCGGACUGUAGGAAGCUUUGCAUACUGUUCACGGGAGAAAAUAGACUUUAAUAUUUUUAUAGCAAGCCAGCUUGUGCAAUGUUAGAGGGAACGAGAGAGAGGCAGGUUUGCAGACGAGAGAAGACAGGAUUAUAGCUUUAUUGUAAUAUGACUCUAGGCAAAGAGAGAAAAAAAACUGAUAAAAUGAAAAGGACAGCUUGAGGAAUUUAAGAAAAAAUACUCUCAUGCUUUGGAGAAAACCACUCACAUAUCGUGGUAGACAAUCCAUGACAAUACAGUGUGGACUACAGCUCCCAUCAAGCUGAGCCAGCCUUUCCAUUGACGACAAAAACCGUGUAUUUUGGAUCCAACAUAUGAGCAUAUAUUAAUAAUAAGAUUCUGUCGACUUGUUUGACUUUCAUGGUUUAGUAAAACUUUGGGCAUUAGCUAGAUAUGGCAUUAGGAUUCCUAACCAGUGCCAGUAGAAAAUACGGACUGAAUGUGCUGUGACUGCUAUAUAAUGUGUGCUGGAAACCAAAAUAUGGAACUGAACUCAAUCCAUUAAUAAAAGCCUUCGUGCAACCAAACCAGGGGCCGGCACUAGGCCCAAGAAAUAGUUAUUAGUCAUCAAAGAAAGGUCCAGGCACUCCAAGGCUUAGAUAGGCAAAGACCUUAGGGUCGAAACGUUGCUGCUGGAAUUUGCUAUAUAAAGUGGACUUUCUCUACUUAUAGGGGUCCAAUUCUGGCUGAAAUUAAAAGUAACAGUAAAGUUUGAGGUUCUACCACUUGCUAUGUUAUUUACUCUCCGGACUCUCUGCUUUACAGUCUGUUUUCUCAAAAGCCUUUAUAAGAAGAAUUAUUCUUGGAGCCCAUCUUUUCUAAGAUCGAGUAACUUUGUGUCCUGCCCAACUUGUUCUGAGUGUGGCUUUCUAAGAUGAAUGUAAAGACUAAGUAAUUAUUUAGCCUCUAAUUUGUCGAGGGGUCUGGGCUUUAGAUACUCACCUGCUCCUUAAUGCCUGAGGGUCAUCUCCUUUUUGAUGUGACUUGGUUAAGACGUCUUACGUUACGUUGGCGAAAUCGUGGGUUGGGUAGGAUCCCAAUAGCAGCAGUUCCUAACACCUUUAUUGUUCUGUUAUGUGGUGGUAGAGGUACACUGUGGGCAGAGGCUACAUUUGUUAUACUUACUCCUACCACGGUCGGUCUACUUACAGUAUUUUGUUAUAUUGUUAGAUAGCAUGGUGCCGCUACAGUUAUCAUUAUGGUGUGUGUGUAUCCCUGCCCAACCGAUUCCUCGUUACCAGGCGUCAUUAACCUGCUUUUAGGUCCAUAGGUCCAUUAAGCAAUGUUACAAAGUACGUUCAAAGAACUAUUUGUUUUUUCUUUAUUGUUGAUUGGCCGUGCAGCAUCCAGGUAAGUAUUACUGUUUUAUGUUCUCCUUUGUAGAAACACUUUGUUUGUUUGUUCCCUUGCACUGUGGUUUAGUUAGUCACCAAGCUUGUUAAAGGAACAUUAUCAGAAUGAAGUUGGUUGCUGCCUAGAGGUCCUGGGCUGUAUUUUUCACUCUGUUUUGUGAAUGAAAUAUUACUGAUCUCAGCCAGUGGCUCUCAGGCCCCGGAUUGUUGUGUCAAGCUUUGGACUCAAACGGAUAAGGAUUUUGCAGAGCUGACCGGGGAUGAGCAGAAGAAUUUGGGAUUGCACUGUGCUGCACUGGACGGCCCUCACCCGCGCCCACUAAUUCAAAAUAAAUAAAUUAUUAAACAAAGCUAAAACUCACCUUGAUACAGCACGGAGGAUCUCCCUGCAGCCCAGUCCUCACGUUUUAAUGUCAUUGCCCCUGAUGGAGGGGAACUGAUGUCAGGGAGGGUAGGCUGAGGGGAGUAUCAUGACAUUAUCUGUCUAUAGCCAGCAUGCUGUGUGUCCUGACGUCAGACAUCCAUUAUGCCCAGAAUUCACAUUAGCCAUCCAGCACUCUGGCUAAUGAUUCCCCAAUGACGCCACCGAAGGUGGAGUUAAACCUCUGGGGUAAGAGUAAAAACUGCAUAUACAGACUCCAGGCACCAUGACCACUUCAAAUCACUGAAGAAGUCAUCAUGCUUGCCGUAACCCCCUUGGUCAUUUGACUUUGCACUUUGUUUGUUUAACAUAUUUUUUUAGGAUCAUAAUGGAAGUUUCUCAUUUGCCUCCAUAUUAUAUUUUCUCUCAGCUAUAUGAAUGGCAGUUUCCUUGAUAAUUAUUUUUUGGGGGGUUUUGUAUUAUUAGUUUGGGUGUUAAGGUAUACUACAUCCCACCAUGUUCUAGCACUGUUUGCAUUUCUUAGAAAUAUUUCUGCAAAUCGACAAUGUUUUACCUUCAAGAGUUAAACAUACAGGAUCACUGCACUCAGACCACCAUUGAGAAAUUGCCUUGGUCCUUUGGUUAAUAAACAUAUUACAUGUCAUGAUCCAUUUAGUUGGAUAAAUAAACUCGACACUAGAUCCCUUGGUAAUGAAAAAUCAAUAAUGCUUGAAAAUGUGUGAGUGCAUUUCUUUAUUUGGAAAUUUUGCUUCUGGCCAUAAUCAACACAGGGACUCAUUAGAUUAGUGCACGGGUUAAUAUGCAUUCGGAUCAUCUGGGAAAAAAAUGGUUUUGGGGCGAUUAAAGGUUUAUCCAAAACAAUGAAGUGAAAACUGGCCAAUCAAUGUACUGCAUUCUCCUGUCAAUUGAGAAGAAGUAACUGAUAGUGGGGGAAAAAAAAUUAUAAUAUUAAAAUAUUUCAUCUGGAAAGGAACAUUAGAUUACUCUGGUUUUCAGGUACGUCCUGGGGAUGUUACCUUAGCCCAACAUCCAAUUACCCAAUUUAAUGGUACUCAUUGUAUCAUUGAAGGGCUGAGUCAACCAUGCUGGGAUUUGACCCUGCAACCCAAGGGUUGAAAAAAUUCUAAUGAUGCACCAGCCCACUGAGCUAUCUUGCCAGAAAACAAACUGAAGAAUCAUGUAGGAUAAAGAGGCCAAUCUCUCUGUAUUACAUAACUGCACAGAAUUAAGCUUUGCUGGGGUCUAUCCUGUCUCUUCUCUAAAGAGCAAGUUGUGGUUAUUUGAGAACAAAUUGAUUUAAAGACAGAUGGAUAGACUUCCUGAAUACCUCUAUCUAUGGAGGGUGUAAAGAUUAUUCACCUCUCCCUGAGGCCUACCCUGGGCCAGGGAGGGGGAGUCCUGAUCACUGGUGGUUCGGUGUUAGAUGCAGCAUGUCUGUACCCCCGACGGGUGGAUACAGCUCCUUCCAGCUGGCCUCAGGGAAAAGAAUCAGAACAUUGCCAUGAUAACCUGCAACAACACUCUCAAUCUAUAGAAGUAGAGAAGAACUUGGUCUGUACCCGCAGGGUCAUCCAAAUUUUCCCCUCCGACCCCAGGCAUCAGGGCAGCCUGGCUGCUAAGAGUGAUUUUUGAUCUCUCCACUGGUCAUGGAAUCCAUCGAGCACCAGCUCUGCAGAACCUAGUGGAAGCCAAGAAGCCAGGACGUGGGGGUCAUUUUCCCAGGUAAUCCCCCCCUGGAUUGAUACGUGGUGACAGAGCUACUUUAGGGUCUCUCUGAACCCUUCAUAAGCUGUACUUUUAAAACCCUGAUUAUACUCAAACGAUCUAGCUUAAAGGACAACUGUCAUCUCAAAAUUGUUCUUUAUACAAUAAUCCUUUCAUCAAGUAAUUUUUUUAAAUUAAGUAUAUAUAUAAAAAAUAAGAUAUAAUGCAUGCCUAUCUGUAGUAUAUGACAGGAUCCUUCAGCCAUAUCCAUGCACUUUGGAUCAGACAUUGUUUGAAAAUCGAUAGUAAGUCUCUAUGGUUUUCCCUACUUCACUCCCUGCACAAAAGCAAGGGAGACCAUAGAGACUAACUGCAUUUAUAUGGCUGAAGGAUCCUGUCAUAUCCUCAAGAUAGGGAUGAGAUUUUCACAUUUUAUUUACCUACACCAUUUAAUUUAAAAAAACAACUAUUUACUAUUUCCUUGUAAAAUUUGAUGAAAGGAUUAUUAUGUAAAAAAAUAGUUUUGAGGUGACUUGUCCUUUAACCUUUUAAUUGUCUGGAUACAUUAUGCACUUUAUCCAAAUACGUUGGAUAGGUUUAGGUGUACGUGAUUGACACAGAAUAGAGCAUUAAGGCGAUCUAAGAGGAAAUAUGAAACCAAAUAUCUCUGCCACGGUUUAUAAACACACUAAAAAAAUCUACAAAAUAGUUAAGUUAGAUAAAACUUCAGACAUUAUUUGAAAUCUGCAAACCAAACUCAUAUAAAAACGGCAGAUUUUAUAUAACAAAAAAGACAAAUACAUUAUUGAGAUUAAACAAAUUAGGAUUCAUAAAAAAAAAUAUCGAAAUGCACAACUGCUCCAAGCAUAAAAUUACAUUUCAGGCAAAAGAAAAUGAAAACAUUUUGAAAGGCCAGAAAGUUUACAAGAACUUUUACAUUUCGACUGCUUGAGGAUAUUUUAUUCUCUUUCUUAACAAGCGACGCAAGGUUACGAGGACUUUAGAAUUCUCAGAUAAUUUAUUUAUUUUUUGGUUUGUUUUGCACGCCCUGGGGGAAACAUUUCAUAUAAAAUUAAUCUGUUGGAAAAAAACUCACAUUAGUAUUAAUGACUAUGUUGUGGUCAAUUAAAUGGAGGCACGUUACCGCAAAACAAAAUGGAUUUAUAAACCAUUACAGUCUCCAGCUAUCAGACCGUGCUGGCGUUUAGUUUUAUCGAUAUGUGCCGUGAUAGAUGUUUUUAUUUAGCAAAAUAAUUUAUGAUGUCAGUGGCAGAGCGCGCUGAAUCUGGACAUACUUUGGAUACUUGUAUCUGUUAAUUCUUUCACAUCUAGAAUAUUUAAAGGGUUAAUAGAAUUAGGAUGGCCCCAGCAACAACGAGGCAUUUAUAAUGAUAUUGUGCCCUUCUAAUGGGUGGCACAAAUACGGGCAAUAGGUUCAGGGCCGGCGCGUCCUAUAGGCUAAAUAGGGCGCCCACUUGGGGGGGGCGACAGCAGUGUCUUUACUGCUUGUCUGGCCACCACCCUAUCAAGUGGGAUUGAUUACAUAUAGCGGGCCGUGGAUAUGAGGAUCCACAGUGAGCAAGAGAUCUGGUGUAUCACAGUAACUGGAAGCAGCAAUGAUGGUGUUGGAUGCUGAUGUUGCACUGACUUGGAUUUGGAAGCCAUUUAGAAUUUUGUCCUUCCUUUCUUGGUGUGUUCCGCUGUUGUGAGGGUGGCCUGAUUCUAACUUUACUUAUUUAAUUAACAUAGUUAGGGAACUUUACUAACAACAAUAAAAUGUAUUUGAUCUAAAUACACUUUGUAUCUUGAUACACAGAUGGUGUAUAAUAUUAGGUAUUCCAGUUGAUUAAGUGGUAAGAAAGGCUACAAGCCAUUGUGAUCUGUAAUAAUCCUCACCCGCCGAAGUCAGCCACUGGGGGAGGCAUGUGUAGCAAUGGCCGCACUCGUAUUAGGAUUUCUCCAUACCAAAGUAUUAUUCAAUGCUUUCCUGUGGGGUUUUGGGUGAUGCUGGACGUCAUGCAUAGAGUGAGGAUGUCCAGCGUCCACCGUCAAAUAUACAACCAAAAGUAGCAUAAUGACCCGUAAGUCCCUCUAGUGGCUGUCUGGUAGACAGCCACUAGAUGAUGAGUUAACCCAUAAAGGUAAUUAUUGAAGUUUCUAAAAAAAACUGCAAUAACUACCUGCUCAGGGUUAAGGAACCUGGAACACUGCCCACAGACUACUUCAAUGAGCUGAAGUUGUCUGGAUGCUUAUAGUGUGCCUUUAAGAAUUUAGUGCAUUGACAGCACUGUGGAAUAUAUUACUGAUGGAGGUGAGGUUAUUAUCCUUACAUCACACAGAGGCAACACUGAGAUAGCAGACCUGUUCAAGAUGGUGCACACGGUCUUAAAGGGCUACUUCAAUCCUUCUGAGGAGGGGGGACAUUUCCUCUGUAAAAUGCCCUAUUGGGCACUACAGAGAAGGCCCUCCCUUUGGUUUUCAGUAAAGGCUUUGUAUACAUUGCAAAUACAUACUUCUACCACUAUAACCACUUCAAAUCACAGAAGUGGUCAUGGUGGUUGGAGUAAAAUUUUAAGGUGGGUCUUUUGUGGGAUCCUUGCAUUUCGUGCCUUCCCCAGUGUGACAUAUCUACUUAAAUGGAUACUACUGUGAGAGAGGGGGAAGGUAGAUAUGCUUACCGGAACAGCUGGAUCUCUCUCUCCUCGGUGCCCCAUUUUCUUCUUUUGCUCAUUCUUCACGUUUAUCCCUUUUAGGUGCUCACUCACGUGGACUAGAGCCUAGAAUUCAGCUCUGAUUUAAGCCUGAUCUCUGGCUCUUGAAUGUGUGAGUGGUUCGUAACAUUUUUAUAAUUUAUAUGGUUUUAAAGCAUACUGGAAUAUAUAAUUUCAUUGUAUUACACAGUCUGCAGUAUUAUGUUAUUAUUUUUAUCUUUCUAAAUUCAUGUGGAACUUCCAUAUAUUGCUAAGUAUUAACAAAGCAUAACACUCAUAUUUUAUUUGUUUUUGCACUGGCACUUUUUUGGUGGCACUUACCUUUAAAAUGUUUUAUGUGUGAAGAGUUUGUUGUGUUUUGCAGUUUGGCUGCACUUGAAAUGUUUUAUAUAUAUGUAUUCACACUUUAUGUAACACAAAGCUAUUUGUUUGUGUGUAUUAAAGCACUUAUGUACUAAAAUCGGGGGUGGAAAUAUUUGGUAUGCCUUUAAGGAAUUGUUCAAAUACUUUUUUGUUUGAAGCGAAAAACAACGUUUAAAAUAAAUAAAUAAAAAAAUUGAAAUAUAUAUUGACACUAUUUUUCUGUAAAAUAAUUAUUUGCUGUUCUAUGAAAUGUUUUGUUUACAUCAGAGAUCUUAAAUGCAGAUGUCGAUAUAUAUUUUUAGAUCAUGCAAUGGAGACGUGUUGAUGAUAUGACAGUUAUAGAGGUAAAGUAAAUAAAUAAAAUCAAUCCUUUUGGCAAGAAGAAUAGUGCUAAAACAAGGUGUAAAAUUAAAGCUGGAGGAAGCGAUUUUGACUGUCUCCUAUACAGGGAGAAAAUGUUCCAGCUUUCUCCCAUACAGAGAGAAAAGGUUCCAGCUUUCUCCCAUACAGAGAGAAAAGGUUCCAGCUCUCUCCCAUACAGAGAGAAAAGGUUCCAGCUCUCUCCUAUACAGGGAGAAAAGGUUCCAGCUCUCUCCUAUACAGAGAGAAAAGGCUCUGGCUCUCUCCUAUACAGAGAGAAAAGGUUCCAGCUCUCUCCUAUACAGAGAGAAAAGGUUCCAGCUCUCUCCUAUACAGAGAGAAAUGGUUACAGCUCUCUCCUAUACAGAGAGAAAUGGUUCCAGCUCUCUCCUUUACAUGGAGAAAAGGUUUCAGCUCUCUCCUAUACAGAGAGAAAAGGUUCCGGCUCUCUCCUAUACAGAGAGAAAAGGUUCCAGCUCUCUCCUAUACAGAGAGAAAAGGUUCCAGUUCUCUCCUAUACAGGGAGAAAAGGUUCCAGCUCUCUCCUGUAUAGAGAGAAAAGGUUCUGGCUCUCUCCUUUACAGAGAGAAAUGGUUCCAGCUCUCUCCUUUACAUGGAGAAAAGGUUUCAGCUCUCUCCUAUACAGGUAAAAAGGGUUCCAACUCUCACCUAUACAGAGAGAAAAGGUUCCAGCUCUCUCCUAUACAGAGAGAAAAGGUUCCGGCUCUCUCGUUUACAGAGAGAAAUGGUUCCAGCUCUCUCCUAUACAGAGAGAAAUGGUUCCAGCUCUCUCCUAUACAGAGAGAAAAGGUUCCAGCUCUCUCCUAUACAGAGAGAAAAGGUUCCGGCUCUCUCCUAUAGAGAGAGAAAAGGUUCCAGCUCUCUCCUAUACAGAGAGAAAAUGUUCCAGCUCUCUUGUUUACAGAGAGAAAAGGUUCCAGCUCUCUUGUUUACAGAGAGAAAUGGUUCCAGCUCUCUCCUAUACAGAGAGAAAGGUUUCCAGCUCUCUCCUAUACAGAGAGAAAAGGUUCCAGCUCUCUCCUAUACAGAGAGAAAAGGUUCCAACUCUCUCCUAUACAGGGAGAAAAGGUUCUGGCUCUCUCCUUUACAGAGAGAAAUGGUUCCAGCUCUCUCCUUUACAUGGAGAAAAGGUUUCAGCUCUCUCCUAUACAGAGAGAAAAGGUUCCGGCUCUCUCCUAUACAGAGAGAAAAGGUUCCAGCUCUCUCCUAUACAGGGAGAAAAUGUUCCAGCUCUCUCCUGUAUAUAGUGAAAGGGUUCUGGCUCUCUCCUUUACAGAGAGAAAUGGUUCCAGCUCUCUCCUUUACAUGGAUACAGGUAAAAAGGGUUCCAGCUCUCUCCUAUACAGAGAGAAAAGGUUCCAGCUCUCUCCUAUACAGAGAGAAAAGGUUCUGGCUCUCUCCUUUACAGAGAGAAAUGGUUCCAGCUCUCUCCUUUACAUGGAGAAAAGGUUUCAGCUCAGCUCUCUCCUAUACAGAGAGAAAAGGUUCCGGCUCUCUCCUAUACAGAGAGAAAAGGUUCCAGUUCUCUCCUAUACAGGGAGAAAAUGUUCCAGCUCUCUCCUGUAUAGAGAGAAAGGGUUCUGGCUCUCUCCUUUACAGAGAGAAAUGGUUCCAGCUCUCUCCUUUACAUGGAGAAAAGGUUUCAGCUCUCUCCUGUGUAGAGUGAAAAGGUUCUGGCUCUCUCCUUCACAGAGAGAAAUGGUUCCAGCUCUCUCCUUUACAUGGAGAAAAGGUUUCAGCUCUCUCCUAUACAGGUAAAAAGGGUUCCAGCUCUCUCCUAUACAGAGAGAAAAGGUUCCAGCUCUCUCCUAUUCAGGGAGAAAAGGUUCCAGCGCUCUCCUAUACAGAGAGAAAAGGUUCUGGCUCUCUCCUUUACAGAGAGAAAUGGUUCCAGCUCUCUCCUUUACAUGGAGAAAAGGUUUCAGCUCUCUCCUAUACAGAGAGAAAAGGUUCCGGCUCUCUCCUAUACAGAGAGAAAAGGUUCCAGUCCUCUCCUAUACAGGGAGAAAAGGUUCCAGCUCUCUCUCUCCUGUAUAGAGAGAAAAGGUUCCAGCUCUCUCCUAUACAGGGAGAAAAGGUUCCAGCGCUGUCCUAUACAGAGAGAAAAGGUUCUGGCUCUCUCCUUUACAGAGAGAAAUGGUUCCAGCUCUCUCCUUUACAUGGAGAAAAGGUUUCAGCUCUCUCCUAUACAGAGAGAAAAGGUUCCAGUUCUCUCCUAUACAGGGAGAAAAUGUUCCAGCUCUCUCCUGUAUAGAGAGAAAAGGUUCUGGCUCUCUCCUUUACAGAGAGAAAUGGUUCCAGCUCUCUCCUUUACAUGGAGAAAAGGUUUCAGCUCUCUCCUGUACAGGUAAAAAGGGUUCCAGCUCUCUCCUAUACAGAGAGAAAAGGUUCCAGCUCUCUCCUAUACAGGGAGAAAAGGUUCCAGCGCUCUCCUAUACAGAGAGAAAAGGUUCUGGCUCUCUCCUUUACAGAGAGAAAUGGUUCCAGCUCUCUCCUUUACAUGGAGAAAAGGUUUCAGCUCUCUCCUAUACAGAGAGAAAAGGUUCCAGUUCUCUCCUAUACAGGGAGAAAAUGUUCCAGCUCUCUCCUGUAUAGAGAGAAAGGGUUCUGGCUCUCUCCUUUACAGAGAGAAAAGGUUCCGGCUCUCUCCUAUACAGAGAGAAAAGGUUCCAGUUCUCUCCUACACAGGGAGAAAAGGUUCCAGCUCUCUCCUGUGUAGAGUGAAAAGGUUCUGGCUCUCUCCUUCACAGAGAGAAAUGGUUCCAGCUCUCUCCUUUACAUGGAGAAAAGGUUUCAGCUCUCUCCUAUACAGGUAAAAAGGGUUCCAGCUCUCUCCUAUACAGAGAGAAAAGGUUCCAGCUCUCUCCUAUUCAGGGAGAAAAGGUUCCAGCGCUCUCCUAUACAGAGAGAAAAGGUUCUGGCUCUCUCCUUUACAGAGAGAAAUGGUUCCAGCUCUCUCCUUUACAUGGAGAAAAGGUUUCAGCUCUCUCCUAUACAGAGAGAAAAGGUUCCGGCUCUCUCCUAUACAGAGAGAAAAGGUUCCAGCUCUCUCCUAUACAGGGAGAAAAUGUUCCAGCUCUCUCCUGUAUAUAGUGAAAGGGUUCUGGCUCUCUCCUUUACAGAGAGAAAUGGUUCCAGCUCUCUCCUUUACAUGGAGAAAAGGUUUCAGCUCUCUCCUAUACAGAGAGAAAAGGUUCCAGUUCUCUCCUAUACAGGGAGAAAUGGUUCCAGCUCUCUCCUGUAUAGAGAGAAAAGGUUCUGGCUCUCUCCUUUACAGAGAGAAAUGGUUCCAGCUCUCUCCUUUACAUGGAGAAAAGGUUUCAGCUCUCUCCUGUACAGGUAAAAAGGGUUCCAGCUCUCUCCUAUACAGAGAGAAAAGGUUCCAGCGCUCUCCUAUACAGAGAGAAAAGGUUCUGGCUCUCUCCUUUACAGAGAGAACUGGUUCCAGCUCUCUCCUUUACAUGGAGAAAAGGUUUCAGCUCUCUCCUAUACAGGUAAAAAAGGGUUCCAGCUCUCUCCUAUACAGAGAGAAAAGGUUCCAGCUCUCUCCUAUACAGAGAGAAAUGGUUUCUGGCUUUCUCCUUUACAGAGACAAAAGUUUCCAGAAUGUAUGCAGCAUUCUGCUUCUCACCAGCUGUGGAGAGGUUUAUGGGAGCAGAUCGAGGCCCAUAGACAUUUUGUUUAAUCAUUACCUUUACAAUGCAUUAAAAAAUAUUGUUUUUAUUUAGAAAAAUCGCUUUAAUUAAUAUGGAUGAAUUGCCCAAAUGAUUGGGAAUAAUAAUACUAAAUGGCAAUGAGAUCAGCUUUGUUUUUAAAACAAUGGUCCUUGGUGACAAUUUACAGCGGUAUAGCGCCGUUGUAUCCUGAAAUUAGUGACUUAGUUUCAGUAUUGAUGUUUUCUUAUGAAAUAACCUAAGAAAUUGAGGUCACGGAAGUUGUGCGGGUUAUGCUUUGAUGGUUAAAAAUAGCCUCUUUCAAUGGAAAGUUUCCUAAAAUGCCUGCAAAUGGUAUGCUCAGCAGCGAGAGAUGCACGAUUUAGCUCUUCUUAAUCGUUUCUUUUUCAGAUAAUUGCCUUUGAUGAAUUAAGAACAGACUUCAAAAGCCCAAUUGAUCAGUGUAAUCCUGCGCACGCGGUAAGUAACGCAAUCACAUGAUUUAUUACACUGUUAGCUGUUACACUGCUCUUUGGUAAAUUGAGUAUAACACACGUUGCAGCCAUUAGAAUGGUUUGUCCGGUACUAUUACCCUUUCAAAGCUCCACUCAGUAGUUGGAGGGGUAUAUACGCCAUCUUUAUAAUACUAAGUUUACUCUCAAAUAUUAACUCAAGACCAAAGCCUUCUAUUUAGACAGAUUACGUUACAAACACAUUUAAUGUGUGUAAAACACAGAUUACUGUGAGUUUUAUUGCUGUGGAGCUCUGUGAUAGACUCACAUAUACACAGAACACUAAUGUGACUUUUAGUGUUGCUUAACAGAGCCAUCUUUAAGGCAGGGCAAAAGGGACAGCUAUGGGCUAUCCCACACAUUUAUCAGGGGCAAAAAACAGCUGCUACUUCUGCCUGAUAAACGCUGUAUUUCUUUCCAUUUGUCUUCCAUCUGUCUCCUGUAACCCAACAUCUGGGCAUGUUUGAGAUGGACCUCAAUUGUAAGAAGUGAUUUAUGGAUUGGUAGACCUGUCUUUGAAGGUUUUAUAAUUAAGGAUAGAAGUUAUGGAAGAGAGAGGGGUUUCUGUUAUGAAGGAAGGAGAUACUAGUAAAAUAUAUUAAGGAAUAGGUCCAGGUGAGAAAGAUCGGGACAUACCUUGAAGGGAGGGACGCUGGAUAUUUAAAUAAUGAAAGGCAGUGUUUUCUGGAAACAUGGGUAGCCUACCAUGAAUGUAUGGUCACUGGAAUCAAGUAUUCUACUGAUCUUGCGAUUGUUGUAAGUAAGUGUUGUGAGUCAUUUUCGGCACAAGGGUUUGGCACAAGAUUAAACUAAACAGACAUUUUAAAAACAGAAUAACGUUGUUUGUGCACACAAAGGUUCUAUUUACCGAACAAUAUAUUUUUUUGGUAACAUAAAAUAUCACAAUUUUCAGAGGCUAUUAGAAGUUGGCUCUGAACUUAUUAGGCAUAUCAUCAGGGAUACAGGAUAAAUUCUCCAGUAAUAGAUACUCCAGGAAUUCAGUACUGUUGAAAUCAGGAACUCCAGGUGAGUAUAUAAAUAAGUAUUUAUUAAUACAUAUAGGAGAAAACAAAGAAAAUAGUAGCACAAUGUUUUUUAACCUGAAAACGGGCACCUGAGGAAGACCCAUUUAAUAUUGAAAUGCGUUGUGCUACUAUUUUAUUUGGUUUAUACUAUAUGUAUUAAUAAAUACUUACUUAUAUACUCAGGGCCGAUCCUGGGGUCACUGACGCCUGGGUGCAAGAAUAUUUUUGGUGCCCCCCCAUGGGUGUGGCUAUAUUGCUAACCCCUCCCCUUUACAAACAUAACACUUCUAACCACACCCAAUUUCUAUGGAAACCACUCCACCCCCAACCCAGGACAUGUCACCCACUUCCUACAGUGCCAGCUUUGCCCCCAAAAAGCUUAUUAGUGCCAUAUUUGUGCCCAGCUUCCCAGUGCUGCCUGCAUCCCCAUACAGCUUCCCAGUGCCAGUUUUGUCUCAAAAUAGCUAAUCUGUGCCAUCUCUCUGUCCCAAUAUAGCUAAUCAGUGCCAUCUUAGUCUCAAAUUAUCUUUGUCCCCAUCUUAUUAGUGCCACUUUUGUGUCCAAAUAGCUUAUCAGUGCCAUUUUGUGCCCCAAAACGCUAUUGAAGCAUCCUGGUCUUCCAUAACACCUCAGCAGUGCCACAGGCUGAUAGCUUCCAUGCCAUGCCGCAUUGAGGCAGUAAUUGCUGCAAAAGGGGCCCAAACCAAGUACUGAGUCCAUAUGCAUGCUUAUACUUUUCAGAGGUCUGAUAUUGUUCGAUGUACACUCCUUGUUUUAUUGAUUGCAUGUAAUAUUCUAAUUUACUGAGAUUGUGGAUUUGGGGUUUUCAUGAGCUGUAAGCCAUAAUCAUCGCACUUAUGAUAAAUCACGGCUUGAACUAUCUUGCUUUGCAUGUAAUGCGUCUAUCUCAUAUAUUAAUUUCCCCUUUUACGUUGCAUUACUGAAAUAAAUGAACACGAUAUUCUAAUUUUUUGAGUAUCACCUGUAUGUGUGUGUGACAGAUUCCCUGCUCACUGAACCACCAGAGAUCAGCAUGCCUCCCUAUCUGCAAGGUACCAACAGGGAAAGGGGAAUAAUAUUAAUUUUGAAAUAAUAAUUAAUUUAAUAAAUCCCCUAUACAAACACUGCACCCCUAUACACACAUACACUAUACAUGAUGAAGAGGUAUGAUAGGAGGGGGUGGGGGUGGGGGAGGGGCACAGGGCGACUAAUUGCCUAAGACCAGCCCUCCCUAUAUUUAGAUAUAUAAUCGCACAUUUUGCAUUGGAGAAGUUUAAACAAUGUCUCUUCAUCUUCACCUUCACAUACUAAGAGCAAUGAGAGAACGGAGAAAGCUUAUAAGAAUGAUUGACAGUUGAGGCGACAUGAAUUCGUCAUCAUUUCUAGGAUUGAGCCAAAUACAGUGGUGUAAAUAUCUCUAUUACAUUUAUUGUUUACAAACACAUUUUUUUUAACGACAGGGAAGACGUAAACAUAAUAUAACAAAUCUUUGUUAAUAUUUCUCUUUAAAGGUUCCCCUGCACACAUUAAAGGGCAUGUAAUUAUUAUGAGAUAUAUAUAUACUUUAAACUAUGUUCCUACCAUAGAUUACAUAUCACUUUUAGAUUACACAAUUUGUACGUUUGGUUGUUAUUCUAGAAGUGUACACGUAUAUCUUUAAGGUUAUAUUUUCAAUUUAUUUGUGCCACUGGACUCUUGGGGAAUUCAGAUAAAAAUCUCAGGAAGAGCCGAAUGCAUUCUAUUAUCACAAUAAAACAAGUCUAUUCUAAGAAACAAGGUUACUUAUCUUUAUAUAAAACUUUCUAAUGGAUACCGUCAACAUUAUUUAGAAGACGUAGUGGUUUUCUCACACCGUGGAUAAUGAAUUAAAGCUGGGGAUGUGUAUUCUGUAAAUCAGAUAUUGCAACAACCUAUUGAACGCUAUAACCCCCAUUAAUCAAAAGCAGCAAGGAUAAUGCAAUAUUGUCAAAGGAACAUAUUACUUUUAAAUGUAAAUAGGCAUAAUGUUUACUAACAUUCUAUCACUUAUAUUACAUUCCCGAUAACGACUAAAGCUGGAUGAUCCCCCUUUUACCCCUUAUCUUUCAUCCAAAUAGAUAUAAAGACAGCAAGAACUCACUAAAUAUAGGAGUUUUUUUUUUAGUUGUCAGGACCAAAUUCUGCGAGAAUUCAGAUUAGUCGCUCUAACUUUGACAGUACCGGAUCAUUGCUCAGUAAAUAGACAUUCAUAAAACAUAUUGAUUCUUCCUCUGAACUCCAUAUGUUUAGAAAGUUAAAUUUAAAUUGUAGAUUGGUUAUUCCGAAUUCUGGAUAGCUAUUGCACCCUGAUAGAGUGCUUUUCUAAUUUUUCAUGGAUUGUAUUUUUAUAUAGAGUCAUCACUGGCCACAGUUUCCUGGCCCCUUUACUAUUUAUUAUUUUCAAAUAAUAAUAAAAAAUGUAAAAGGGGCAUUCUAUAAAAAGAAGUCAAUAUGUACAUUGCUUCCCCAGGACACCUUUAGUGAUUGUCAGACAGAUGCUGAUAAGUCCCAAUAAUAUAUCUCUAUGAUGACAUGCUGCUGGGCGCAGUACAGUGCUUUCUUUGUAUGUUGUAUGCGCAUCGUUUGUUAAUUAUCGCUGCGGUUAUUAGGAGAGCCAUUUAUUAUUAUGUUUAGUGUUAAACUUUUCUGUUUGGAAUAUUUCAGUCAAUUUAUGCUGAAUGAUUGAAAUGACAGAAUGUUAAAGCUUGCGUCUCUGAGAAACAACAGCACGUUUUAUAUUUAUUAAUUUGUGAUAGCAGACACUGGUGUGGGUUAUUAGCACGCAUCAGCGACAUUUAAUACUCUAAACACUGUGCUCAGUCAGGUCUGCUAGCAUCCAUUAAUAUAUAUACCAAGCAUCAUAAAUUCUCUAAUCCACUAAAAAUGGCAUUAACAUAGUGAAAUGAAGUUGCAACAAAAGUACAACCAGCUCAUAAUUCACCAGAAUAUCCAGGAAGUACUGCAUGCAGUGCAUUAAGGGUAAUCAUUAUUGCUAAUGUGCAGAUGUGUGUUUGGAGGACACGUUUGGCACUGUAACAAUGGAAGAUUAAAGCAUCAUUGCUACUUUUCAGUUUUUAUAGACUACCUGGUGGGUGAAGUAAAAUUUGACUCAGCUCUUUAUAUACAGACAAAUAGUCAAUUUAUACAAGCGAUGCAAAAUAGUGGCAUUUGCAUUUAACUAGUUUACCUUUCUGUGUCUGUGGUUAUUGAGUCUAAAGGAGCAUAUUGUCUUAUUAUCUAUUUGUUGGAUAUUUUAAAAUGAAGGUGUCUCUAGCUCACAUGCUAAACAGAGCCUCCUGCAAGGGUUCAUAUAGUGAACGAAUUGAUCCAAUUGCAUACCUCCCAACAUUGAGAGUUAUGAAGAUCGAGACGGGUUGAUGGAGACGCCCAUAAUGGGUGGGAAAAGGGGAAUGUCCGCUCGCUGAAUGGCAUGUCUGGCAUAAUCCUACUGGAACAUGCAGAAAGUGCUGCUGAAUCCCUUUCUGCUGGGUUCUAGUACCCGUUCACAGCACAAGCCUGUCUAAUGAUGUGCUUGUGCUGUGCUGCCCUGUUCCCUGAUGUUCCUGGAUGCGGGACACCUGGGAACAAAAUUGGAAUGUUCAGACAGGACUCUGAAAUCAAUAUUGUUGGGGGCUUGCUAAUGCAGGGCUGUCAGUAUAGUUUCUACAUGAAGAAGCCCUUGUAGGCGAAACGCGUAUAGAAACCUUUUAGAUUACUUUGUUUAAUAAAGGAAUAUUUUGGCUAUUCAACUUGCCAUACUCCUUUAUUUAGUUUUUUAUAUUUAUUUAACUUUUUGCCUGACAUCCCUGAGAAGCAUUAAGAAUCCUUAGGUGGAGAUUAUACCACCAAUACGCUGUACACUGAGCAGUGAGUCAGCUCGGCAAAUUGUGAGUAUUAUUCAUAUACCUUUUAAUCAUACACCCAAAGAUACAGAGAGCACUAUAUUUUAUCCCUUUUAUAUUUGGGGUUGGAUUACUCCACAGCAAUUCAAGACAUAAAGCUUGAAAAACUCCUUAUAUCAUUGAGUGGGGAUUGCUCCACUUCACACUUUCAAAACCAGAGCUGGAUUGUAGCUCUGGAGAUUGUGAGUAAUAUUUUAUAUAUAUAUAUAUAUAUACCCUCUGCACCUAUUGUUCAUAUAUACCAUACCAUUGGAGCCCUUUUCUUUCUGUUUACUUUACACAUGUCCUGUUGAAUCCUGAGUUUUAUCCUGUGAUACUACCACAAUCAAAACCAGUCUGCUGUUCCAUAAAGAUCCUACUGCACUAUCUUAACCCCUAAUGCGAUCUGGGGUUAAUUUUACCGCGUGACGGACAAGGUCCGUCACUCGUCGUUAAAGGUUUCCCCGGAGUGGUAAAAUUAACCCCAGAUCUAACCCCUGUAUUAGAGGCAGACCGGGAGCACCCGAUAGUGCUGCCCCAGCACAUGUGCUCGCUCUGACAACCUGUCAGAGCAAGCACAUGUGCUCAGUAUACUUACCUUCCGCCUCCCUGCACUUCCUGGUUCUGUGUGAAGUGCAUGGAGCUGGAACAAUGCUGAUCCUGCCCCCUGUUAAAAAAAUAAAAAAUAAAGUUUAUUUAAAAUCCCACCCCCCUUUACCCAUUUUAAUAAGAAAUUAACCCAUUCCCUGCCAAUUGAUCACUGACUACAUUGAUCACUUGGCAUGGAUUACAUUUUACUAAGAUCUGAUUUUUUUUUUUUUACCCCUGAGGGUUAAUUCUUUUUUUUAACCCUCAGGGGUUAAAUUUAUUUUAUUAAUUAAAGUAUUUUAAAAUUAUAAAUUUAGCUAGCCGGGGUGGGUGGAAGUUAGUGGGGAAUUGGUGGAUUUGGUGUUAGCCUAACUAGGGGUUAACGUUAAAAAAAGUUUUAAAAUAAGCUUUAAAAAGUUAAAAAUUAAGUUAAAAAAGUUUUAAUAACGUUUAAGUAAAAAAAAAAAAAAACUCCUUUAGCCAGUCCAAAUAAAAAUUAACCCCUUCCCUGCCAGUCGAUCACUGCCUACAGUGAUCAAAAUACAGAUCACAGUAUUAUACUGUGAUCUAAUUUAUUUUAACCCCUGACGAUUAACUUUUAUUUAUUUUCUAACCCUCAGCGGUUCAAUUUAUUUAAUUAACUAAUUUAAAUAUUUAAUAAUUAUAUAUUUUGCUAGCUGGGGUGGGUGGGAGUUAUGGGAAAAUGGGGAAUUUACUGUUAGUGCUGCUUACUGCUAGUUAGGGGUUAACUAUGAAAAAAAAAGCUUAGAAAAAUGUUAAAUCUGUAAAAAAAAAGUUUUAAGAAAGUUUAGGAAAGUUUAAAAAAAUUAAUAAGCAAAACAAAUGUUUAAAAACUAGUUUUUAAAAGUAAAAAAAGUAAACAAAAUGCAUUUAAAAACGUUCAUUACCACUACACUUGGAACAAACUAGAGUAAAAAUUAUCCCACGCCAAAGACAUACAAUGGGGGUGUCAUUUUACUCAGCAGAUGUAACUGAACACAAAAUAAAACUUUGUACAGGAAUAGCACACACCAGCUUUACAAAAUACACAUGUGAAGUUCUUUGUUAUAAGUUUGUGUUGCAAAAAACAAAAAACCCCCACAAUUUUACUCCAAUAUUUAGCAGAGGUUGGCGGUGAAAUGGCUACGUAGAAAGUGUCAAAACAACCUUAGGUAAAUAGCCCGUGAUGUCUACUUUAUAUAAAUAUAUACUUUUGUGUGGCAAUUUUGUUUUCUUUUAUGGCUAUUAAGCUUACAAGACAAACAUACCAAAUUCUAAAACCGCACCACAUUAAAAGUUUAUUUUACUCCUUGUGCUUUGUGACCUGUAACUACCAAAAAAAACUUAAAAUCCCAGACACAUUAUAUAUUCUGUAAAUCAGAACAACUAAAUGAAUUUAUUUUUAAUUACUUUCCUUAACCUGCACUAAUUAUUUUUUUUUUUUUUUUUAAUUCUUUAUUUUUGCAGUGCAUGAAAAUGAUACAGGCAGGCUUGAGGUGCCCCAAAAGCAGUCCUCAGGCUAUUCCUCCGCGUUACAUGCGGGACAUAUGUUUAUCAAGCACAAUUUUUUUUUUUUAAAUAUAAACAUGCUUAGUCAAUCAUACUUUAAGCUAUAAGAAGGUAAGAUAGCUAGUUCAGAGUCGUUUUGUAUGAGGAUGUGACAUAACUAGGAGUAUUUCUAUGUUGCUUGCCGAAAAACCUAGGCUGAGAACAGUACAGGUCAUGCAUAUAUGUAUAUCAGUAGUUGUACAGAUAAAGUAGUACUCCUAGGCUUCACGUGGCUUACAGGCUAGGCCUUGAGCACUCAGUGCAAUACAAAAAUCACCUUUUAGCAGUAGAUGCCCAGUUUUAUCAGGGCAUGGGCACAGUUAUACAGUAAGUUGCUUGGGAGUUAUCCUUACGUAACAGGCUGACUAAGCAUUAAAUCUGAGUAACAUUCUAUCUUUCAUGGUUUACUAUGAGUGUAACGAACAUAAGAUCACCAAUCUCAAGGUCUAUUCAUGCUGAUGCAAUAUCAUUAACUGUGUGAUUCUUCAGUGAUAUGAUUAAACAUCUAGCGCCCUAUGCUUAACUAAUAGAGGCUAAUAUAAACAAGCGUGAGUAAGGUAUACUAUGGUUGGCAAAAAGCAUUUGUCAGCACAUGAAAUCAAACUGGUAUGCAGCGGUCACCGGCAAGGCACUUGGAUCUGGACCCGUGGGGUAGCGUAUGCGGGUCAUAAGAGAGUUUGUGGUAAGUCACUAUUUAUCCUAUUCCUUCUGUGGGAAUGCGGCUGAGGCUCUCCGGUUGGUCCAGAGGAGGUGCUGAUGCUCGGCCGGUGGUGGGGGUGUCCCUCUUGCCCCAAGCUGGUGUGCAGGCCUGCGUCUUCUGGCCUGAGACUCGGUGGCACACGUUGCCCGAGUGUCUCCCCCUCAUGGGGGUGGCGGGAGGUCUGUAUGUUGAUUGCCGCUUGCGUUUCCACCUAUGUGGCCGACGCCUUCGGGUCAAGGCCCUCUUGGCCUGCAGCCCGGGUGGGCCGGGGUGGGUGAGUGUCAGCUUUUGGUCUCGUGUUGCGCCCGAGGGAAUUCCCCUCUUGCCCAGCCGCCCAUAGCUCCCCUCUCUUGGGUCCAUGGGGUCCUGUCGUUUUGUCUUGGUGCGCUGUGCGCGCCGCUGGAGCUUCUCCCAGAAGUCGUUGAACAGUGCAUCCAGACGCUGCAUGAGGUCUGUGCCGCAGUCGGAGCUCUGCUUAGCUGCUUCAAGCUGAGUUGCUGCGAGUACUCCGCCGCCAUUUUCGAUGGGCCACGUGUCGCCGGCCCUGGUGUCCACACGCUGUGUAUAGGCUCGGACUGGGCUUGCGGCGAGGACCGGGAUAUCCCCCACCGGUCCCGGGGGGGGGGGCGGGCAGGAUGAAUGAGGGUCGAAGUGGUCGUGGAGCAGGUAGGUGGAAAGGAGAGCGGCCGUCUCCCCUCUGCCAGCCAUCCUGUAGGCCUCGGUCACCGCAGCUAGGGAUCUCGGGUGAUUAGCUAGUCGAUUUGGGUGUCCAGAGUUGCCCCCCGAGGAUCCCAAUUCAGUUAUGCCCGUUAGAGUAGUUCUGUGCCAGUUUUACUGGGUAUUUUCCCCAAAAUCAGGCAGAUAAUGCAGGAGCUGGGUUUCAGCACGUCCACUCUGCUUGGCAGCUAGGCUCCGCCCCCAACCUCCACUAAUUAUGCACACAUUAUUAUUGCAAAAACUGUAAAAAAACACAAAUUUUUUAAUUUUUUUGCAUUUUUCUGUAUUUUUUUAUAAUAGAUAAGCAUUUAUAAAUAUAUAUGUUACAUCAAAUUAAAGCCCUUUCUUUCCUUUAAAAAACUGUAUAUAAUAUGUGUCGGUGCACUAAAUUAGUAAAAUGCAAAUUGCAGUUGAACGUAAACAGCAAAACAUGCUGUUGUCAUUAAGUGAAAGACAAGCUUCUGAAGCUCUGUCCUUAAGGGGUUAAACAAAUUCACUUGGAUUAUUGUUAAAGCAUUUAGACUUGCUUAAAGGACCACUAUAGUGCCAGGAAAACAUACUCGUUUUCCUGGCACUAUAGUGCCCUGAUGGUGCCCCCACCCUCAGGGACCCCCUCCCGACGGGCUCUGGGGAGAGGAAGGGGUUAAAAUCUUACCUUUCUUACCUCUCCUCCUCCUCUCCGCCUCUUCUCCUCCUCUUCGGCUGAAUGCGCAUGCACGGCAGGAGCUGCGCGCGCAUUCAGCCAGUCUCAUAGGAAAGCAUUCAUAAUGCUUUCCUAUGGACGUUUGCUUUUUCUCACUGUGAUUUUCACAGUGAGAAGCACGCAAGCGCCUCUAGCAGCUGUCAAUGAGACAGCCACUAGAGGCUUUAGAGGCUGGAUUAACCCAUUUAUAAACAUAGCAGUUUCUCUGAAACUGCUAUGUUUAUAAAAAAAAAUGGGUUAACCCUAGCUGGACCUGGCACCCAGACCACUUCAUUAAGCUGAAGUGGUCUGGGUGCCUAGAGUGGUCCUUUAAGUGAUUUUGUUUUUAUUUUUUUUAUUAUACUUACCAUAUAAACUGAUCUAUUGUAUAUAUUCCACUUCUAUAGGCGCUACCUCAUUGUAUUUAUUCUCUCUAUUAUGUUUAUCUUAGGGGGCACUAGAGGGGACCCCUCUGCCUACAGGUGUGCUGCCUUAAAUAUUUACAAUUUAACUGCUUUUUGUGGAAUUCUAGCGCUGAUCUCUAUCUGAUUUUGUUUAGCAAGUGCUGCUAAACCUGUAUUUCAAAUUUAAAAAAAUAUUUUUUUUACUUUGAAUUUUAUUUGACAAAACAAUUCAAAAUAACCUUAAACCUAAGUAGAACUAACAUUGUAUCCAGUUAAAUAAUACUGUAUCUCAUUCAACACAUGGUCACAUGGAGGCACUCAGUUAAUAAAGAAGGGAUCUGAUACAAGUAGAAAGGUCAGCAAGAGGAUUUCAGGAGAUAGUAAAUCACCCGCUCUCCUCCCCUCCCCCUUCAAAAUCAUGAAUUUUAAAUCAGUUUGACAUUUCAGUGUCUGACCUCAAGUGCAAAGACUUAGGAUUGUUAUAAAGUCUCAUUCUGCAGUACGUGUCCUUCUAGAGAACAUGUAGCAGACUUGUCGAACAAAGAGAACAGAGGAUUGAACUAAUCGGUAUAACUAAAAAAAAAUAUUUUAUUUAAAGGAGCAGUUUUGGCACCAUGACAACUGUAAAUUAAGUUGUUAUAGUACCAGGAGGUCCCUGGUGUAGGAGCACAUACUUUGGGGUUCAACCGUGAUGUGAAUGGUUUAAUCCCUAAAAGUAAGCCAGCGCCAGGGACCUACUGGCACCAUAACUUAAUUUUGAUAAAAUAAAAAUAAGUAGAUAUGAGAUAUUAUUGAAAAUGUCUGUUUAUACGGUUAUUACACAUUGCGUCCCCACAUCAUUUUAUGAUUACAAACGUAUGUUUGUGUUUGUAGCUUGUCUGUCCUUCCAAAAUUUGCUGUCUAAAUAUUCUGUUUUCUUUAACAGCGGGAACGCCUUAGAAACAUUGAACGAAUUUGCUUUCUGCUCAGAAAGGUGAGUGCACUAUAUCUUUUUUCCAAAAUACUUUGUUUGAAGAGAUUGAAGCAUACAUGUGAUGCUCCUGCAUCUCGCUGUCUGCUUCAACUGCUCAGAUAAUGCAGACUCUCACAUUGUGUCUGUUUCAGAUUCUCCGAGGGUGCAGACUCUCACAUUGUGUCUGUUUCAGAUUCUCCGAGGGUGCAUACUCUCACUUUGUGUCUGUUUCAGAUUCUCCGAAGGUGCACCCUCUCCCAUUGUGUCUGUUUCAGACUCUCUGAGGGUGCAGACUCUCCCAUUGUGUCUGUUUCAGAUUCUCUGAGGGUGCAGACUCUCACAUGAUAUCUGUUUCAGAUUCUCCCAGGGUGCAGACUCUCACAUUGUAUCUGUUUCAGAUUCUCAGACUCUUACAUUGUAUCUGUUUCAGCUUCUCUGAGGGUGCAGACUCUCACAUUGUAUCUGUCUCAGAUUCUCUGAGGGUGCAGACUCUCACAUUGUAUCUGUCUCAGAUUCCCCCAAGGGUGCAAACUCUCACAUUGUAUCUGUUUCAGAUUCUCCAAAUGUGAAGACUCUCCCAUUGUAUCUUUUUCAGCUUCUCUGAGGGUGCAAACUCUCACAUUAUAUCUGUUUCAGAUUCUCUGGGGGUGCAGACUCUCACAUUGUGUCUGUUUCAGAUUCUCCGAAGGUGCAGACUCUCACAUUGUAUCUGUUUCAGAUUCUCAGAGAAAGCAGACUCUCACAUUGUAUCUGUUUCAGAUUCUCCGAGGGUGCAGACUCUCACAUUGUAUCUAUUUCAUAUUCUCUGAGGGUGCAGACUCUCACAUUGUAUCUGUUUCAGAUUUUCCGAGGGUGCAGACUCUCACAUUAUAUCUGUUUCAGCUUCUCCGAGGGUGCAGACUCUCACAUUGUGUCUGAUCCAUCUUCUCCAAAGUUGCAGGCUCUCACAUUGUAUUUGUUGUAGGUUUUCAUUUGCUACAUAUUCAGUUGUGUUCACAUUUUUCAGUUUGGUAUUACUUCCAAAAAAGCCUUUCAUUAACAUCUAAAACCUGUUUUAAUACUUUCCAAGCUCUGUGAAUUAAAUAGCACAUUUUAAUUGUAGAAGAGCGAGAAAUUCAAUGUCUUCCGUUGAGUGUCCAAUUGGCAAUUGCAGGGAAUGGACAAGUGAGUCAUUUUUCAUGUAGACUUCAAAAUGUUAUGCGCUGUGCUCGUUCGAUAAGAGAAUUUCUGUCAUUUUGUAUAGCGUGUAAAAUGUAUGAGCUGCUAUGAUUUUCAAUACUGAACUUUAUUUUGUAAGUAGAGUCAAAAUUACAUUCGGGAAUAGAUUUGGUAAUAGACAUGUGCAAUUAAUUUCAUUCCGAAUGUAAAUUCUGGCGAAUUUUGGCAAUUCAAACAUUCGGAUGCCUCUGAAGUGCCAAAUUUCCGAAGUGCCAAACCAAAUUGCCAAAGUGCCGAAUUGGCGAAUUGGCACCCCUUACCCCAAAGAGCUCCCCCCUCCCCUUCUUAUCCCCCUUUUCCCGGUAUAGCUCUUCCUCCAAUUUUUGAGACCUUUUAACUUAUGGACCUUUAUUAAAAGUUAUGUUUUAGAUUUUGAUAUAGAUUUUUUUUCACAUUUCUUGCAUUACCAGGUACUGCAGCCUCCGCUUCUCCUCUUUUUCGUUCUCCAAUUCAACCAUAGGGGUUAUCCCCCAUUUAGGAGGUCUGCACAGGCAGAUUGUUUCUUUUUCCUUUUUCUGUUUCAUAGUAUCAUUAAAAAAACAUUUUAGCAAUUGGUAGAAGACAAUAUUAUGGGUCAUUAUAGCACAAAGUAAAUGUUUUACAUUGUUUGUUUUAUUUGGCGACCCCCUGUGCAUUUUACUUUGUGCUUUAAAUACAGUAGUGUCGGGUUUCCAAAAUAUCAAGGUCAUAUCCACUGCGGCACUAAGUGGCUCCUGUGGUGGUGAAUUUCAUUAGGAGGUAUCAUCGGUCAGAGGUUUAAUAUGCCCAAUAUUUAAUAUUAAUAUAUUUCCCUAAAGCAGGAACUGGAUCUGGGAUUCCGUUUUAUAAGCAUUGUUUCCUAUCACACCAUUAUGACCAUGAAAUAAAGACUUCUGGUUCCCACCAGAAUUGGGGAAAUUUGGGACAUAGCACAAUUUGUCUACAACAGGUUUACAGUUUAUCCCAGUCUAGUUGUCAGCCUUGUGAGGCUGUCUGUCGUAUUUUCAGAUAAUACAACUCGUCAUGGCUGCAAGCCUCAUAUUAUUGUCUCCUCACUUGCUCAGAGCCCAUCCAAACCGCAGCCUGACUAACUUCAUGCCAAAUCUGGGAGAUAUAUGUUCACCCAAAAUCAAAUACAUGCUUAGGAUUGUGGAAUGCUCUGUCAGUCGUGGAACGUAAAGGCGCACGUUCAGCCCAAAACACUGACUGGACUGAAUCUUCUAUAUUUCUAGGGGAUCUGUCUAGCACAAUGUAUAUUAACAUUUUAUUAAUAUGAAAAAAUAAUUUUAUCAUCCACAUUUUUGGGUAGAGACAAAAAAACACAGUAUGUGCUGGUGUUGAACUAAAAUAUUCUAAAUAAUUGUAAUGUCUUCAAUUAAUUCAAAUGGUUCUUUAUCACAUGCCUCAUGUGAAGACAGUACUGGCAUUCACAUGUCAGAGGCCCAGGUAAGCAGUUAACUUCCUAACGACCACAGAAUUUCAAAUUGCAUACCUGCUACAUUGUGACACAAUGUGGAGACAACUAAUGUCAUUUAAUAAACUCACUGUGUUCAGAUAGACAGAAUAACAGACAGAGAGAAAAGCAGACAGAACGACAGACAUACAAAAAGACAAACAGACAGAAAAACAGAGAGAAAGACAAGACCAAAAAAAAGAGAGGCAGACACGGAUAAAUAGAUUAUGCCGAGGUCCAUGGUAUAAAGUUAAACAGAACAUUUCUUUAGCAGCUGAGAGUAAAUCACCCACACUAAAAGAGAAAGGAUGGACAUAUUAGUAUCUUUCACAAAUGCUGAACUCUUAUGGGGGAGGCAAGGAAAUAAUAGGAUACAUUGUCUCCAGGGGACACACCUAACCAAGAGAAAACUAGCCAAAUUCUACUGAAAGAUCAGGGGAUUCUCUGUGGUCACGGUGCUUGAUCUGCUACCAGAAUUGAUGAUAGUUUAUACUGUUACACGACUGAAACUGCUAAAUUGCAUUGCCCCUUUAAUUAAUAGUGCGCACAUUAAAAUAAUACAGUAUGGAAAGUUUAAUAGGUAUAUCCACACAUCAAUAUUCCUAACAGGGGGAAUGGGUAAAAUGAAACCCUGUAUUAUUGGAGGUACCCACCGUUUACCUUUUCACCGUGUAGUGGUUUAUUUUAAGGGAAUUAAAGAUUUUACAGAAUCUAGUUUUAGAGAGUGUCAUCAUUCUUUAUACAUCCCUAAAGAUAUGAAAGGCAUAUUUUGCUAAUUAGUUUUAUGCUAUCAUUGCAUUACAAUGCAAUUUAUACAGCUUCAUCCACUCCAUGUCAACUUAUCAUCUCACCAGGAUAACAUUUUACUCCCGGACUCAGCAGAUAUACAGCAAAGCGUUGCUCCAAGAAUAGGUCAAGAUAAACUCUCCUCUUUAAAGAACCGUACAGACAUUUCACCAUCUCUAUAAACAGUUACAUCUAUCGAUCAAUGCUUUGCAUCCUUUAUCUCUGUCCCAUGUGUGAGUUCCCAAAAUAUAUAACAAUUUAUGCAACUAAAAAGUCAUUUAGAACAAGAGCAAUGUAUCAUGUUUACACAGACUGAUUUCUAAACGCAUUUAUUGUAGUUUAAAGACACAUUGAUCACAGUCAUUCUGAACAUGACAUAAUGAUACUUGGACUGAACUCAGCAAAAAUUCACCCAGCAAAAUAUUCACCUUGUGCCUUCAUGUCCCCUCCGUAAUUAUUCAUUCCUCAACGUGAGCUUAUCACCCUUCUUAUCGCUGCUCCUGAAGGUAGCUGGACCAAUCGGCUUCCAUAAAAGGUUGAAUAAGCUAACAAGGUGAAAUAAUUCUGCAAAGAUGGUCACCAUUCCUAAGAUCAGCAUUUCAGAAUGUUACCAUUACUUAUUAUAUCUAUGUAUACCAAUGCAUCCUCUUCCUGAAUGCAAAGAGUUAUUUACCAUAUUAUGGAAGUACAUUUUAAACUUUAAAUAAGUGACUAGGAGAAUUUUCCAAUUUGGCUAUUUUGGCCCAGAGUUUGACAUUUUAACAUUCACAAUAUGUAUAUUGUAGUACUGUUCAAUUCAAUACAAAUAAACAAAAAUAAAACAUUGUUUUUCGCAGACGAUGAUGGUCUGAAAGAUAUUACAAAACUACAAAAUCCUAGAACAUCUUCGAUAUUAUCAUAAUAAAAAUAAAUUGGAAUUGUGCUCGGAUAUAUUUUAUGAUCCAUACACAGGUCUCUAAUUAAUACUGUAUUUCAAAAUAACAAGAAGCAGGAGAGUUAGUUCUUUAAAUAAAAAUAUUAUGGCACCGCAACACAUGGGGGUCCUUCCUUUGCAGACUCCACAGACGAAAAUAACACCAAGAACUGUUAAAGUUAAAGGGAAUAUCAAUACACUAUUUAUGUAUCUGAAUUCCUUUAAUUAAUAUCACUGGUUUUAUUAAUGAACUGGGGGAGGUAUUGUAGUGUAAAAGAGGUUUCUUUGAGGUUAGGGAGAAUGGAGGAAGUGUUUAUAUGACUCAGUGUAUCUUUCUAAAGUGCAGUGCUCUCAUUAACUAACUACUAACUAAUUACCUAACUAACAUUAACUAGCAUUGGCACCCUUGGUAAAUAUGAGCAAGAAGGCUGUUAAAAAUUGUCUUUAUUGUUUAACCUUUUUAUCUUUUGUUUUAAAAAAAAAUAACAUAAAAAUACUCUGCUCUCAUGGAUAUUGCAAACACAACACAUGUUUAUCCUCCCAACCCCAAAAAAUAUUUAUUAAAUAUAUGUGUGGCACCCCUAUAAAGUUAUAUGAGAAAGAUAUAUUUGAAUUAUAUUCCCAUUGAUAUUUUACAUUUUUAGUACACCUGGGUGACUAGGAACAGGAAAUUGUUCAACCAUGACUUCCUGUUUCACAAGGUUAUAAAUAUGAGGAAGGACAUUCCCUUAGUCAUUCAUCACAGUGGAUAAGACCAAGGAAUAUAGCUGUUAUCUGUGGCAAAAGGUUGUUAAGCUUCAGAAAAUGGGCAGUGGCUAUAAGAAAAUAGCAAAUACAUUGAAAAUUCCCAUUUCUACCAUCAAGGCAAUAAGUUCCAGUCAACUGGAAAUGUUGCAGAAAAAUGAUCCAAAAUAUACAUCAAAAUCAAAACAAAAAUAGUGUACUGACCCCAAAAUCAAAGUCUUGCAUUUGCCAUUCCAGUCCCCUGACUUGAAUUCCAUAAAAACCUGUGGGGUGAACUGAAGAGGAGAGUCCAUCAGCAUUGACUUUAAAGUUUGAAGGACCUGGAGACAUUCUGUAUGGAGGAAUGAUCUCAGAUCCCUUGCAAUGUAUUCUACAACCUCAGCAGUGCAUUAUAGGAGAAGACUAGAGCUGAUAUCUUGGCAAAGUGAGGUGGCACAAAGUAUUAACUAAAAGGGUACCAACUAUUUUUAACAAAGAUUUUAUUUGUUUAUUUAUUUUGGGAUAAACUUGUGUUGUGUUUGCAAUUGUUUGAUAUCUAUGAGAGCAGAGUAUUUUUUGAACAAUAGAUAAAAAAAAAGGUUAAAGAAUAAAGACAUAUUUUCACAUUCUUCUUAAGUGUCUUAAAUUUUUAUUUGUUUUGAAUUGUUUAUUAGACAUGUGCAAUUCGUUUCUGGCCGAAUAUGAAUUUGGACUAAUUUCGGGCAAUUCGGACAUUCAGGUACUUCCACCCCUGAACGGCGGGUGGGGGCCCUAAAGUAAAAUAAGGGGGGGGACCUACAGCAGCUCAUGGGUGGGGGCUGGGGGGAGGACAAUAGGCCCCCCAUUAUUUUACUUUAGGGCCCCCAGCCGCCCCACCCGCUGCUCAAUAGCCCCCCCUUUAGUUUAAAAGCCCCCACUCGCGUGUCGAAGUGCCAAAUUGCCGAGGUCCCGAAGUUCCGAAAUUACAGAAUUUCCGAAGUGUCGAAGUGCCGAAGUUGCCGAAGUUCCGAAGUGCUGAAUUUCGGAAUACCGAACCGAAAUUUUUUCCCAUGCACAUGCCUAUUGUUUAUGCCACCUGCCUUGCAGUGAUCUCUGCUUACAGACGCCUUGCACCAUGACCAUUUGAAAACACUGAAGUGGUCAUGGUGCUUGGGUAAACCCUCAAUGUUUUUUUUUUGUUUUUCUUAAGGUAUGGUCAGUUAACAUGCUGCAGUAGUUUAACUUGAGAAUACAUUUACACAGCUUUGAAAUUUACAAGCACCCUGUUUGUUUAUGUAGUAUAUUACUUUUAGUGACAAAAGCAAAAACUAUUUUUUUUGAUAGCAUAAAAAGUACUACAAAUGUUAGAUUAAAUCCCACUGACUGUUCUCCAACCUUCUUAUACCAGUUUGUCAAAUGAUAUAUUCUUUAAUCAGUAUUCCUAGCUAUGAUUAAUUGCUAACAUGACAACACAUUGAAAGAGAUUUAUACAGACAAAAACAGAUGCUAUUCUUUUGGCAAAGGAUAAAUUUAUUUAUUUAUAAAAUAUUUUCCAAGGAUGGAUACAUUGAGAUUUCUCUCGUUUUCAAGUAUGUCCUGGGUCCACAAAACAUUGCAUUGUUACAAGAGGAUACAAUAUUACCAAAAUACAAUAUACACACUAUAUAUAUAUAUAUAUAUACAUACAUACACACAUAUAUCAAUUUAAUACAUAACAGGUAAUAAAUAUAUUCAACCAUGACAGGUGCAUUCUGUAUUGAGGUGAAUUGCCAUAGAUCUCUUAAAAGAUUUUAGAAUGAAUGAAGAUUUGACUGUAUCCCUGAGGUUAUUCCAUAAUUGCUAAUUGCGGUGCUCUGUAGGAAAACGAGGAUCGAGCAACUUUAUUUUUGUAUUGCGGUAUGCUUAAUAUCGUGCUAGUACUGGAUCGGAGGUUAUAGGAGAUGAGAACAGCCAGGGAGAGCAUUCUACUCAGGUAGGGUGGGAGCUUCCCAGAAAUGCUCUUAUGUACAAGGCUGGAAAGAUGAAGAGUGCGUCGGGAUUCCAGCGAUAGUGAGUUUAGCUCUUUUAACAUGUCACAAUGGUGGGUAAAGUAAUUACAUUAUAGCAUAAAGUGGUAGAACGAGUUAUACAACAUAGUAAUUUUAUUAAGGAGGGUUUGCGAUGCAGGUGCAUACACGACAUCCCCAUAAUCAAUUAAUAAGGUGCAAUCAGUACAAAAACUAGUACAGAGCAUCUUAACAUUUAGCUCUUUGCCCCCAAAGCAGCUCCUAUUGAAUUUGAUAAAUUGGCACGUAAUGUUAAUUUCAUAAACAACCAGUACACUUAAAACAGAUUUUCCAUCUAGAUUUUGUGAUACUCAGAUUCUUGUUUCACUCUUUUUACAUCAAGUGAUUAACGUAUACUUCAAUAAUUACCCCAAGAGCAGAUGUUUGAAAAUUCCAGCAUUUCUUGAAAAUUCUUUAUAGAAUGAUAUGUAACGAGAAUAGUUGAUUAAAAAGGAGCAUUAUGUCAAUAUGUCCUUACUGUGUGAAGGCAUAUCUCUGUUCUGGAGGGAGUCUGCUGAUUUCUAAUAAAUCUACAGAAUUAAGCAGAUAUUUGGCAGGCUAAAUACGCUCCAUAAGCCAUUUCCUAUUGGAAUGCUAAAUUAUGCAUUUAGGGCAUAUCCAAAGGCUAAAUGAACCUUAAAUAACACUUUAAUAAAACCAAGAAAAAGAGGUAACCUGGGAGUUAAUAAUUUAAAUCACCAAAAGUUGAUGUUUGACUUGAACAGGAGCUACACUCUGAUUCUUUGUGAUGUGAAGGCUGUGUAGGGAGAUAGAAACGUGUGCAGUGUGCACUUAGUCAUAGGCACUAUCUUUGGUACCUAUGACUAAGAGCAAAUUUGUACACAAAAUGUGCAAGGAUGCACCACCACACCACUAAUACAGAAUAGCAGAUCCAAGAAAGUUAAUAUAUUCACACAUACUUUUUCCACACUGACUAUAUAUAUAUAUAACUUUAGUGUUAAUGUUGCUUUUAUUAGGGCACAGAAUCUGUCCAACAUUGCCAGCACCCCAGCAGACCAUCUUAAGUGGUUUCUCAUAUCUAUGUUUAAUCCCAUGGGAAUUCCACCAAAUCAGGUGAACCGUGCCACUGUAGACAGAUUUAUCAUCCAUCCGUCUUUACAUCCAUCUUUAUCAGGAGAGGAGAUGAUAUAAUGGUGGCAGCUGCAAAUAGUUAUUAAUCACAGGCCGGCCAGAAUAUAGACUUUGUGCUGCAUUGCAAUUUAGUAAACGUUAGGGUGUUGUGACGAAGUGCCCUUCGCCACUUGGUCCUGGAGAGGCCUGCUUGGCAGCCUCCUCCCCUGUGACUAUGAUUCUUUGAUGUAUUUGGCUUUAAAGCCCCUAUUUUACAUUCAGACAGACUAUUUAUGUAGGUUGCUUUAUUUAUCUUAUGUUUUAGUCACCCUGUACCCAUUAUAGGUGCAGGGUGUGUGUAAUGUAAUUGUUUGUAGUGUGUGUGUGUACUGUAAAAUGUAUUGCCUGCUCUCCUGUACUGCUGAGGUUUGCUACCAACUAGGUGGGUUUGGCUAUGGAGCUUGUCUAGUGCCCUCUGUUGGUAGCAACAGCAAUAUGCACUACCUGAAUAGCAAGACUGGUUCAUUUGCAUAUUCAGGUAGAUUUGCAUAUUGCUAAUUCUGCAGGCAGGUGAGAUAUUUACUGUUAAAUAUUGUCUCCCCUACCCAUUUAAAAAUGUGCCAUUGUGUUAUGAUAAGUCACUAUGUGUUGCCUGCUAUGGUUUGACUGUUUGUGAUUUUAUUGGGUUUUCACAGCAAUGUUAAUGUUGUGACCCUAUGGGCUGGUCCCAAGGGAAAUAAAGGUUCAGACAGUUCUUCUUGAUCUCUCUAAACAUUGCCUUGUCUCGUUAUUGGAGGGAGCUGUUAUAAUCACACUGGGGAUUGCUAUGCUCUGCAUACUCCCCUGAGUUUGAAUCACUUAGCUCUUUUAAGAGCUUGUUCCUGACCCGCUCUCCUUGGAGGAGGGGUCUUUACCACAAAGUUCUGGAUGCUGGAGGUUCAUACAGGGUGGAAGGAAGAGGUCUUUCUCACACGGUCCUGGAGGACAGAAGCUGAUCCAGGGUGGAAGGAAAACGGCGAGACUCCAGUCAAUCGACAGCAGUGGGAUGGCGUCCUAGUGUGAGGAAAAGCAGCUCAGAGACACUGCUAACGUUUGGAGUUACAAAUUGAGGGCAACGCUAGUAUCCGUACAGCGCCCCUGGCUACAGCAGGAUGGAGUCGGCUACUUUUCAGACAGCGUUCCAUGAUGAGGAGGAGGCGGCCGCGGACUACAGGGAUGCAGACAGAAAGGAACUCUGGUAUGAUGCCCUGGAAGAUGCCCAAUGGUGGCAAGGUGAGAGUCUCCCCAGUGAGGAGCAGCGGCUACAGAAGCGUUUGGUGAUGCGGAUGUAUCUCUUGGGAGAGCAGCCCCUGGAUGAGUAGUGACAAGACUAGAGACCCUGGUGUGGUGAGAGAUCUGGCCAGGUGAUCCGUUACAGGUGUUAGUCAAACCGUGCAUUACGAAGAAUGAAACACACGUGAUGUCACAACUGUGCAAUAUGGAAUUAUACAACAUGACAGGGAGAAUAUAGUAUCCAUCCAUAUAAUUAUCAGUAUUGUGAGUGAGAGGUUUAUGUAAUGAACAUUUUAAAAUGAUUUCAAUUAAGCAAUUUUUCCAAAUGUGUUGUAAAUGUUGCAUUUAAUGGUAGCAGGUGACUUAUAAUAAUGAACUUGCUAAUUAUUGUGUAAUGGUUUAAUUAUGGGAGUCAUUAUUUCCUCCUCUUUAUUACGAAUGUAAGAGAGCUGCUGCCUAUUAAGAGUAGUAAUUAUCUCAUCCACAGGCAGAGAGCUUUUUAUGAGAAUUACAUUAUAUGACAGUGAUUACUGUCUGUCUGUAAUUUGUUAUAAGUCAUUAUAUGUGUCCUGGCCGAGGUGCAGUGUGACCAUGAAUAGUAAAUACAACAAUUCGGAAGUUGCUGAUUUUACUGAUUCACAGAAAGGGCCACCUUAACGGUCAGAAAGCCAACUUGCUGUUCAUUAUGCCUUAUUGGCUGUGUACAAAGAUCCUUCCUGCACCGACUCACAAUAUCCUAGAUGGCUUGACUUAUCAAGUUCAUCAUUUUAGAUCGAUGUUCCUGAUGACCAAACCUUGAAGAACCAUUCAUUAAAAAAUAGUUAAUAAAUAAAUUAAUGAAAGCAAGCAGGGACCCCGAAUGCCCUACUAACCAUUAAUGCACCUGUGUUAUGGCCUACUUAUUCAUCAAACCACAUGUGCCAUGUGAGGGACUGAUUAGGCAAGUGGCAGUACCCCCGUUACUUUUAUUAACCUUAGACAGAUCUGUAAAUGAUUCUCCUUAUUUGGCCCAUUCCCCAAUCCUAUCUAUGCUAGAGUAUGAGUCAAGGAUACUUCAUGGGGGGCAUUCAAUUACUUGUUCCUUUCUUUAUCCAAUGGGCUGUGGAAUGGGGUUCAGUGACCCACAAGGGAUCAGGUCAGGAGUGGGGCAUACUAAGGUCUCCACUUUUGAGUUUUGAAUUAUACAGAAGGUAUAUCCAAUCCCCUGUUCCUUUAAUGUCCCCCCAUAUUAAUCAUGAUACCAUAACACUUUUGCCAUUCCUCUUGGCCUAUGUAAUGCUACCUCGUCAUUUGAUUAACAGAGGGAGGCCUGUAGCGGAGCAGCAAUAUUAAAUCCCACGAUCUCUGCUGGUUCAGAAGGUAAUCCACAGUCAAGCGCUGAAAAGUCUCCCAGUAACCGGACGAAACACAGUUCUGAGAGUCAACUGAAGGCUUUAUUCACAGGCUCCACAAUUUAUACAAUUCCCCAUGCAAGGGGUUUCCUGAGUCCUAUCCCAGGGGUAUUCCAAGAGUGGACUACGUGGGAAACUUACAUUACAGAGCCUUUCCCCCAACAGGCACUGCUGCACAAGAGGGAUCCUCCCACUGGAAUAUACUGUUUUUCGAAUGUUAGGUCUAUUUGCACGAAUGGACGUUCGGUAGAUAGCUGGGGUCUGAGCGCAUCAUUCGUGAGAUUACCGCUCAGAUCCCAGCUAAAACAACCGAAUGCCGCACGAAAAACAUAAUCAUUAAAACACGCACUUAAAAGACUGAUUGAUGUAUAGGGAAUAAAAUACCAAACGGCCCGGAACUCCCGAACGGCCUGGAAGUUCAGCGGUGUUCGCGCUGUCGAGUAGCCGUUUUUAGUACCACGCACUCGACCACCAAACACGACUGGGGGAACAAAGGAUCCAAGAUGGCCGACCGCCGCAUGGUCGGUAGCCGAACGACGGCCACAUAGGAGAGCCUCUAAUUACCGAUUGCAACAUUGUUGCAAUCGGUUAACGAGCGCCACACGUCUCUCAAUGUGUGGGCUGUUACAGGGUGGUUUAUUCGGUUCACGAACGGCCCGCAAAGAUGCUGUUCGUGAAACGAAAGGGAAUCAGCUAUCUGCAUUCCGCAGAUAGCCAAUGCAGGCAAUACAAUGUUACACAAUCACAUACAUUAUACCCAGGAACACCCAUAUCAUGCAAAUCAUACAGGCAACCCUUAAAGUGAUAGUCCUUAAGUAAUGUCCAAGUGGCUAGGUUUGCCACAAGGCCCAAUAAGCAAAACCUUAAAAUGUAACUCCAAAAAGUAAAAUGUAUCCACACUGGUCACCAGUGUCACUGUGAAAAUUGAGCUCUUCGUCUGUAACCCACAGAACAGCAAGCUGUCUAGCCACGGUGACUGACUGUGUUUAUCACUUACUAUUGGAUCCUAUGGCAAUUAGAUUGGGGAGACCACAGGGAUCUUCAUAUACCCCAUCACUUGUUAUCAUUAAUAAAUCCAUUGGGGACAAAGAGUUAAUAGGGGAAAACACAGAUGCUGUUGGGUAUAGGAAAAAAGCUGUGCGGGUUCCUCCUGGUCACCCCUACUUGAAUGUAUUAUUGUUAAUUAUUUGUACCCAGCAACUAAAUACUGAGCAUUAUUUUUGCUGGACUUUACUGUUCUGGCCAUUUUAGUAUUUGCAAGGCUGGCUUCAUACUAUACAAAAUCUGUGAUUGAUCCGUGUUAAUACAUUUAUAAAACAGGAGUCUCCUGGACUCAAUGUUAUCCAGGAGUUGAGCCAAUAUUGUCCCUCUAAUUCCCUGGCACUAUACGCAAAAAGUGUGAAGGUAAAAAUAGAGUUAGUAGUCUGACAUGGCUUCCCAGCCAUUUCUUUCCAAAAUCUCUGUGUCGUGGGUUGUCAGUUUUAAUAAUUUAUCUUUUGGGGAAUGGGAUCUGCCAUUGGUCCCAUCCAUCGCACAACUAUGUCUGGUGAGUGAAGGGUAAAUAUAAAAGCGUGUGGUCCAAAAAUUUCAAAAAACGUGAUACAUUUCUUACGAAUGCAAAGUAACCUUUAGCUAUGGCUUUGGCUACAUUUUAUCACACAUGGCUUAUAAUAAAAUGGAGCGUAUUUUUCAGGUCUAUAGAUAGAAUGUUAAGACUUUAAUCAUCCCAUCUAAAAUAGGCCUCAUCCAUUUAAAGUCAGUUAGAAAUUCAGAGCCGGAUAGAUCCAUUUAUAUUUACAUCUGCUAGCAGUGUGGCGAACACAUUUAUACACAAUAUGUAAAGUCAAAUAACUAACAGAAAAAAAUCUGUAAAAUUUUUAAGUACUAUAAGCUCUUCCCUCUACAUGUCUGCAUAGCCAUUUCGUAACAUCUCAAGAUUAUCUUGCAUUAACUUGGUUUCAUCAAUAGCCCCCAAUAUACAAAGGUUAAUGUCGCUCUGUGUAGCAAAUCACUGCGAGUAAAUGACACAGGCAGCUAACGACCUCUCCGAAAGUCUCUCUCUAUUAAAAAGCUCUACAUUUUGCUCAUUACACUGAUGAGUAAACAAUUACCCAGUUAAAACGAUCACUUGGGACAUAUUUUGCUUUUUGUUAAGAUUAUAUUAAAAGGGUAAACUCUAAUUAAAAUGAACAUCUGAGGGCAUCCAGAGAGCCAGCAAUUUCUCUAACUAGCUGGUGGUGACAUUAACUCAUGACUUAUUCAUUAGGAUAUAUUAAUGGAAUGUAGAGCAUCUCAUAUAAACUAUAUAAACUGUGCACAAAAUGUGUCGCUGUUCUGACAAGUCAUCAAUAUUUAAUACAUGAUGUACCAGGAGAAGGAACGGGCCCAGGCGAUAAGACAUUGUCAUAGAAGAAUCUUUAUGAUGCAUGUGUGGGUACGUGGGUGUGAAUCCCAUGGCAAACACUCCUGUCAUUUUGUCAUUACCAUGUUUACCUGGAAUUAAAAAAAGAAGAGUUAACAAAGUAAAAAAAAACAAUUAUUUUGUCGGUAGAUUAGGUUUGUGCACUACAUAUCUUUUACCUUACAUUACCUUUAUUGCCUAAAUAUGCAUAUUGUACAAGAGUUUCUGGUGAUACGGGGCACUGGUCUUGUGAUAGACUACAAGAGUGAUGUUAAAAGCAGUAGUUAACUGCACAGGGAUUUAAGGAAGAAAGAUCACCUUAAUUUCUCAGAAGUAGGAGUCAGAGAGGUUUUUGAAUAUAAUCCUGGGUGUGAAAUUCGGUCAGCUAUUAAAAUGUAUUUAAAGAGAAAACAUCACCUUUCUGGACAUCACACCGCUGAUUAAAACAUCGAAAAUCGCCUGUAAUUUUUAUUAACCUUUUUAUAAUAUGAUACUUUGUUUGUUUUUCUAUGCUCAGUAUGUUAAAUGUUCGUACUUGGGUCAUUUGAGUGAUCUGUUGACUUCCCAAACGCUGAGCCGAAAUGCACCCAAAUCAUGAACCAACCGAAACGCGCAGGGGUCAAGCAUGUUUUUUUUCAGAAGAGAUAACUCAUGGGACAAAAAAAUUAUUGCUGGUUAGGGGACAGUCACUAAAUGUUGAUUUCCCCCCCUCCCAGCAUGAGGAUGUCCUGCAUCAGAUACCGGACCAAAGGAAGUACCUCUAGUGGCUGUCUGGUAGACUGGUAGAGGUGGAGUAAACGCUCAGAGGUAAUUAUUCCAGGAAACUGCAAUAAUUACCACUGUAGGGUUAAGGGACAUGGGACAUCGCAACCAGACCACUUCAUUGAGCUGAAGUAGUCGGGGUGCCUAUAGUGUCCCUUUAAAUAACACUUUAAUGAAACCAACAAGAAAGAGGUAACCUGGGAGUUAAUAAUUCAAAUCACCAAAAGGGAUGUUUGAACAAAGCCGCAGCUCCAAUCCCACCCCCUGAUUCUUUGUGAUGUGUAGAAUAGUCUAUGUAGGCAGCAGGGAGAUAGAAAUGUGUGCAGUGUCCACUUAGUCAAAGGCACUAUCUUUUAUCUGGACCAAAUGGCAGGAAAAGACUCCUUUCAGUACUCUGCUAAAUAUUUAAAUAAUAUUAUAUUAGGUAUAUAUGUAGCAGUGCAUUGAUUGUCCCAUUGUCUUGUCCUUUUGGUACCUUUGAUACGGUUUUUGGUGCCGAAACUCUGCUGAGCCAAACCGACAUUCGGCUUAAAUUCGAACAUCCCGAAAAAUGUUCUGUUUUGGGAAAAUUGGUCCAGUCAAGUCUAAACACAAUCCAGUUCAGUCCUAGCACAGACAGGGCACACAUUGCAUUGUAGGAGAAAUAAAAAAAUAUUCUCAUCCCCCAUAUACUCUGCUCAUUGACAGAAAAGGGAAGAACUUAUAACAAUGAUUUACAAGUAGUCAAGAAGGAAGUGUUCCAUUCCAAAAUACAGCUAAAUACAGCAGGGUGGAUUUUUACAUGUUAAACGUGAACUCCAAAUGGAAGUAGUAUUAAAGGGCUCCACUCAGGGCACCAAAACAACUUUAUGACAAAGAAGUUGCUAUGGUUCUUCGAGCAUUAUUUUAAUAUAACAGUGUUUGUAGGAGACAUAAAGCAGCUGAUGUCUAAACAAGAGAGGAUUUAGAAAGAGCAGAUCAUAAGCAUUCAUAACAAAUGCUCUUGUUGUCUCACAUGUAUAUUAAAGUAUGCCUAUUGUGAGAUAUAGCAUUUCUAAUUUCAUGUUAAAUGUACUUGUUUAUGUUUAAUACGAAUUGGUCGUCACUGGUAUAAAACUAAGAACUCUAAAUAUGCAAUAAUGGGUAUCUAAACAUGUACUCCAGAAUAUAGCGUCCUUAAGUGAAAAAUAUUGGGCAAUUUUUAAAGAAACAAAAGAGUUCUCUAAGUUAUGCCUUAAUUUCUAGCUUAUACAGGAGAACAGUAUAACAAACUAUCAUUUAUGAGAUUUCUCUUUGUAGUCUUUUUUUUCUCGAGAAUUUGAAGUUCGAGCACUAUAAAUCUAUGUUUUAUUCAUAUAUAUCAUUAGGAAAAGCAGAAUUCAAUAAUCUGCUUUAAUUCGAUUGUGAGUUGCCCAAACUGUUUAGGAUUGAAUAUCAAAACUCCUACGUAUGCGGCAACUUUCUCCUUAUCUCGAUUUAUUUCAGGGAGUGUAACAGUGAAAUGUAUCACACUGGCAGAUUGUAAAGGUCAGAAUUUACUAAGCUAAUCAGUUAAGCAUCUAGAAAAUCGAGGGGGAAGUUGUAACGAAAGGUCAGCGUCUAAUGGAGUCUUUAUGGUGUGUUUAUUUUUAUCUUAUCAUUGAAAGCAAAUUAUUAAUGCAGAGGGAGCAGAUAAAUAUUUUAUUUUAUACGGUCUGCUUCAUACAGUUGAGGGAUAAUUUUUCAAGUCCCCUUAUGGCUGAUUAACGAAGAGACACUUUCUAAUAAAUUUGAUCUAAUUGGCGUGAGGUUACAGUAGAGUAUAUUAUCAUAUCGGUUAUAACUGUAACCGCGUUUCCUAGAAGGGAUUGGUGUGGGAUGUCAAGGAUUGUGUUUAUGUCUAGAGACUCUCGGCAAUAUUUAAUUUCAAGGUGUUAAUCAGAAUUUCUAAUGCCUACCACCACUGCCGUUUUAUGCCAUUUAUAAAUCAGUGUUUGUGUUCUAGCCUCUGGUAAGACCAUAUCUUGUUUGAUGACCGUGAAGAUUGGUAAUUAUUGUAGGACACUAAUUUUCUAGAGUAUUCCUUGGACCUUCUCGAGCAUUAUCCGUGAGAAAGAAAAGAUGAGUCUAACCAAUUGGUUUGCUCAAAUCAGUUCAUAAGACCGUAACAACUCUCCAAAAAACAAUUUAUUUUGUAACUGAGAAUCUGUGUUAUAUAGAUAUUGGCAAGUUUUCUUCUGGGGCAUAUCUACUAAACAGUGAUUUUUUAUUAUUUUGUAUUUGGGCAGUGGUGUGUCCCUUUAAGGAGACUGCUAACAAAACAAUGAUAGAUUGUUGGCCUUACAAAUCUCCUUUAAUCCCUCAAAUAUAUAACUACUAAAGGGUUACUUUAGAUAUGGCGUAGUUAAGAUAACACGUUUUACCUUAACUGUAUAAUGAUGACUGAUCUUAGCUGUACAAUGAUGACUGUGACAUAAAAAUGGUUCAAUAUAUGAUUCUGUACGCGACUUGUGAUGCAGCACAUUGGCACUCUUAUGUCGCAUAAUCCAUAAAUAUAGAAUUAAAAAAAAAAUUAAUAGUGUUGACUAUGUAAAAAAGUAGAUCUAAAAAUACAUUGCAUGUGAUAAUAGCACAUCAGUUUGAUAAUGUAAAUUUUUUAACUCAGCGUCCAAAAUGAUGAACUGCGUGGCGAAUUAACCUGCGUGUGUUUCUCUCUUUUCUUAUCUUCCUUUAAUUCCAGCUGGUGCUACCAGAAUAUUCCAUCCACAGCCUAUUUUGUAUUAUGUUUCUCUGCGCAGAGGAAUGGUUAACACUCGGACUGAAUGCACCAUUGCUUUUCUAUCACAUUUGGCGGUAAGCCCCAUCCUUUAAUAUGUGCGACAUUCAAAGCAUUAACCCUCUAAAUUACGUUUUGUAACAGAUAACCUCAUGGCGUCUCACGCCUAGAAUGACCAUUAGUUAGUAGCAAAGUUGGCAAGUACCCGUCAGCCGAAAUUAAUAAAAUAUUGUACAAAUCAGCUUCAAUUCAAAAUAUUAUUUAUUUAUCAAAUAUUUUACCAGGAAGGAUACCUUGAGAUUUCUCUCGUUUUCAAGUAUGUCCUGAGACCCCUAAACUGUUACAAUAGGGUACAAUUUAAUAUUAAAAGUACAAUAUAAUAUUAAUACACAAAACAUAGAUAAAUUUAACAUAGAAUAGGUACAAAAUAUAAUCAACAAUGAUUACAGGUGCGUUGUGUCCUUUUAAGGAUUUUAGGCUGGGGUCCUGGAGGUCAUUCCAUAAUUGCGGUGCUCUGUAGGAAAAUGAGGAUCGAGCCACUUUAUUUUUGUAUUGCGGCAUGGUAAAUAUCGUGCUGGUACUGGAUCGGAGGUUAAAGGAGGUGGGAACAGCCGGGGAGAGCAUUCUACUCAGGUAGGGUGGAAGCUUCCCAGAAAUGCUCUUAUGCACAAGGCUGGAAAGAUGAAGAGUACGUCAGGAUUCCCGCAAUAGCCAGUUUAGCUCUUUAAACAUGUCAAAAUGGUGGUCAUGUAAUUACAUUAUAGCUCAAAGUAGUAGAACAAGCUAUAUCACAUAGUAAGUAUAUGAAGGUAGGUUUGCAGCGCAGGUGCGUACACUACAUCCCCGUAUUCAAUCACCGGCAUUAGCAUUUGUUGUACAAUCUGUUUCUUUACUGUGGGGCUUAGGCAGGACUUGUUUCUGUACAGGGCACCUAGUUUUGGACAAAAGUUUCGAUUAGAGUUUUUCAAUGUGAAGGCCAAAGGAUAGAUUGGGGUCUAGCAACAUACCAAGAUAUUUAUAAGAACGGACUGCGGUCAGUGUGCUAUCUGAUUUUGUUCCGAUGCAUAGGUGGGAAUUUUGUAAUUUAUGUAAUUUAGAGACUGUUCCAAAGGUCAUUGUGACAGUUAUGCCAGUGUUUAGAAAAAGUAAAUUUUUUGCGAUCCACUUUUCUACCUCUGUGAACUGGUCUUGGAGCACAGCCUCAAGUUGCAGUAAAUUUGGCGUCCUAGCGUAUAUUGAAAUAAUGAACAUUCAACAGAAAUUCACAUAUUUGCCCUUUAACCAUCGGAGCAAUAUAGUGUAUAUUUUUUACCUACUAUGAAACAUAGAAAAUAAAAAAGCAUCUGUCAAAAUAUGAUAAAAAGCCCAGCAUUAUAAUCCCAAUUCCCAAAGAUCCCCAUAGAAUAGUUCAUUAUUAUUAUUAUUAUUGCCAUUUAUAUAGCGCCAACAGAUUCCGUAGGACUGUAUUUCCCCUGUUAUAAAUUUAUUAUUCUCAUUUACAGCUGCUUCAGGUUCCUCCCGACUGUCGUCUGGGGGGCACCAACCCUCACCUUAUGAUGAUCUUUCAUUUUGUAAUAAGUGGCUGCUUUGAGAAAAAAAACAAUAUUCUCCUGCCUUCUCCGUUAACUAUAGAGGUCAUAACCUAAAAUCCGGGGGGGCUUUAGCCCCAAAGCUCCCCUGCCCCUGCGUCACCUAUGUUCGGGUUGUAGCUAAUCUGUUUCCUUUAACUUGCAGGAUUAGCCACUCGAAAUUUACUGUCACGGAGAUAGGGCUCGAGUUUUUCAGAGGACGUGGGGGAAAAAAUUACACAGAACAGAACUGAGAAUUGAGAUAACAAAUAUUAAUCCGUCAGGAGCAUAAAAAAAAACAUAACAGAUGAUACAGCAAUGAAAUGAGGCCUAAUAUAAAAAAUGUUUAUCCAAAAUAUUCUAAUCUCAAACUGAACAUUCUCUUGGUUUUAAUAGUUUAUUAUAAUGAAUCACUUAAUUUAUAUUUCCUAAAAUAAAUUAAAUAAAUACUGUUUAUCAAGUAUGAGGUGGCUAAGUUAAUAAACUACCGCAUUCAUUUAACGUAAUUAUUUGUACGUCUAUUUCCAGGUAUUUCCACUGCCCCGCUGAUAGCCCAGAAUUAGCCUAUGAUCCCCCGGUAGUAAUGAAUGCCAAUACACUGAGUUACUGUCAGAAAGAAGCCUGGUGCAAGCUAGCCUUUUACCUCCUCUCGUUUUUCUAUUAUCUUUAUUGGUAAGAUUUAAAGCUCUUAUAAAUGUAUGUACUCCGCGGUGAAACAUGUUUUUUUAAUCACUGGUGUGCCUUGUUUUGUAAGGUUUUAAAUAGUGCUGCUCAGCAAUUGAUUACUGACGACAAUAUAACUUGUAUGAUUAACGGCCUCUGUAACACCAGAUUUUAAAGAUUUUCUAAUACCAUUUUCCCCAAAAAAUUAGACAUCCGCCGAAAAUAAGCUCUAGGUAAUUUUCGAUGGAUGCUCGUAAUAUAAGCACUACCUCGAAAAUAAGCCCUAGUCACUAGUUCGCCAAUCUAUGUUCGGGGAUGUUUCUAUGUUCAGAAUUCUGCACCAUAAGCCUGCCUCCUUAGCCACGACCCCUCACUCCAGCAAAAAGACUUCCUUAUCAAAUGUACGUACACAGCUCAGCCACUGACAGCACUGAAUGAUCUGAACAACAAAACAACCUGCAUUAGAAGGAGAGGACACCCAGGCAGUUAUAUAGUGAGGAUAUCACUACCUGUAUGUAGUUUCUCUGACUGUCUGCAGCCAGGUUGUGAAUUAAAAGCCGCUCACUUAGUUCUGUUGGGGCUGAGACUUUGUACAUACCUUUGUUAAGGACGUCAUUCUGGCAUCAGGAGGCGUGGUUAAAGAUGCAGGAUAUAGUGCAGAAUUCUGCAAAACAUGUAUUUUUUUUUUGGGUGCAAGAAAUGCAAAGAUUUGAACAUGCAAGCAAUACAGCAUAUUAUUGGUGCCUGGAGUGUCCCUUUAAGUAAAAAGCACACUUACCUUUGCAACACUACUAUGACCAGGGUACCAUUGUCAGCCCAUGAUGCUCAGGGUGCGAUCAUAGCUAGCUGCUGAGAAAUGCAUGUACACUUGAUAUUCCUUCCAUUGUGACAUGCGCAUGUGUUGUAUCUCAUGAACAAAGUUAAUUUACAUGGCGUUCUCUAAAAAUUAUAUUGGUCUGGAAUAAAACACAAUCAGAAUAACCCUUAUAGUGUAAUAUUGAAUAAAUCCAGCACUAAAGCUUCUAUUUAAAACUGUCCUCCCAGGGGAAGGGUACUUACACACGUCGUGGCUCCACACCGGCACUAAUGGGAAAGCGAUUAAUAGAAAAUGUAAUUCCGCUUUUUGUUUAAUAUAAUGUAUCUCUCUCUGAUUAGAAGUGUAGCUGCACACGCCAGCAGUAUCCCACUCACAGAGCGCCAUAUGGACGGUGUCCUGGUAGGCUCACAAACAUCAGUGUGGUAAUUAUGUUAUUCUGACCUGACUGCACCAGGACAGCUAGGUAUUAAACAUAAAUUAAAAAAUACAGAUGUUUGUGAAUUUUAACCAAACGUAACACAACCCAUAGCGAACGUUAACAUUUUUUAUCUACUAAGAUGAGAAUUUAAAGUGAAUUUGAAAUUUAACGUCGGCGUAUCCAAACUGAAAGCAGAGCUAACUUUGAAUUCUUACUUUGGUGAAUAAACCUAUUAGAUUCUACAGGACUACAUGGACCAUUGCUUCCUCUUACUCAUCUUCACAGAUUACUACAUUUACAUUUUAUUCCUCUCUGCUAAAAGUUUCCACUUUUCGGAUGAACGUUGAUAUGUUGCGUAAGAUAAUAAAAAAUUUUAUUUUAUCAGCUUCACUGAAAAGUGGUUAAAGGGACACUGUAGUCACCAGAAAACCUACAGCUUAAAGGGACACUGUAGGCACCCAGACAUCUUCAGCUAAUUGCAGUGAUCUGGGUGCAAUGCCCGAUUUGCACCUAGUGCUGCAAUCUUAACCCCUUAAGGACCAAACUUCUGGAAUAAAAGGCAAUCAUGACAUGUCACACAUGUCAUGUGUCCUUAAGGGGUUAAGGACACAUGACGGAAAUAUUCCGUCAUGAUUCCAUGUUAUUCCAGAAGUUGUGUCCUUAAGGGGUUAAACAUUGCAGUUCGAGAGAAAGUGCAAUGUUUACAUUGCAGCUCUAAGUCUGUCAUCAGUGGCUGUCUACGUUUGGUCUGUUACCUGACGCUGGAUGUCCUCACACUCUGCAUGAGGACCUCCAGUGUCAGAUUUCUUCCCAUAGGAAAGCAUUGAUUCAGUGCUUUCCUAUGUGGAGGUCUAGUGCACACUGCAUUUGCUGCGCGUGUGCAUUAGGGGCUGCUUGUCAAGGGACGUCAGAAGGGGCAGAACCAGGACCCAGCGCCGAGGGACCUUGGCGCUGGGAAAUGGUAAGUAAAUAAAGGGUUUUAAACCCUUUAUUCACCUGAGUGGGUGGACUGCAAGGGAGGGGGGAGGCAGAGGAAGCGUUAGUGCCAGGAAUACAGCUUUGUAUUCCUGGCACUAUAGUAUCCCUUUAAUAUGGUUGUUCUGGUUUGUAUAUUCAGUCCCUGCAGGAUUUUUAAUGUAAACACUGCCUUUACAGCCUUUACACUCAUAUGCCUACUAGAGGUGCUUCCUGAGGCAGUGCUGCAUAGUCUGACAUUCAGGGCCUCCACUCUCUGCAUGGAGACACUGAAGUUUUCUCACAGAGAUGCAUUGAUUCAGUGUAUCUCUAUGAAGAUAUACCAAUUGGCCAGCGUGACAUUUGUCUCUGCCCCUGGCCCGCCUCCUUGAUUUAAAUCAUCAGAAUUAACGAUCCCAGCCAAUCCAAUGCUUUUACAUAGGAAUACAGGUAUUGUUUUUAUCUUAUUUAAGUAUGGCAAGUGUGACCAGCACCCUAAAUACUGUUUUUAUCACUAUAGGGUCAGAAAUACAUAUUUGUAUUAAUGACCCUAUAGUGUUUCUUUACGUGAUGUGUUUUGAUACUGAUACUGUUAACACAAUUGUCUGCUUUCAGUAAGCUACCAUUUGUCCCACUCUGGAUUCAUUUAAUAAUCUGUAUAAAUGAUGGUUUUACAGGACUGGAUGUCUAACUGUACUUUGUUAUCAUACCCGCAGCAUGAUAUAUACGCUGAUGAGCUCAUAGGGAGGAGAAUAUCCAGGAAAACACGUGUUUGUAUUAAUGGCUGGAUUGCUGAGGACACUGUUUCUGGGUGAUGGAGAAGGCUAUGGCAUUUCUGUACAUGUGGACCGUAAUGAAUAUGGUGGACCUCAAGCUGGACAGAGGUCACCAGCUGUGACACGAUUAGGACAAUGUGCAAUAUCAAUGAUCCUCAGGAAAUGGUGGACGACAAGAGCAGAAGACUCACAAUUGGUAACUUGUACUUGAUUCAGUGACCUGCAGAGCACAUUUCUUCACUAUAAAAAGAAAGAAGAGGCAAUGGGUGCUGCGUAGCCGUGCUCAGCUUCUCAAUACAUGCCAAAUGUUACAUUGUGUUAGAUCCACAAGUAAGAAUGCCCCAGCACAGCUGUGACUGACCAUUAAACUCCCACCAUCUGGAUUGUGGAUUAUACUUCCUACCUUCUAAAAGCUAGCAGAGGGUAAUGUGAGAAAAGCAAUAGUGAUUUACAAUUAAAACCAAAAGCAAGUUUCUGUAGAAUGUCAGUAAUGAACCCGAAGAUUCUGCCGUCAUUCAACAUUAGCUCACCUGGGCUGCAUUCAAUUAGCAAUAGAGGAAUUGUGAUAAUAUUAAAUUACACAUGAAAAGGCGCUUGUGUAUGAAAAAUGGAAUUGUUAGCAGCGCUACGAUGCAUCCAAUAUUAUUACAAUAAACCUGCUUAGAAUUAUCUAAUGGGACAAACUCGAUAGCGCAGGGUGUGUUAUCAAGAGACUUGAACACUUUGGGCCAAAAUACUUUAGUUUCCUAUCGAUGAUUUUGGCGUUAACUGAUCCCCAUUUGGUUUUUUACUGACAGUUUAGUGAUUAAGCUGGUUAUUACAGCUACAUCUCGUUGCGUCAUUGAGCAAGAAUGCAAAUUUUGUUACAAAACUUUAUUUAUAGCACAAAUCAGAGUUGCAAUAAAUUUUGUUAUUAUCAAUUAAAUGAGACUAAUUGGGCCAGGGAGAGCCACGCUUGGUCCUGCAGAUUCUGCAGAGAAUCAUGGGAGAUAUAGUAUAAGUAAGUGCUGAGCUGAGGUUAUUCACUGCUGUCUGAAGCUAAAUAUCAGAGUAGAAUAAAAUAUUUUUUCAUCCUUGUUUUCUCGAUACUAUGUUUACCAGUGGAGAAGCUGCCAUACAUCCUUUAAAGUCACCUGUUGUGUGAUGAGUCCCAAAUACUUUGGAAUUUGAUUGAAUACCCCAAGGAUCUCAAACUGUGCCCCAAGAUGUUGAUGGCAUACAACUCCCACAGUACUUUGAAUGUAACGUGCCCAGAGAAUCAUGGGGGUUGUAGUUCAGUAACAUCAGGAAGACCAGAGUUUGAAAUGCCUAGAAUAUCAGCUAUUGAGGGAGAUGUGACAAGUAACAAGUAAGUAUUCAUAUUAGAAGUUAAUGAUAGAUGCACAGUGAAGGGAACGGCAAAGUAACUGUUUUGGAAGUGACUUUGAUAUAAAUUUUCCUGCUUAGGGCAGGAGUGAUUAAAAGACUGAUCCUUGGCUAUUGGAGAACCUGCAGCUACCAUGUCUCCAUUAAAAGAACACUCGAGACAUCAUAACAACCUAGUCAAAUUUGUUAUGGUGCCAAGGGAACCCUGGCGCAUUCCUACACAAAAGGAUUGGAGCUAGAGCGGCCAGCUGACACUCUAAGCCAAUCAGUGGUGUUCCUGCUCAGCUGCACUCUUUGUUUCCUCAAACUGAAUUGGAGAAACAAAUGCUAGUGGUGAAAGGUGGAUCUGGCACUGGAGAACAACCUUUCAUGAACAGUUUAACCCCUUUGGGUAAGAAAGCGCCAGGGUCCUCUGGAUAUCAAAACAUCUUCAUUUUAAUAAAGUUGUUAUGGUUCCCAUACAGUUCCCUUUAAAGCAGAAGAAACUUAAUAGAAGUUCUGCAAGGGAUCUACCUUUUGACCAUCUCUUGGCCUAGACUAACAUCUUCCACACCUUUCCCCAAGUCUGUUCCAGGGAGACUAUUGAUAAAACAUAGGCCUCAAAGGUUGAAUGAGGAAUAGUUUAGAAAUUGCUGAUAUUGAUAGACCAUUGAUGGAUAACCAUACUUGUGGAUUUAAUUUCCCUCAAUGAUGAUCCACACUAAAGCAUUUUGGGAAAUGUGGCUCACACCACUAUCUUAACCGUCUUUUUUUGCAAUUCACCUGUUCUAAAACAAAAUGUUACAUUUUAUAACUAGGGUUGGAUGGAAACAUAAACUUGAAUAUACUACUAAUUGCCUGUUGUUUUUCUUUGCGAUAUUAAAUAAAAAAUAAGAUGUUGUAUUGAAACUCUGCAGCAGUUAUUGGAUAUAUUUUUGUCCUUUACCCUCUUUUUUUCUGUUAACACUUUGCCUUUAUGAGACAGUUGGCUUCACUUACAUAAAAAUACUAUAUCUAUUCGCGCUCUGUAAAGUGCUCACCUUGACAUAUCACUUAAUUCAGAGCACCUCGCUUUGCACGAGAGCUUUAUAAAUGGACAGGUAAUGUCUUUGAAGAAGAGCAAGAUUUGCUGUACCUGUCACAAGUGAUUACCGUGUAUUUUCCAUUCAUCAGCUUGAGUCAAAACUUGCAUGUUUUAAUUAAGUAAUCUUAGAGUCUGAUAUUAAAUUAUCAUAUAUUUUGUUCUGUGCUGUGCGCUCAGAAUGCUAAUGGAUCUGGGAAAUGGUUUUUAUGUGUUCUUAUCCAGAAAACGUACAUCACUUCCAGGAGUGGAGGGCUAGUAAAGUCAUAUGGAAAAUGAACCCUAUACCGAGUUUAGAAUGUUUGGUAAAGUGUUGGUAUAAUUGUCAUUUGAUGCCCUAAGCAGUGAGUGAUGGUUAAGCCAUUCGCUACCAAAAUCAAGCAUAAAUGUCUUUAUUCUCAUGUAUUUUGAGACAUGAAAUCUCGUCCAUAAAGGCUCUCUCACCCUCAUGUUUACUCUAGUUAUGUUUAACAGCCUUUAGAGGAAUGCAUUUCUCUGCCAGCAAGUUACUUUAAAUGUCAGCUCAUCCUCUGCUUCUGAAAAGUACAGGAUGUUUCAAUGGGUCAUAUCAUUACUACAGUCAAAACUUUUUUUUUUACCAUCUUACUGUCAGCAUUACAUUAGCAGUUGAGAGAUUGUAAAAGACUACAAUAGAAGCUUAAAACACCUUUAUUUUAGAAAUAUUUGAUUCAGCUGUAUUUAUUGUAUGUGGGCACAAUGCUCAAAUGCAGACAAUGUUUUUACAUCCUGUUGCAAUUUUCAGUAUGCUACGCUGCUAGUAAUGCCUUAAGGGUCCUUGAAAAUACUUAAACAAGGUAUUUAAACAUUUUUAUUUAUCUAUUUUUGUCAGACCUCUUUUAUGUGAAAAAUAUUGCAUUUUUAUACUAUCUAAAGCAUUAAACUUCCUAAUUUGUUUUUUAUAAAAACGACUAAAUAAGUGAAAAAUAAAAAUUGUGUAAAUUUACAUUUAAUUUUUACGUUUCUCUGAAAAGCAAUCUAUACAUAAAAAUGCAGAUAUGAAAUCUUUGUAUGCUAUCCGUGCAUCCCUUGCUUCAAACAAAUGUUAUGCUCAAUGGAGUACCUACCAUGGUCACAGGGCAGGGUCGUCGCUGUGACCGGCCUAUCAAGCCAAGGGACCCGGCAUACCUUCUAGGCCGGUGCACAGCCGCACCGUCCAAGGCCCACGGUUCCUGGGUGUCUGGCAGGAGGGGAGAGCUGUGCUACUCUCCUCCUGCCUGCGUGUAGAGUGGUUGAGCAUUCUGACUGGAAUUGCAGCGGUAACCAGGUACAGGAAGGGUUUGGGGAGAGAGGGAGGAAUGGAACAAAUGGAGGGGAGGGGGAAGAGAGGGAGGAAUGGGACACAAAGAGCGGGGAGAGAGAGAGAAAUGGGGCACAUGGAGAAGAGGGGGAGGAUGAAAUGAGAUACAUGGAGGGACUGGGGAAAAGGAAAUAAAACUCGGCUUUUGAGGCAGAGGGAAUGAGAGACGUGGAAGGUCUUUGGGAGGAGGGAAUAAACAUAGAAACAGAGAAUGUAACGGCAGAUAAGAACCAUUCGGCCCAUCUAGUCUGCCAAUUUUGUAAAUACUUUCAUUAGUCCCUGGUCUUAUCUUAUAGUUAGGAUAGCCUUAUGCCUAUCCCACGCAUGCUUAAACUCCUUUACUGCGUUAACCUCUACCACUUCAGCUGGAAGGCUUUUCCAUGCAUCCACUACCCUCUCAGUAAAGUAAUACUUCCUGAUAUUAUUUUUAAACCUUUGCCCCUCUAAUUUAAGACUAUGUCUUCUUGUUGUGGUAGUUUCUUCUUUUAAAUAUAGUCUACUCCUUUAAUAAGACACAUGGAGGGGCUUGGGAGGAGGGAAUGAGAUACAUGGGGGCCUGUGAGGGGACACAUGGAGGGACUGCGGGCAAGUGAAUGAGAUACCUGGGGGACCUGGGGGGAAAUGAGACACAUGGAGGGGGCCCAGGAAAUUUUUGCACCAGGUCCCAGUGGUUUGUAGUUAUGACUCGGGUUAUGCUAAUAUUUUUUUCAAUUGGGCAGACUAGAUAGGCCGAAUGGUUCUUAUCUGCCGUCACAUUCUAUGUUUCUAAUUAAAAGUGCUCGGUGGUGAAGAGGUUAAUCUUGGCAGUCCUGAGAUUUUUUUUACCUAUGAAAUAAUCCAUGAGGAACUCACAUUGUUGUGAAGCAUUAAAUGUACUGUUAGACGUUUAUGUAAGUGGAACCGUGUUUGUCACAUGUUCUAAAAACCACCGUCUUCCUCCUGUGAGCCCCCUAUGUCUGUCCCACAAAAAUUCCAGUUGUCUUUUUGUCUGUGAUUCUUAAAUUGUUGUUUAAAAUAAAUAGAUUACAUCCAAACUGGACUUUAUUCCUAAAAUCAAAACCAAGAACUUGCCAUAAUAUUUACAAUUAUUUAAAUUUUUGCUUCAAAGGUCAAAUGGAUACCUUUAAUUUUGGUAAGUCUUGAUACAAGUGACCAAUGAAUUCUUUAUCAUUGACUUAAUAAAGAGCAUGAUUUAUCAUGGAUUUUGCGGUGUAUCGUGUUGCGAGGUCUCUAGAUGAUUAAGUUGUGAAUGAUAUGACAGAAGUUUCAUCUGUUACAUUUCGACACUAUAUUUCAGCUUUAAAUUUCAAAUAUGAAAUCUAUGAAUAAACAUGACAAUAAAAUAAUGCAUAAUGGAUUUCAAAUUUUAAAAAAGUGUAUUAAGUUUGUAUCUAAUAGAAUAUGCAUACCUCCAGAGUACGCUGUCAACUUGCCAUGUUUAAAGUUCUGAAAUAUUAUCAUAUACUGUCUAUAAAUAGCCAUACACCUCCAAAAACAGAUCAUUGUAAUUAGAUUUCAAAACUAGGGAUGUUUAACCCCUUAAGAACCAAACUUCUGGAAUAAAAGGGAAUCAUGACAUGUCACACAUGUCAUGUGUCCUUAAGGGGUUAAAGUUAGCUGUGCAAAAAGUAAACACACGUGAUGCCUUUUCUAACUGCUGAUAAACUUCUUUAUUGAGACACAUGCCUGGUUAAAUCCGUCCAAGGUCCAUAAAUCUGUGGCAGGUGUGAGCAAGUAGCUUCUCUGGAAGCUCGGAUUGGAGAUCUGGAGAAGCAAAUUACAACAUUGAGACAGAUUGAUAGUCUUGAAAGUGAUCUGCUGCUCACUGUGCAGAGUUUAGUGUGGACCUCUAGUGGAGCGAGAGGAAAUAAGACAGCUGGGGAACAGGCUCAUAGCUGGGUAACAGUAUCAUGUGGUAGCAGGUUUGGUGGGAAGAAGAAAGGUUUAGCUAAUCCUGACUUUGUGCAGCCUUAAAGGAUCACUAUAGGAUCAGGAACACAAACUUGUAUUCUGACCCUAUAGUGUUAAAACCACCAUCUAGCCCCCCUGGGCCCUUCCCUAAAAAUAGCAAAAUCUUACUUUUAUUCAAGCCUGAAGCUGUAGCUCUGCAUGCUGUUUGACUCAGAAUAGACAUAGUCAAUAGUCAAAACCUGUCUGCUGACAUCAUCAGAAGUGGUGGCCUGAUCCAACCACAAUGCUUCUCCAUAGGAUUGGCUGAGACUGACAAGGAGGCAGAUCAGGGGCAGAGCCAGCAUGAUUCAAACACAGCCCUGGCCAAUCAGCAUCUCCUCAUAGAGAUGAAUUGAAUCAAUUAAUCUCUAUAAGGAAAGUUCAGUGUCUGCAUGCAGAGGGAGGAGAUACUGAAUGUUUGGAUGCAUUUUAGGCAGCCAUGACACAGGAAGGAUCUUUAACAGCCAUCUCAAGAGUGGCCAGUGAAUUUAUCACUAGGCUGUAAUGUAAACAAUGCAUUUUCUCUGAAAAGACAGUGUUUACAGCAAAAAGCCUGAAGGUAAUGAUUCUACUCACCAGAACAAAUGAAAUAAGCUGCAGUUCUGGUGACUAUAGUGUCCCUUUAAAGAUUUGCCCGUUUGAGUGAAGAUGUUGGGAGUAUCAGCUCAGGAAUAGCCUUACUAGAGGAAGCUGCUCCUUAUAACAGUCGAGGGAACAGCCCCUCGAGUACGGGUGGUGCUGAGAAUGUUAGGAAGGCUAGACAAUUUGUGGUGGUGGUGGUGGUGGUGGGGCACCUGUAUUAUUAAGAGAGUAGAUAGGGCAACCUUCCACUCUGAUCGUCUUAACAGUUUGCUGUCUCCUGGGUGCUCGGGUCCAGCAUGUUACUGACAGAGUGGAUGGAUUAUUGAUUGGAGCUGGGGAUGACUCGGCUGUCAUGGUCCAUAUUGGUACCAAUAACAAAGUCAGUGGAAAAUGGAGGAUCCUAAAGAAUGCUUUCAGGGAAUUAGGAGGUAAACUGAAAAAAGGACCUCCAAGGUAGUAUUUUAAGAUAUAUUACCAGUGAGGUAAUUUUUGCCUAGUUUGUUGCUAGUCUUUUCAAUCAACAGCAAAAGCAGAUGUGAGAAAGGUUUAACUUGAGAGAUGCAUGUCUCUUUUCAGCCCAUGUAACAAUGUAACAAAAUAGGUAGCGCUAUUAUGUAUGGGUAAGGAACACGACGAUGUAUUAGAUUCAUCUAUUGGCCACACUUGGACUACAGCCCAGAAAGAGAGACCAAUCAAGGUUGUCCUCACAGAGUAUAAUGUCUACAAGGUGCUCAUGACCUGGAUUGAAUUGACCAGGGAAUUGCAAAAUUGAACCCAAGAUAGCUGAACUUGUGUUGUUUGUACUUAAAUGAACAUUCCACCGGAGAUAGUUUAAAAGAAAUCACUAUUUAGUAGAUAUACCCCCAAAAAAACAUGCAUUGCUUCAGUUUGACCAGUUCUGGUGGAAGUUGGCUCUGAUAGUUGGUAACAGCUAUAAUUGUAAUCUGACAGCAUUAUCAAUGGUAUGUUGGGUAAGGGUUACUGACAACUGGAGUAGUGCAGGUUUUUGGGUGAUUGACCCUUAUGUUUGUGAUGAAUGGCUAUUGCAGCGUGACAAAAUCCUACUUCCAAUCUUACUAUGCCCCAGCCUUAAAACUUAUCUGAAACUUAUCAUCAUGUAAUAUGUGCAUAUACUUCAGCUUUACGGGACACUGUUAGCACCAAAACAACUUUAGCAUAGUUACAUAGGCUGAAAAGAGACAUGUGUCCAUCAAGUACAGCCUUCCACACAUUUGUUUUUUGCUGUUGAUCCAAAAGAAGGCAAAAAAAAAAAGUUUGAAGCACUUCCAAGGCAGAGAAUUCCAUAUCCUUAUUGUUCUUACGGUAAAAAAAAAAAAAACCUUUCCUUUCCCUUAGACUAAAUCUUCUUUCUUCCAGUCUAAACGCAUGACCUCAUGUCCUAUGUAAAGUCCGGUUUGUGAAUAGAUUUCAACACAAUGGUUUGUAUUGGCCCCGAAUAUAUUUGUAUAAUGUUAUCAUAUUCCCACUAAGGCAACAUUUUUCUAAACCAAAGAGGUUUAAAUUUGUUAACGUUUCUUUAUAGCUAGAAUGUUCCAUUCCUUUUAUUAAUUUUGUAGCCUGCAUCUGCACUCUUUCCAGUGUCAUAAUUUCUUUCUUUAGAACAGGUGUCCAAAAUUGCACAUCAUAUUCAAGAUGUGGUCUUACCAGUUAUAAAGAGGCAAAAUUAUAUUUUCAUCCCGAGAAUGAAUGCCCUUUUUUAUGCAUGACAAUACCUUACUGGACUUAGCCAUUGCUGAUUGACUUUGCACAUUGUUGCCUAGUUUGUUGCCUAUAACAAUUCCCAAAUCCUUCUCGUGUUUUGUUAUCCCUAAUUCACUACCAUUUAGGGUAUAAGAUGCCUGUGCAUUCUUUACCCCGAAGUGUAUAACAUUGCAUUUUUCUACAUUAAAUUUCCUCAUAAUCGAAUGUCUUUUAUUGAAAGUAGUUGCUAAUCUGUUUGUUAGAUAAAAGGUUUGUUUAGGGUUUGUUGGUUUGCAAUCCUCAUUAGGUCCUGUCAAUGUUGAUCAGAUCACAAGUAAUAUUUAUUAAAUGUCGCUUAGCAGUAUUCAUGUAGUUCCGUACAGUAAAUUUGAAGAUGUCCUUUUCAUGUAAUGAUAAAAUGAUAAGCAAUCUUUUAAAAAACGUAUUAUACUGGACAUGGUGCAGGGAAAGCGAGAAUUGACAAGAUCUCAACUUUUCCAUCCAUUUUCUAUACGUAUAAGGACCUGCGGCCUGUGAUGUUAAAUAAUGUGGAUCGAUUGCUAUAGACACAGUUCUCUAAACUCUAUGAAUUACACUUCAUUUAUUUCCAUGUGAGGAUUAUUUCUGCUAUUAAAACUGACAUGAGGCCUAAAGACAAAUAGAAAGAUUUGCAAAUUUGCCUAGAACGUUGUAAUCUGCGAGGGCACCGAUGACCUUGCCUUCCGCACACAUUACUGCGCAUUUGGAGUUUGAUUCCACUUGCAGGAAAUACUGCGCUCUGUGUCAUAUUCGCCAAUUUACCCUCUGAGAGCUUCUCCUAUAUCCUACAGCACGGAGCUCACACAAAUGCACGAUUAGAGUGAAUAGCCGGUAAAUGAAGCAUGAUGAAGAAUUAUCAUGACUGGAAGACAAAUGAAUUACUCUAUGUUCCGAUUUAGAAAAUGUAACCUUUUCAGCACUACAGGGAGGAUAGGGGGUUGGGAAUCAACGAGUAUUGAAAUAAUUUAACAAUGAUCUGCUAACUUAUGUUCUUCGUAGAGGGCUAAAUAUUUUAAUGAAAACAACUAUUUAUUGUCAUAUGAUAAAUGCACACAGGCAACUUUAUUUUUACACGUACAGUAAAUUUGAAAUGUCCUUUUCAUGUUUCCGAUUAACUAUAUUGGCAGUAUGUGCCUAGCUUAUGUUAGAAAAAGUAGGGUUGGGUAAAUCAUUCAUGUAAGUCUAUUCAGCAAAUACUACAACUAUUCACAGUUUAUUCCAUAAACUAACAACUGUGGAUAAUUGAAAAAUGAAUUUAAUGUUUUGUAACACACACUUACCAGUAGUCUUUACAAUGCCAAUCAAUUUUUUUUUGUUUUUUGCAACAUGAACUGGGGGGACCACCUGACUUGUCUUCAUGGACCAGCUCCACUGAUAGGAACUGUGAAAGCAGGUGGAUGUACUCACAACAGUCUGCACAGAUUUAGAAUAAGCUUCAGUUAUAUUUAUUGAAUCUGCACAUUUGCAGAGUAUCUCAGGAAACUGUCACCGGAAAGGAGCAAGUGAAGCAGAUGUAAGUUUGCUUUCUACCUACCUCGUCCUCACUCCCCUUGCGAGUGACAUGUCAAAGGAUCUACUGGAAUAAAGAAAAGAGGCACUGUCAUCAACAGCACAUUUCUUUAUUAAAGAACAUUGAAAUAAUGAGUGUGAAAUGUCCCUGUGUGUUGCAGGGAGACAGACAAACCCUGAAAUCAGGUCAGAACGUGAACAAAUACUGUCUGUGGCAGUUAAUUGAAAACAUUAGUAGGUCGUCCUACUGUGCGACUGGAUCCCGAUUUCACACUUUGUACCCAUCAGCCUUGAAGGAUUGAGUUAAUCUCUUUUUGACAAAUUCCAGACAUUUUUCAGUGCAUUAAAGUUUAAAUAAAGAUUUUAAUUAAAAUUUCAUAAACCAGUUUCAGAUCUGGCCCCCGUUGUUGGUAUAAAACUGGAUACAAAGUUUCCUUACCGUUAUAUAAAACACUAAACGAGGCUGAUACAGAUCUAGGUUUGGACCUCACUUUUUAAAUAUUGUAAAACACUGCUAAAAAUGAUUGACAUUCUCUGUUUAUUGUCCUUUAUUAUGAAUUAGGACAACUGAGCGCAUCAAUAUCAUCAAAUAAACAAGGGUCGAUAUGUCCUUUUUUUAAUAGUAAUUAUGUUAAAUUGUGUGUCUUAAAUUAUGUGUGCCAUUUAUAUAGUGCCAACAGAUUCUGUAACGAUUUAAAUAUUGUGAGAGGGGGGAUUGAACUAUAAAUAGGACAAUUACAAGAAAAUUUACAGGACAUAUGCGGAAUUAGGGCAAGUUUGGAAUUGUAAGGAGUGACAUUUUGCUUUACUCGUUAUUUCUAUAACCACUCCUCCUUUUUUUAACCUAUAAUCCCGUUUGUAGGUUCUCCUUCUUCCUCCUAACCUAUUAUUUCACCUGAUUUUCCUUUUACCAUUACACUUACCUGUAAUCCCGUUUAUAGGUUCUGCUUUCUCCCUCUGUCUUUAUUGUUCCUUUUCCCUCUUUAUCCUGUUACUCUUAAUGUUUCUUUGUCACAUCAUUAGAAGUCAGACACAGGAGACGCAAUAUGUGCCUGAGAGGCAUCCCAGAGGAGAUUGGAGAGGACGCACUGCUACCCUUCGGCCAGAGGCUACUGGCCUCUAUGAGCAUAAACGGAGAUGCAGACCGCACAAUGCUAAAGUCAGCUGUUAGAGUACGCAAGGAGCACCCAGAGAUGCCAUAGUAGUGACAACUGAUGUCGCAACCCGUACCGCCAUCAUGAGCCAAUCCAGGGAGCUUGGCAAUAUAUGCUUCGAGGGCUACACAGUGGCGAUCUAUGGAGAUCUCCUAUUUGCCGCACUACUGGAAUGAAGACAACUAGCCCCGAUAGCCACACAGAUGUAGAACGCCGCGGUCAGAUACUUCUGGGGAGCAGAUGGUUCCCUGAUCGUGACGCAUGGAGCUACAGCAAUCACCCUGACUUCAAAAGAGGACUCUACUGCCUUUUUGCAGAGACUGCACCUACCCAAUGCCCAAUCGACUGUAACACGGGCACAGGGAGCCCUGACCUGAAACACACCAUACUAAUGACCUAUACUCAUAUUGAUCACAACCCAGUCCCCAACUGCAGAAUGAUUAUUUACUCAUUCUUUCUUCUUUGCUUUAGUACAUUAACUUGGCUCACCCCAAGUUAAAAAGGUAAUCCAGACGUGGAACCCGUGCUCACUGUGCCUAGAGGGAUAUCCGCUACACCUCACUGACAAGGCCCAAAUGAAGGCCGAAACGAUCGUCUGAGGUUGCUGUAUCUCUCGUGCAGAGAGAACUUGCUGGCAUUUUGGAUCUUGGCUGCCCGUAUGGGUGGGACCAGUCUGAUAUGCUUCAGAUAUGUUCUCUCUGUAAUUGGCAAAAACUAUUUUGAGACCUGAGCGGGGAUGUACCGAAGGGCAAGCUACUGAGUUUACUCGUUUUUAGAGUUCUCUUUUGUCCAUUCUCAGAGUUCUCAUUCUUUCUUUUUUGCAUUACUUAUGAUUUACUUGCCACUUUCAUUUCAUAGUUUUCUGUUUGUCAGUAUAUUUAUAUUGGCAGACAUUUUGUGUUAAGACAGAAAUGAGAAGUGUAUACUGCCAGUCACUUUCAGAACAGAGGUGACUCCAUUUUUGUAUUACAAGGCUAAGACAGACACAAUAAUUAUUUCUAUCACUCUAUUCAUCCAAGUCUGAGCUAAGGAAUGCGUUAUGUAAACAAGACAAGUGAUAAGGCAUGAUGUCUAACAGCAAAAAUGGGGGGAUGGAAUACUAACCCAGAGACAAAUGUAUACAUAAUUAUAUAUAUAUAUAUAUAUAUAUAUAUAUAUACACACCAUCCACUUAUAAUUAUUAUUAUUAUAUUAUCAUAUAUAAUUAGUAUUAUGUUAAUAAUAUAGACUAUUCAUGGAUAAAUAUCAAUGAAGAAAUAUCAUAUUAUUUAAUAAUGUUAGUGGAAUAGAAACAUUUUCAAACACAGCUUCACACAAGAAAACCAGACACCAAUGACAGAUAACAAGUAAUUAAUUUUACUUUCUAAAAAAAAAAAUAUAUAUAUAUAUAAAUGUAUAUAUAUAUAUAUAUAUAUAUAUAUAUAUAUAUAUAUAUAUAUAUAUAUAUAUAUAUAUAUAUAUAUAUAUAAAAAUAAUGAAAUCUUUCAAAGUCCCAUUGUAAGAAAAAGGGUGAAAUUACGGUUAGGAGGUGUCAAUUCUAAAAUUACGAUUGAAAUUGCAGACACGAAGUCUGGCACAAGAGUGAACCAAUGCUUUGAAGUGACGUGUCCUGUUAUUGAUAGCAGACAUAAAGAUAGCUGAAAAUGACGUAAAACGCAUCACCAAUUUCAGUUAACCCAUUAUGCAAAAAGGCAAAUGGACCCCCUGACAAGAAAUUUUGGUGAAAUAAUUGCGCCAUCUACUGACCAAAAUCUAGAUGAUAGUCUGUAGGGAAGACACACCUACAGUUCCCUAUUGGUUAAAUCAAUUAGUGACGUGCGGAGAGUUUGGCCCUUUAAAAAGUAAGUACAAAGGUAAAUUCAAUAUUCAAGGUUACCAACAUUCACACUCUUUGAACCACAUUCAAACUCUCUUUGAAACACUUGGACUGUACUCAAGAAACAACACUCUCCUGGACACUUAAUUUUACUAUUACUUUUCCAAAUUAACACAACUCCAGAACUCUGAAAACUUUUUCUAUUCCAUACAAUCCUCAUCAUACUUGCAUACAAAUUCCUGGGGCCAAUCUACACAUCUGAGAGAAAAUCUACAACCCAACUGGUAAUUAUGCUGAUUUUAUUUAAUUAAAUUAAAUUAAUUAAUUUUACUAUAGCAGGAAUAUAUAUUUGGAUAAAUAUUGGUCAGAGUUCAAUCAUUAGAAAUCUUAGUUAGCUAAGGAAUAAAUGGUUAUAAUAAUUCCAUUCCUGCAGGUGGAAUAAAGAUAACGAUAUAUUAAUGGUAAAAUUUACCAAAAGGUUAGCAUGCCACAUUUUACCCCGAAAUAUUGACUUGUUCUGAUAUAAGACAGUGAAUCUUAUUUAGGAAAGUUAAAAUUCGGCAAAUGUAAAAUCUGGUAGAAUUAUUCAUAUUGGAUGGUCCUAGGAAUGGUCAAUUGAUCUGGUAUGAACAUUUCUUUAAUUGUAAAGUUGCAAUAUAAUAGGAUAUCUUGCCUAUGAGGAUUGUAGCCAGCAGUGGAAGAGUUAAUCAGUGUGAUCUGACGGUUAGCCAAAGUUUUAUUGCUUUAGGCUGUGCUGUGUGUUCUAUGGAGUUCUGUCUUCUUUGUGAAUUUGGUUUUAAGUAAUUUCUUAACAGUGCCCUAUUGUGUUUAAACCAUUGCCAUAUUGUAUGCCUGUGUUAUACUAAUUAUUCACUGAUUGUAACGCAUGUUACAUAUUAUUAUAAUUUUAUUAUUAUUGUCACAAUAAAUUAUAUUUUUAUAAUUAAUUUGUAAUUUACUGUGUGAACUAAAAAUCCUCUAAUGAGCUUCCUCUAGGAUCUAAGAGAAUUAAAAUCAUGAGUAACUCUCAGCUUUAUUAUUUGGGGAAUAAUUUGAUAUAAUAAAAAAUAUUAAAUUAACUUUUGAUAUUUUUUAUGAAAAUAUUAUUUUUAACAUUUAUCACCCCUUAAAUAUCCUCACAUGUUAUACACUAUUUGUGUGCAGUCCAGCUUAGACAGUUACUGGGACAUUACUCACCACACCCAACGAGAGUGUCUCUUGAUGAGACCACACAUAACAAUCUGUGAUGAUUAAUAAACAAUUAGUUCUCACACAUUCCCAGUUAUAUUCUUUAGUGCACUGUUCUAUAGAGUCACUUGUUGCUCCUACUCUCAUAUGCGCACUACUGAGCAAAGCCCUAGAGGCUACAAUGCAAAGCCCCAGCCAUAAACCGAUAUACACAUGUCACUGCCUACCUAUGUAUUGAUGUAUUGAUGUAUGUUGAAGUUGUAUAUGUUACAUACUUGUUAUUGUACCACUAUAUCUGGAAGCAGAUGCUUUUUGGGAUUGGAAACUCCAAUAAAACACAAAUGUAAAAAUAUAUAUAUAUACACAUUAAAAAGUAUAUAAUAUAAAAUAAAUAUAUCAUAAUUUUUUUUAAAGUAUUAAAUAAUUUUAAAGGUUUAGCCAAAAAUAUUAAAGGGAAACUAUAGUGCCAGGAAAACCAACUCGUAGCUUCCCCUUCUGUCAAGGCCCCAUCCCGCGGCACUGAAAGGGUUAAUAACCCCUUCAGUCACUUACCUGGGUCCAGCGCUGAUGUUCCUCAGCACUGGCUCAGUUCCGCCCAUGCUACUCUCCCCGCCAACACGUAUGGCAGAGACCUAACCCGCAUGAACGGCAAUGGCCACGCUCGCAUUAGGAUCUCCCCAUAGGCUUUAUUCAAUGCUUUCCUAUGGGGAUUCCAGCGACGCUGGAAGUCCUCAUGCAUAGCAUGAGGACGUCCAGCGUAUUUUAGACGACUAAAAGUAGUUUAAGAAUCCUGAAGUCCCUCUAGUGGCUAUAAAAAACUGCAAUAAUUACCACUGCAGGGUUAAUGGUGAAGGGAGUUUGCACCCAGACCACUUCAAUUGGCUGAAGUGGUCUGGUUGCCUACAGUGUCCCUUUAAAUCAAGGUCUAAAUACGUAAAACCAAUGUGAGAUCUCAUAAUGGACAUACUAGAUGGUCAUUGUGUUUCUACAUUUAUAUGUUCCUCAUGAGAAAAAUGUUCCUCAUAAGAACCUACGGGACCUGGAAAAAGAAUGUUAUCUGACAUUACACACUGUGUUUUUCACUGUACCUUUUAAAACCAUAUGGCAGUUUAAUGAUCCAGUUAUGCCAAGCCUGUAACUCUGUUGGAUUGUUGGAAUAAGAAACAUAUGGUCACAGGGGGUGUUAAGAUAAUGCAGAUACGAAGGUUCCACGCAUGGCUAUUUUAUUUCAGUUGUAAUGACGGGACUCCGUGCUGACAAUAGCAGCUUUACACAAUCACCGAUGAGGGGGGAGACAUCCAUUGUGUCACUAACAUAAGCAGCUACAACAAAGAAACUAAGCCGUGCCAAAAACAAGGCUUCUAGCAAGCUUAUUUUAUCCUACACACACUUUAAGGACCACUACAAACACCUGAAGCAGCUUAUCUUGCUGAAGUCCUUAAUGUGUGAAGAGCAUGUCCUUAUUUUUUUUUUCAUUUUGCAAAAACUGCAGAUUUCAGUAGAAAUUGGCCUUUUUAUAAAUUACCCUUGUUACAAUCCCCCAGGCUGUUAGAGAACCAGUCCCAUUACUUCCUGGUUGUUUAGCUCAGAGAAGCUAAACUCAAGAGGCAGCAAUUGCACAGGGCACCUGCCUUGCAGAGUCUUCAAAUUGAGUUAAGAAUUCCAUGAUUGGACAGCCACCGAAAGUCUGAGCUGGGUUAGAAGGGGAGGGCUUGCAAAGUCUGCAGACAAUAUAUCGUGUGCAUGUUUAGAAGGGGAGGGCUUGCAAAGGCUGCAGAAAAGAUAUCCCGUGCAUGUUUUCAUUGGGAGUAUAUCUACUAAAUUGUGAUUCAAAAAAUAUUUUUAUAUUUGGGCAGUGGAGUGUGCCUUGCAUCACGAUAAAUCCCAUCGCCAAUGCCCCAUUAUUAUCAACCAGUCAGCAUUUGAAAUAUUGCCUCAAAAACCUAAAUAUUUUAAGUUUAGUUCUCUUAAUGCUCUCGUUAUUAAGAGCUUAACUUAAAUUGAUGCAAUGCUUGUGGAAAGAAUAGCAGAAAAUAUAAAUACAGACACCAAAAACAGAUUUCCUAAAUUAUCUACUCAGAGAUUAAUAUUUUGGUUUCUAUUUUGAAUCUGUACCACGAAAACUGCCACAGUCGCCUACUGCUUGUUUUACAUAAUGGUUUAUUCAAUGUCUCUCGCCAUAAUUCUGCUCAUUUACAUUGUAAUGUAAAUUACAGUUACAGCAAUUAGAUUAGUUAAUCGGUAAAAAGAUCAACGUUACUAAAAAGAGAACGGCAAACAAAAACUAUAAAAUAUUUCUCCAUUAAAUCAUACCAACAAUUUAUACGCCCAAAAAAUACUAAACACAAUACAUCACAAAAUAUCCCAAAAGAUAUCAAGAUUCAAUGCAAAAUAAAUUAAAUUAUAUUAAUACGAUAUGGCAAUAUCGAGAAACAAAAAGCAUGCACCAACUCUCUACCCCAAUGUUUUGGAGACACUGCUGCCUUUCUCAAGCCCAUGUUGGUUCUAUUGAUUUUUUUAAAGAUGUUACUUGCAGGAAAAUAAUUUUUAUUCAUCUUUUUUAUCUGCAAAAUUCAAUAUUAUUAUAUAAGUCUUUCCAUGGCUUUACAGAUAUUAAAGGAACAUUAUAGGAAAUGGAAUACAUGUGUCCCUGUCCAUAAUAAUAUGCAGGUCUCCCCACAGUCCACGCGCACCCAAUUCUACUGCUUUCCUUUGAAAUCAUGAUCACAUAAACUAGUUUAAUUAUGUUGUUGCAGUAGAAGUGCCUCUAGUGGCUGUCUGGAAAACAACUGUUGGAGGUGGUUGUAACCCUGAAAAACUGCAAUGUUUUACAUUGUAGGGUUAAAAGGACAGGAGUGCACUGCACACAGACCAUUUUAUUGGGAUAAAGUGGUGUUGGUGACUUUAGUAGUCUAAUUUCACCACCGUCAUUACUAUAAGCUGGACUGUAUUUCAUUAAGAUACCAAGAGCAAUAUAUUCCUUUGUCAGUAGUCCAGGGGAAGCCAUUAUCUGACUCAUUCACAUUGGAAAUUAUUUUCAAAGUGCACUUAUCAGAUUCUCUUUAUUUCACGAUUUCAACAAUUAUUGGGAUUGUAAAUUUAUAGCUUACCUGCAAUAGAGUUUUACAUUUACUGUGAGAAGUAGUUAUUCAGAAUAAAAUAACGAGAUUUGCUAAUAUAUUCACAAAAUAUCACUCUUGGAAUGAACCUACAAUAGGAAUAUACUAACAGUGUCCUUUUAUCACUCUACUGUGAGCGAUAUUUUCUAUCUGCAUUUUAUUUACUAUUUUUGCUUAUUCGUGCAAUUACAUGAAUUAUUCGGACUUUUGGGAGUUAACGCAAAUAAGAAAAAUAAGAUGGAAGGAUCAUAUUUGCAGGUCUUUCCCCUCAUACAGUACAUUUUUGUACUGGUUAAACUUUUGACAUGUUUCUACAGCAUACGUAUAUUACAGGGUUGCUCACUAACAUGCAAUUUGUCAGGUAGUCCAAGUUUUAGGGCAUUAUAAAACAUGCAAAAAGACAAGGUAACUCGCAGGCAAACAAAUAUGUUAUGCUUGUGAAAUCACUAGCAAACGUACUGAUUAAAAGAUAUCCCUGAUUAUCACUUCAUCCCUGACGAAGUUGACUGCGAGAAUUUAACUGACGCUGUAACAUAGUGUAAUGCUGCUUCGCCAAUGGAGGUUUCUUACACACAGCCUUAAAUAUACGUCAUAUCAUGUGUAAGAGAACCCAAACACACAGACCCUAAUCUACAAAUAUCGUAUUACCGGACAUUUAAUGUAUAAAUGGUCAGAAAGAUAGCCAAGGUCAAGGGUAGGAGAAAUUAGAGUAAACAUUAGACAAGCCACAUAUUGGGAAUAAACGGUAAACAAGGUCAUUAACAGAAGAUCAGAAAUGUCAGAAAUGCACCAUUGGGCGAUUGGGACGAGAAAGGGCGGGUUCUAAAUACCUGUGGCUUUAUUUAGAUUGCGCAAUGUCAAAGAGGAGCGCCAGAAGACGUGAGAACAGCUGAUUGCUGAUUUUGCGUCAUUCGCGAAUUUGUUCGUGUGCACCGAAUAGGUGCUCUGGUGAACGCCUUAAGGACGUGGGCACGAACGCGUAUAAACAGACGUCCACAAGUGGCGAGAGGGAGCCCAAGAACAGGUUAGCAUGGCAAUAAACUCCAUAUGUCAACCACUAUGAUGGUAUAGCACUAAGGAUUAUGCUAUGUGCUGUUCAGUUCACAUUCAGUUUUUUGUACAUUUUUUUUACAUACAUUUCACACGGAGGUAUUAUUUGAUCUUGAGUGACAUGAACAGAUAAUAAUACGUGUUACAAGCUCUUUUCUAUUUCUGAGUGUCCAUGGAACACGGGAUGACCUAACAGGGUUAUUUGAAUUGCUUACAAGAAUAGUGUAUCAAUAGCAUUGACUUUGUAAUGCUUGAACACACACUAUGGUGCUCUAAUUAUAUAUUGUAUAACCCUACGUAAGAGGAGACAACGAGACACAGACUAUCAAGAGCAGGGUGUUUCCACCAAACACACCGAUUGUCCAGCAAAUAACACCAGCUGCUGAUCAUUUUAACAUGAAUGGUGCUGUCAGAACUGACUUUGUAAAAGCGAAGCAAGAAUAAAUCACUCAUUGUGCUAUAUAUUUAUAUGUAUGUAUGUAUAUGAUACGGGGCAAGCCUAAUACACUAGAAGAAAUAAUAUACAUACAUAUGUAUGAACGAGUAUCAAGUAGUAUUACUACAUUUAUUUAUUUUUUAUAACAUUCAGUAAUUUAAUUACCAUUAAAUAUAACAGUUAUUGAGUGCCUGAUGUGGUAACUCAGCGAUAAACUGGCAUUGAUAGGGUUAAUGUGUGUGGUAACUCAGCAAUAGAUUGGCAUUGAUAGGGUUAAUGUGUGUGGUAACUCAGCAAUAGAUUGGCAUUGAUAGGGUUAAUGUUUGUGGUAACUCAGCAAUAGAUUGGCAUUGAUAGGGUUAAUGUUUGUGGUAAGUCAGCGAUAGAUUGGCAUUGAUAGGGUUAAUGUGUGUGGUAUCACAGCGAUAGACUGGCAUUGAUAGGGUUACUGUGUGUGGUAACUCAGCGAUAGACUGGCAUUGAUAGGGUUAAUGUGUGUGGUAUCACUGCGAAAGACUGACAUUGAUAGGGUUAAUGUGUGUGGUAACUCAGCAAUAGAUUGGCAUUGAUAGGGUUAAUGUUUGUGGUAAGUCAGCGAUAGAUUGGCAUUGAUAGGGUUAAUGUGUGUGGUAUCACAGCGAUAGACUGGCAUUGAUAGGGUUAAUGUGUGUGGUAACUCAGCGAUAGACUGGCAUUAAUAGGGAUAAUGUGUGUGGUAUCACAGCGAUAGACUGGUAUUGAUAGGGUUAAUGUGUUUGGUAACUCAGCGAUAGACUGGCAUUGAUAGGGUUAAUGUGUGUGGUAAUUCAGCGAUAGACUGGCAUUGAUAGGGUUAAUGUGUGUGGUAUCACAGCGAUAGACUGGUAUUGAUAGGGUUAAUGUGUGUGGUAACUCAGCGAUAGACUGGCAUUGAUAGGGAUAAUGUGUGUGGUAUCACAGCGAUAGACUGGCAUUGAUAGGGUUAAUGUGUGUGGUAACUCAGCGAUAGACUGGCAUUGAUAGGGUUAAUGUGUGUGGUAUCACAGUGAUAGACUGGCAUUGAUAGGGUUAAUGUGUGUGGUAACUCAGCGAUAGACUGGCAUUGAUAGGGUAAUGUGUGUGGUAUCACAGCGAUAGACUGGCAUUGAUAGGGUUAAUGUGUUUGGUAACUCAGCGAUAGACUGGCAUUGAUAGGGUUAAUGUGUGUGGUAUCACAGUGAUAGACUGGCAUUGAUAGGGUUAAUGUGUGUGGUAACUCAGCGAUAGACUGGCAUUGAUAGGGUUAAUGUGUGUGGUAACUCAGCGAUAGACUGGCAUUGAUAGGGUUAAUGUGUGUGGUAUCACAGCGAUAGACUGGCAUUGAUAGGGUUAAUGUGUGUGGUAACAGCAGCGAUAGACUGGCAUUGAUAGGGUUAAUGUGUGUGGUAACUCAGCGAUAGACUGGCAUUGAUAGGGAUAAUGUGUGUGGUAUCACAGCGAUAGACUGGCAUUGAUAGGGUUAAUGUGUUUGGUAACUCAGCGAUAGACUGGCAUUGAUAGGGUUAAUGUGUGUGGUAUCACAGCGAUAGACUGGCAUUGAUAGGGUUAAUGUGUGUGGUAACUCAGCGAUAGACUGGCAUUGAUAGGGUUAAUGUGUGUGGUAUCACAGCGAUAGACUGGUAUUGACUGGGUUAAUGUGUGUGGUAUCACAGCGAUAGACUGGCAUUGAUAGGGUUAAUGUGUGUGGUAACUCAGCGAUAGACUGGCAUUGAUAGGGUUAAUGUGUGUGGUAUCACAGCGAUAGACUGGCAUUGAUAGGGUUAAUGUGUGUGGUAUCACAGCGAUAGACUGGCAUUGAUAGGGUUAAUGUGUGUGGUAACUCAGUGAUAGACUGGCAUUGAUAGGGAUAAUGUGUGUGGUAUCACAGCGAUAGACUGGCAUUGAUAGGGUUAAUGUGUAUAGACGGUGGCUAAAGUUGGCAAUGCAGAUUGAAGAAAUUGUGGACUGCAUUUCCCAAGAUGCUCAUUUAACGUAAAAUGUCUGCCGUGCCAAAAUUAGUCAUCUCUGGUAUUAGACGUUUGUGAGUUUAGUAUGCUAAUAACAACUGUCUUGCUGCCAGCAGGGGGGCGGCACUCUCUAAAUCUUGGUGUUGCAUGGACUGUGGACGUGAUCCUUCUCAAAUUAGACGAGAUGGAGCUAAACGUAAUUAUAGUCGCGCCAGGAUUUUUCCCCAGAGUACCAUUUACCGAAAGAUCUCAUACUGAAACAGAGAAUUUGAAUUUGUUGGUCAAGUAAAUGUUGAAGGAUAAAACUCCACCUUGUAUGUUUGUUUAAAGUAUCCUGCAAUCAGAACCACAAAUUAUUGCUUCAAAUUAUUACAGAAUACUCCGUGUUAUACUCAUAUUAAGAAACAAAGACAGAUUAAACUUUUAACAAAAAUCAAGGACAAUUACCAGGACAGCAGAAUUCUAGGACAGAUAACUAAAUCUUGGUACUAUGUCCUUAAAAUAGACAGAGUCAGAUGAAAGAUGCCCUGGUCUCUAGGCAGGAUGCCAGAUUAGACCCCCUCUUCUAGAGCCAUAGGUGGUAAGCAUGCAUGUGACUAGGAGUGGAUCCAGUGCGCCAUCCCAUGAGGGGCCCGCUGCCCACACCCCCUUCUAACCUAAGCUUUGUCACUUUGCACUUAUCUCCCCUUCCCACACUUCACAAUACCCAUAUCUCCAUUCCCACACUUACCAAUUCCCAUAUCCCCAUUCCCAUUCCCAUACUUCCCAAUCCAGAUAUCGCCAUUCCCACACUUCACAAUCCCCAUAUCUCCAUUACACACUUCACAAUCCCCAUAUCCACAUCAGUGGUGUAUCCUGGUUUUGUGCUGCACUAGGCAUGACAAAACUCAGGCGCCCCCUUCACCCCCUUGCGCCACCCCUGCCCCGCCUUCUAAAUACACACACACACACACACAUUCACUGACAGACACGCAUACACUAUCUAACAGACAUACACACUAACAGACACAUACAGUCACUAGCAGACACACAUAUUCACUAAGUCAGUCACGCAUAUACUCUCACUAACAGACACACACAUAGUAACACACUCCCUAACAGACAUACACACUCACACACUAACAGACACACACACUCACUAACACCCACACACACUCACUAACACCCACACACACACGUUAACAGACACACACACGUUAACAGACACACACACGCUAACAGACACACACACUCACACAAUAACAAAAUCACCUUUUUUUUAUUCAACCCCCCAGCCUCCUUACCUCUGGGGGAGGGGCGGGGGGAUUGAAUAAAGCAACAAAUCUCCUUUGAGGAGAAAUCAGCUAUUUUAUGAAAUCCUACAAAUGAAUUAAUUGUAGAGAGAACUACUGUAACAAGACUGGGUAAUGCAAAACCUCAGAGGAUUGGUGAAUAGUGAUGUCCCGAACGGUUCGCCACGAACGGUUCGCCACGGACUCAUCAUUGAGUAAACUUUGACCCUGUACCUCACAGUCAGCAGACACAUUCCAGCCAAUCAGCAGCAGACCCUCCCUCCCAGACCCUCCACCUCCUGGACAGCUCACUAAGAAUGCAGCUUCACAAUGGAUGCUGUCCAGGAGGUGGGAGGGUCUGGGAGGGAGGGUCUGCUGCUGAUUGGCUGGAAUGUGUCUGCUGACUGUGAGGUACAGGGUCAAAGUUUACUCAAUGAUGAGUCCGUGGCGAACCGUUCGUGGCGGCGAACCGUUCGCGAACCGUUCGGCGAACUGUUCGGGACAUCACUAUUGGUGAAUAAUUUCAUUCUUAAUAUUUAAACGAUGGGGUUCUAACCUGUCUGCAAAGCAAAAACAGACAUUAGCCCCUGACUUGGGCUCCCACUACUCUUGGACAGUAGCAAAUGUAUAAAAAUAAAUAAAGCAAAAAAAACAAACAGUUACCUACCCAAAGAUGUAAAGAACAACAAAGCAAAUUUAGGCAAACUCAAGGUAGGGGGCAAGUAGAGGUGAUUUUGACCUUACACAAAAUCCGCAUUGCUGAUGCCGUGCAAGUUGAGGAGGCUUGCUGUGACUGUUUGCGAUUGUAGUCAGAUUUUGACAGCUAGCAAUGAUUCAUGGCAGUAGAUUGGCAAGUUGCUCAUUUUAAAGAGACGUGACUCAGAUGUGUUAAAAAAAAUUAAAAGCAGAGACAUAUGGAGUAAAAUGUGUUUCUUUGGUAAGGUAUUAAAACCAACCCUAAAUCUCUUUACAGGGGCCCGGAUAAAUAUGUCACUUGUGAGUUGUUUAGCUAUCAGAGCUAUGGAAAGACAAUGUCAGUGUAUCAAAUUAUGUUAAUAAAACGUGCGAGCCAUUGUGCAGCUUCCGACCCUGUGUUCAAGCUGUUUUAAUGACAUCUUAAUGCUUAUUUCUUCCAACAGUUUUGCUUGAAACAGUGGGAGAGGAUAGGGAUUGGGAUAUUGCGCUGUAUAAUGAAGUUGUAUUGUACAACUUUUUUUUUAUUGCACAGUGUGAACUCAAACGCGAGGUGGUCUUUCAACGCAAUGAAAACAGCAGGACCAUCAUUUAUCACUCUGCAAGACCCGCUCCAGGAUCUCCUUGUCCCCAAUUAACUAAUUACUACACAAAUACACACCAAUAAUUAGAAAACUGAUAUGAAUUGACUAUCUGCAGCUCAAGGGUCUAACUGACAUACCAUAUAUACAUAUUUAUUUAUAAAAUAUUUUCCAAGGAUGGAUACAUUGAGAUUUCUCUCGUUUUCAGGUAUUGCCUGGGUCCACAAAACAUUGCAUUGUUACAACAGGAUACAAUAUUACAAAAAUACAAUAUACAAAUAAAAUUUAUACAUACACACAUAUAGAAAUGUAAUACAUAACAGGUAAUAAAUAUAUACAACCAUAACAGGUGCAUUCUGUGCUGAGGUAUAUUGCCAUAGAUCUCUUAAAAGAUUUUAGAUUGAAUGAGGAUUUGACUGUGUCCCUGAGGUUAUUCCAUAAUUGCGGUGCUCUCUAGGAAAAUGAGGAUCGAGCCACUUUAUUUUUGUAUAGCGGUAUGCUAAAUAUCGUGCUAGUACUGGAUCGGAGGUUAUAGGAGGUGGGAACCGCCGGGGAGUGCAUUCUACUCAGGUAGGGUGGGAGCUUCCCAGAAAAGCUCUUAUGCACAAGGCUGGAAAGAUGAAGAGUGUGUUGGGAUUUCAGCGACAGCCAGUUUAGCUCUUUUAAAAUGUAAUUACAUUCUAGUACAAAGCGGCAGAAUGAAUUAUAUAAUGUAUUAAAUGUAUUAAGGUGGAUUUGUGGUGCGGGUGCAUACACUACAUCCUCAUAAUCAAUGACCGGCAUUAGCAUAUAUACAUUGCUGAGAUAAAAAAUACAGAUACAUUUGAAUAAAAAAAAGUCUAUACAUGGAACGUUUGUUCCAUGUGAUAGUUUAUUGUAAAAUAUUCAAAGCUGUAACAUAAUUAUUUUAAGGUGACAUUGUUUUGAUGUUGAAAAAUAUUUUGAAGAAAAAUAACAAAAUAUGCAGUUUGCAAGAAAAUUCAACCCAUCUGCUCUGGAAGCUUUAGUUUACAAAGUGGAAAAAGUCGCCAUAAUGGCAAAAUUAAUAACCUGCCUCUACCUGUGAGACAUAAAAGCAACAAACUCUGUAUCGGGAUCAUUGGUCGGGCUGCAGAUAUGACGGAUAGUUGUGACAAAGAGUGUCCUACAAUAGGUCCUGUUACUUCCUGGUUUGAGUAGCUCAGUGGAGCUAAACUUAAGAUGCAGCAAUUGCCCAGAGCACCUGCCUUGCAAAAACUUCUCAUUGAGCUGCAUUGGGAAGUCUGUGAUUGGACAGCCACAGACACUCUGGGUGGGGUUAGAAUGGGAGGGGGUUGCAAAGGCUAUAGGCAAGAGAUCCACAGCUAUUGCAAGCUGUUUUUAGAUAUAACUUCAAUUAAAAAAAAAUGCAUAAUUAAAUGCAUCUAUGUUUUCAUAGGGGUAUAUCGAUUAAAUAUUGACAUUUUAAAAAUAUACAUAUAAUUUUUUUGUAUUUUGGCAGUGGAGUGGCCUAACAUUUCACACACUGGUACUUUAGGUAACUGAACGAUAUCGGGAGUUUGGUGCCAAAUUCAAUUAUUUGAUUGUCAAUGUGUUACUUUGCUCAGUUAAAUCAGAUUUAGUUUCAGAAUCACAACAGUUUUUCUGUCCUUGUAAUAGGAUUAUCAGGGGUUUAUUGCCUAUGCACAACACUGCCCUCUAGUGCAUUUCUGGGAAUACUGCACACAUUGUUCUCCAUCUAGUAAAGAACUGAUCUCCAGUCUCCUAUCUCUCUGCUAAUAACAUGAAAGCAUGUUUUCUUCAUCUAACUUUAACUAAUGGAAUAGUUUAAACAGGAAAAUGAAGAUGGAUGAUCCUAACAAUCACACCUAUUACACAUUAGAUGUACUCAUCUGAGAAUUAUAGAGAUUGAUAAGGGAACUGCUAAUUUUUAAGUCAAAAGCAAUUUUUCAGUUAUGUUUCCAGCUAUGUCUUGGCUUACAAUAUUCUCAUCAUUUUUUUUCUUUUCACAAUUCACAGUUUUAUAAAUAACCCAAAAACGAUUUUUCUCCCCCCAUUCUUUAUUUAAGCUUGAAUAGCAGGCAUAUCAAAAUAGAAUUGACAGUAGCUAACGAUUCAAAAAGUGUCACGAUGCAUAAAGAGACUGUAGUGGAAAAAGGUUGUGUUUUUACUCAAAGAGACGUUAUUCACUGAAAACCAAUAGUGAAUCGAAAAAUCGAAUUGCAAAUUUGAGGCGAAAGUAGUCGAGCUGUGACUAUAUCGAGAUUCAAAUUUAUCCAAAAUCAGCACUUUUUAACCUAGAUUGUGCCGUCAAAUUCACUACAAUUCAGUGUUUGGAACAUAAACCCCAAUAUAUUUAAUACAUUGCAUUCAUAUUUCCCAGAUAUAGGAUUGGUUGCCAUAUGUUGCCCUGGACACAUAUAAUUGUUGUAUGUAGAAUUGUAUUUUGUAUGUAGAAUUCAAAUGAUGCAGACAGCACUUUUCAUGUGUUGCCCACCAAAAUGAAGAAGGGCAAUACGUCAUGGAAAACAUGGCAAAUAUUGCAAUUAAUCCUAUCCAGGUAUUAAAGGAACACUCCACUGCCCAAACCCAUAAAUAAAUAGAUAAUCACUGUUUAGUAGAUAUACCCCAAUGCAAAUAUGUAUGCAUUUAAUUAUGUAUUUUUUUUAUUUCUGGGUCUAUCUAAAAGCAGCUAACAAAAGCUGCAAAUCUCUUGUCUUCAGCCUUUGCAUGACCUGCCCUUCUAACCCCACCCAGACUUUCUGUGGCUGUCCAAUCACAGACUUCUCAAAGGCUUUGCAAGGUAGGUGCUCUGAGCAAUUGCUGCCUCUUGAGUUCAGCUUAAAGGAACACUUUAGCGUUAGGAAUACCAAUAUGCAUUCCUAACGCUAUAGAGCCCUAGUCACCGUUUAGGUCACUAGUGCCCCGUUCCAUGUCAAAUAAAGGGUUAUUUAACCAUUUAUUUGCUUUCCUUAAUCAUGUGCCAGGCUCCCUCGGCACUGGUGACAUCUCCUCCUCCUUCAUCGAUGUCAAUGCUUUCCUAUGGGGAUCUUUUUUGACACUGGACUCCGCGAAAAAGGUCUCACGGAGCAGAACAAGAACAUUAUAUUUGUCACUUAUUUUAGCUUAUUAGGAGAACUAAAAGUCGAGCCGCCAAGGAAGACAGUUCUCAUUGAAAUUGCAGUUUCUGGGUAUAACUGUAUUUUGCUAUCAUGCCAGGUUUAUAGUGUUUCUGUACACGAUUCUAUCAUAGUUUUGUUUGCACUAUUUAGUCAAUGUGCCCUUAAACAAUAUACUUUGUCAUAUUGAAUGUCUGUGACUAACAAUCUUCACCUCCUCAAUCAGUAUUGCUUACUGAAGCCGGUUGUAAGAAGUAGAAUAGAUGUUAAUAAAAAAAUAAAAGUACCAUGCUCAGAUUCCAGAUUAAUAAAAGGCUUAUACAGUAUAUUUCUGAGAAUAUAACACAGAACUAUCAGCCUUCCAACGCUUUACAAAGAUUAACAUUGUGCUCUCUGAGUUGAACCAGGGACUAAAAAAACUGGUUUGUUAGAUAAGAGUUUUUAUGAACUCAGCACACUAGUUAUUAAUUUUGUUAUAAUUUUUUUUUAAUACUUUUAUAACACCCUUUGCAAACAUUUUGGUUAAUAAAACUACAUUCUAACUUCGAAGUAGGGUAACUCUCGAAAAACAAUACAAAACAGGGGCUUUCAUCCAAACCAAAGUGGAACUGUCAUUCGUGGGAUUAAUGCACAAGAUGACAGCGAGCUAGCCACAGAUUGGGCGAUUUAUUGUCAUUUUAUUUAUAAAGGUUUUUCCUGUCCGGACAUGGCACAUAUAUUAAAUUAACCCUUGUGGUGCUAUAUGCGUGCAUGCGCUGAAGAAAUGCCUGAGUCCACAUGCGUUCGUAUAACAUUUCUUAGGAAGUAUUACUUUACUGAGAGGGUAGUGGAUGCAUGGAAUAGCCUUCCAGCUGAAAUGGUAGAGGUUAACACAGUAAAGGAGUUUAAGCAUGCGUGGGAUAAGCAUAAGGCUGUCCUAGCUAUAAGAUAAGGCCAGGGACUAAUGAAUGUAUUUAGAAAAUUGGGCAGACUAGAUGGUUCUUAUCUGCCGUCACAUUCUAUGUUUCUCUGUAUAUGCCUGCACCAUGUGUAACAGGACCGAGUGAGGCCGCUCUGAACAUUCACCCUCGUAUGUUCUUCAAAAGCAUUUACUGGGAUGUAGGAAGGAUUACGACAGAUGUACUAAAUGUGAUGUACUAGGUAGUUUGUCAGAUCAGCGUUAGCAGCAAAACAUAACUUCUGGCAUUAUUAAAAUCGCUCUGUGGGAAACCAUAGGUCCCACCAGCCAUGUGUUGCUUUCCUUUGUGGCACUGAAAGGGUUAAUAUUUGUUCUGGCCGCCGUGUCCACCCAGACGAGGCUUAGUAAUGGUAUGUAUGCCAGACUGUGCUAGGUACCCAAAGGGACAUGUGUUCCAGAACAAAAAUAAACACCUAAAUAUUCCUGUGCAUUUUUUUUUAAUAAAGUUUAAUAUAUGUCAGUGUUUUUUUUUUUUUUUUGCUUUAUUCAUUGGAUCUAAAGGUAUACCUAAUAUAUUUUGAUUUCAAUAAAUCUAAUAAGAAGAUUUUAAGAAUAUUUGGGGCACACAUACUUUAUUUUCUCAGAACAAAAAAUAACCCUUUUGCUGCAACAGCGGAGAGCAGUGGGGUACUCCCAGAUUAUUAUGGUGCUGAAAAGGUAAAAUAAUGGAAUAAAUAAAGCGAGCACAUGGGGGUCUCCAGGAUUUAUCAAAGAAAGCCUGUAAAAUAUGAAUAACGGUGAGCUAGGCACAACUGUUAGACUGGAAGAUGUUAUAGUAAAUAUCAGAGAUUAGAUUUUCUGACUUCUAACCCACUUUCGCUGAUUCUAGCACUGCUUAGUAGGUAGGCCUCCGAUAUGACAGACUAGCCUGUAUGUUUAUGUAUUUGUGUUAUACUGUAUACUAGCAAAUCGUUGAGGAGAAGUAGUGUUUACAGCGCUUACAGAGUGACCUUCUAUUAUGGUUUAAUUCUUCAUUAACAUAAAAACUCUUCUUGUCUAAAAUGCAUAUCAUGUAAGAAAAAAAAGGUUCAGCAAAUGAAUUACUGCCAACCUUGGUUUGUUUUUUUAACGUUUUUAAAUCGACCCUUUAAAGACCAUUCUAAGCUUCUGGCAUUUAAGGGGUUAAGUGAUUGCGAGCCCUCACUACUUGUCAGCGUGGGGCUGUUGGAACAAAAAAUAGAUCUGUCAUGCACAACCGGACAGCGGAGAUGGGGGCUACAAGGGACAAAUCUUACCACUAGGGCAAACAGGUCAUCGAACAUGCCUCGAGGCUUGAGAUUUUCUAAAGUUAGGACCAGUUUUGGUGAAGACAAGAUGGUUUAGCAUCAUCUCUAUGUUAACGUCCGCUUGGGUUUUCUCUCAGAACACCAUGGAUACGAGAAUCCUUGUCAUGAUUGAAUGUGACAAGGUGGGCAUAUUACAUUCAAGACUAAGUAUAGCCGGGUGACGAGAUACAACGUGACAGUCGAGAGACACCAACAAACUAAUGCUAUGUGCUGCAGUUCAAUGCUCCGAGGCUCGUGACCUGCCUGGGAUUUAGAAUUCUGUAAUUAACAUGUGAUUAGCCAAUUGACUGUGCUAUGUACAUCACUAAGGAACGUAUCUUUCUGUUUUAAUUGACUGUAUGUAGACUAGGGGUGUCAGAUCCACCGUGUUUUUCUUGACACCUAUUUCUUCUUUGUGCUGAAGAGCCAGAUAUUAAAAACAUAUCUCCCAACUGUCCUGGAUUUUUGUGAAAAGUCCUGAAUUUGGACUCCUGUCUGGGCUUGCACACUGGUGUCGUGAUUGUGGGGACAGCAGUGAUGGUGAUGGACAGCUGAUGAAGUUUUACGAUAGUGGGGUGUUAGAUUCUACUCCCAGAAUUCGACUCUGCCUCCAGACUUGUUGGGCUCGGCUCACUUAGCGCCCUAUCCUGAACCACCAGACCAAAGGAGAGGUCAUGCUCUGUUCAGCAAAAUAAACCUAUACAGAACCAUAUUUAGGAAACAACAACCAGUUUCAAGAGACCAGUGUAUAUAUUUCCUAUGUAAGGCUGACCCCCUCCCCCUUAGGAAAGCUAUAAUAGUCAGAAUCCUGUGCUGUAGGAGGGAUAUCCAUCAUUCAAGAAAAAUGAUUAAUUGAUUUACCCUCUGCAGGGUUUCUUAAUUGACAUAUUCUGGCUGUGAUGCCAGGCAAGUCAUAUAACAGUGAAUUGCAAUCUAUAUUUUACAUAUAAUACAUUUCACCAGCAAGUACUUUUAAAGUGUACGUGUAAUGGUACCAACAACUUAUUAUAUAUGUAUAUUUAUAUAUAUAUAUAUAUAUAUUAAAAAUAGGUCUUUCUCCCAUAUGUCGUUAAAUUUUUGGUCAUAUGCCAAUGAUUUUACAGACAAUUAUGAGCAGAAAAGGUCUCCCACAGGUGGUCCCUUCUACUCAUCACACAGAGCAGGCACAGUACAGGAGCAGUGGUUGCUAUGGUAACUCCCUAGCCAUUGGUACUAGUGCUGGCUAGAAAGCAUAGGAAUGGUGUGAGUCACCCUAUUCAGAUGCUGGCAUGUUGGCAAAGAAGGCAGCGUGUUGGUGUCAUAGGGCAGGCUUGCCCGGCUUGGGCGGGUUGGUGUUACAAGAGGAGCAAUAACCACAAAGCUGAGAGAAGGUCAGCGCAGGAUGGGAGGUAAGGUGGGUAUAAUCUCAAUAAAUUACAGUGAAUAACAUCAUGACUCUCUGUGAUCCGUGACUCAUUCAAUGUAUUUAAGAUGAACCUGUUAUCACAGAUUCACUUUAAAGAAACAUUUCAACCACGAUAACCACUACAUCACGGGGUAGUGGUUAUGGUGCCAGGAGUGCCCUGAUGUCCAUCCAUUAGAAGUAUUCAAACUGUUUUAUAGCAAUUUGAUUUCUUGCAUGGAGUCCGCAAGCAACCACUCCCCACCUGCUGUUAAUGAGUUUCUGUUAGCUCCUUUGAGCUAAGCCAGUGCAUGGCUGGCUCAUUGGCUGAGAGUGUCAGUUGGUCACCAAUGAGCUCAGAGCGGAGAGCUUCUGACUGCAGUGGAAGCAGAGAGACGUGCCCAGUGGACCUUUUGGUAAGAAGAGGUUUGGCUACGUGGUUGGGGGAUGGGGGCAGCAAGGCCGUCCUGGCAUUGUUACCACUAUAUUAUAUGUAGUUGUUAUGGUACUUGGAGUGUUCCUUUUAACCCCUUAAGGACCAAACUUCUGGAAUAAAAGGGAAUCAUGACAUGUCACACGUGUCAUGUGUCCUUAAGGCGUUAAAAUAAAAUAAAAAUAACUAAUCCAUACCAAAUAAACAUAAGAUACUGAAAAAAAUUAAAUAAAAAAACUAUAAAUUAGUGCUAUUGAUUUUGAAGCUGCCAUUUGUAUUCACUAUUUACAAUAGUAGCACAACUACUGUGCAAAUUAAGGCAAUUAGGCGUAAUGGUUAGGGGGUAAUAUUUCCCCUGACACCAUUAUUAUUUAUGCAAUGAUUUUUAUGCAGGCUUAACUUGGGGAGGAUUUACUAAACUGGGAGUUGUGGAGAAUGGACAAGGGGGGAUUUAUGUCACAAUAGUGAAGUGACAGUUCUUGAUAUAGAGCAGCCAUUUCAUGUGGUGACCAGCACCAAGCAUGUUUAGGUCCCAGGAUGUAAGGGGACAUGUCAUGGUCAGCACAGCACUGAGCACACCGGCCGCAGCUUUGCAUAACACACUCUCUCUGGCACUGAAAGGGUUGCAGGAGUUUGAUUGACAGGUCAGAGUUUAGCGAGAAGUUACAUUGUAGCUGUACAGCCACCCAGGGAGGCAGCCCCGCCCCUGUUUCCAGGACAACCCAAGAAAGCGUCUGUCUGCAGGGAGGGUGCAGGGAUCACAACAAAUAUUAGGUCUGGGCUCUAAUAUACAGCAUGGGGGAGCUCUGUAUACACCACUGAGGGAGCUCAGCAGGGAGCUCUGUGUACUGGCUGUGCACCCCUGAGAGAGCUCAGCAGGGAGCUCUGUAUACUGGCUGUGCACCCCUGAGAGAGCUCAGCAGGGAGCUCUGUAUACUGGCUGUGCACCCCUGAGAGAGCUCAGCAGGGAGCUCUGUAUACUGUGUGUGCACCCCUGAGAGAGCUCAGCAGGGAGCUCUGUGUACUGGCUGUGCACCCCUAAGAGAGCUCAGCAGGGAGCUCUGUAUACUGGCUGUGCACCCCUGAGAGAGCUCAGCAGGGAGCUCUGUAUACUGGCUGUGCACCCCUGAGAGAGCUCAGCAGGGAGCUCUGUGUACUGGCUGUGCACCCCUGAGAGAGCUCAGCAGGGAGCUCUGUGUGUGUGCACCCCUGAGAGAGCUCAGCAGGGAGCUCUGUGUACUGGCUGUGCACCCCUGAGAGAGCUCAGCAGGGAGCUCUGUGUACUGGCUGUGCACCCCUGAGAGAGCUCAGCAGGGAGCUCUGUAUACUGUGUGUGCACCCCUGAGAGCUCAGCAGGGAGCUCUGUAUACUAGCUGUGCACCCCUGAGAGAGCUCAGCAGGGAGCUCUGUAUACUGAGGGAUCCCACUACCUACCUGCCACAAUGGUAAGUCUUUUGAUUUGUUCUGCUUUACCUGCAAAUGCUGUAAAUAUUUAUUUGAAUGACAGUUAUACAAAAAUAGCUACCCAUCCCAUCACACACAGCCUGCCAUUGGAUGGCUGAGCAUCCUGGGAUUCAUAGUCCACAAUCACUGGAGUGCCAAAGGUUCGUUAUUAUUAUUAUUAAUAAUAAUAAUAAUUAUUAUUAUUAUUUCUGUAUUUUGCUCAUACAGGCCUAUAGCAGGGGGAGACUGGUGUGUGAUGAAGUCACUUUGUGUGAUUUGUUAUAUCUGUGCAAUAAAUAAUGAGUGUAUAAACAUUGGUAUAUCAGUCAGUUUAGUAUUACAUAUAGGUAGGUGUGCUACAAACAGUCAGUCAGUUAUAUUUAAUAUUAACCAUUGAUAGCCAAUGCCUUCACCAUACAAUGCUUGCCAACAAUGGGUUAAAGACAAUUUAGCUUUUUGUUAUAUUAUACCUAAUGUUAAAGGAUCUGAUGUAUGAAAAGUGUAUAUUAUAGUUCUCACUCUGUAUGUGUUAACUGUGGCUUCAAUGCUGCGCAAUAAUAGCAGAUUAUUGCAUAUGCUAAACUUUUUAUUGAACAAAUUGCAUCGCCUGCAUGUGACAUUGACAUGUGCCCUCAAGAUGGUUUCUGUGAAAUGAUUUGAUUGUACAAGAAUAGCGCCUAAUUAUGUGUGUAGCUUUUCAACAUCUGUUAGUAAAAUUGUAUUAUUUAUUAAAUAUAAAUAGUUUCAUUCCCUAAACACUGCGUUGUACUUUUAUAAAAAAGUAAAAUGCAACACUUAGACAAAAAGUGCUGAUCUGGAAAAAAAUUUAAACUUCAAUAUCGUCACAACUAAAUUUUGCAAUAGUUUUCAAUUAACUGCAGCUAAAUGUUAGAUGAUAAUAUUAAUGUAGAUACUAAUAGUAAGAAUAACCCUGAGAGGUUUGUGCUCACAAUGUCCAUAACAUUUAAGCCACUAUAAGCACCCAGACCACUUCAGCUCAAUGAAGUGGUCUGGGUGCCAGGUCCAUCUAGGAUUAACCCUGACUGCUGUAAACAUAGCAGUUUCAGAGAAACUGCUAUGUUUACUUUAGUGUUAAUCCAGCCUCCAGUGGCUGUCUCAUUGACAGCCGCUAGAGGUGCUUCCGCGCUUCUCACUGUGAUUUUCACAGUAAGAAGACGCCAGCGUCCAUAGGAAAGCAUUGAGAAUGCUUUCCUAUGGACUGGCUGAAUGAGCGCGCGCAUGGGCAUGCGCAUUCAGCCGAUGACGUCGGCAGGAGGAGGAGAGUCCCCAGCGCCGAGAGAGCUCGGCGCUAGAGAAAGGUGAGUGUUUAACCCCCUUCCUCCAACUUCAGCCCAGGCGACCCACGAGUUUGUUUUCCUGGCACUAUAGUGGUCCUUUAAGUGAGAAAUUAGUGCUUUUUACUCAGCUUGGAAAUUUCGCAAUGAGCUAAAUUGAGGAAGUGAAAGUUCAACUUUACUAUAUUUUGACAUGAAAACUUGUUAAUUAUUCUUAGCUUAAAGUCUAAUUAUUAUUUUUUUUAUAAGACCUCAGAGGGACAUUUAUUUUGACAGUAUAAAUUUAAACCACUGACAGGUGAAUAACAUUGAUUAUAUUGUUACAAUGGCACCUGUCAAGGCCCAACAAGUGCCUAAUAUAUCCCAUACCUGGAAGCAGAAAAAAUGGGCAGCAAAGAGAUCAGAGUGACUUUGACCAGAAACAAAUAAUGAUGGCUAGACGGACGACUGGGUCAGAGCAUCUCCAAAAUGGCAAGUCUUGUGGGGUGCUCCCAGUAUGCAGUGGUUGGUACCUACCAAAAGUGGAACAAGGAACAGUGAACUGGCAUCAGGGUAAUGGGCGCCCAAGGCUCAUUGAUGCACGUGGGGAGCGAAGGCUAGCCUCUCUGGUUUGAUCACACAAGAGCUACUGUAGUUUAAAUUGCUAAAAUAGUUAAUGCUGGCACAGAAUACACAGUGCAUCAUGGUUUGUUGUGUAUGGGGGGUUGCUUGCCGUUGACCAGUCAGAGUGCCCAUGAUGUCACCUGUCCGCCUCCUACUGUCCCUCAGACUAUCGGCAUAGACUCUGUGCCAAUGUCUGGUUAAAAGAGAAUAUGCCUACCACAUUAGUGUCAUCAUGAGGUGCUCUGCCAGGUGUUGGCAAGUGAAAUGGGGCUACCCAAAGAUGUGCUGAGCCAGAGAGUAGGUUACAGGUGUUUAAGGAGGAACUGGAACCUCUGAGCAGGAGGUGAGUAUAGCGAAAAAAUAAUGAAGAAGGUGAGUGAAGCCUAUGUUCAUUUAGGCAAUAAUUAGACAAAGUAUAAAAAUCCUCGACGUGCACCUAGAAAAUAAAAUACACUUUGUUUUCAUAAAAGAAAGUAUAUCCUAAAUUUUGCAAUAGUUUUCAAUUAACUGCAGCUAAAUGUUAGAUGAUAAUAUUAAUGUAGAUACUAAUAGUAAGAAUAACCCUGAGAGGUUUGUGCUCACAAUGUCCAUAACAUUUAAGCCACUAUAAGCACCCAGACCACUUCAGCUCAAUGAAGUGGUCUGGGUGCCAGGUCCAUCUAGGAUUAACCCUGACUGCUGUAAACAUAGCAGUUUCAGAUAAACUUUUAGCAGCACUGUGCCGAUAUAGGAUGGUGAUGUCCCGUAGCGUGCCGGUCCUAUUUUUUAAAUUGAGGUGUGUAUGCUGCCGUAUUCUGCUUGUGUUAUUUAUACUGUAAUUGCUUUGUAUCGUUGUAUUUGUGCGUAUAUGAGCUAUUAUAUUGUAUAUGUGCAUUAGUAGUUUAUGGUAUCGUGUAUGAUACAUAUGAGGGCUGUGUAUGGGGGCUGCUUGUGGAAUUGUGUGUGGAUGGAUAUGUCACAUUGUGUGUUUGGUAGUGUGUGGGGCUGUUUGGGGUAUUGCAUGUGAGAGGCUGCAUGUGGGGUUGUGUGCAUGUAUGUGGAUUGCGUUAGUGGGGAUUGUGUGUGUGUUUGUGUGUGGGCUGUUUGUAUUAUUUGUAUGAGAGGAGGGUUAUUCUGCAGCUCUGUGUCUAUCUAGCAGUGUGGGUGGCUUCCCUGGGUUCCAGUGGGGACCAGCCUGGCCAGGUACAGGUCAAGGACAGGAGCUGCAACAGCAGUUGUGGGCUUCUCUACUACACUGGGGAUUCCCAUUCACAAGUGCUGGGAGGAAGUGAUCUGAGAUCACUUCCUCUACGUGCUGCAAAGCAUAAAUUGAGGAUUUUCCUUCACCACCUUUUCGUAUUAGCAGAUAUCUGAAGUUUCACUGAGACGCCUGAUAGGCCAGAGCCUGUUUGGCUCUAGCAGCCUUGAGUGCCGUGGAAAGACACCUCGAGUGCCGUGUAUGGGGGUUAAUCCAAUGGCUCUCCGCUGGGAACAAAGAUUCAGCAUACAAAAUCACAGGAACACAGCAUAAUCCACCUACCCAAGGACUAGACGACACAUAGUCUGGGAGUCAACUGUCAGCUUUAUUCACAAGUCUGCUUUUAUGCAUUUCUCCCAUGCAAGGGAGGUAACUUUCAUAAUUAGUACAGUAGCCAAUUGUAACACGGUCACCUCCCCUCCCUCUCCUCCCCUUAGAUUAGCACUUAAACAGAUUAGUGGGGACAGAGUUUUCCCCACUUUCUGGAUGUCCCCUAAAUACACGGGGUACAGGGACAAAUAAGGGUAGGUAGGUCUGAUCUGGGUGAGCAACAUACUUGAAAUUCAUCCAGAUCGGACCAGGGGUUUGGGAGUUACAGACAGUUAAAGAUUUGACCGACCGCAGGGACUCAGUAGCCGAAAACAGUUCCAUGAAUUCUGGCCCUGCGGUCGGUCUAUUUUAGUGAAUCAAAAAUACCGAACAGCUUAGCCAUCCAUGCGAUUGCAAGCCUUCGUAUGAAUCCCCUCGUUUAGGGGAAUCUAUCUACCGAACGCUGGGGCGUUCGUGUGUUUGAUUCGUGCUGUCGGAGCACGCUGGAGGUCUCAGCGGUACUUGGUUAGUCGAAUGCCCGGUUUGAGUUCCAGGCGUUCGACAACCAAGUACCGCUGUUCGUGCGUAAGAUGGCCGCCGCCACGUGUUCGGUAGGCGAAAUGGUGGCCACACAUACAGGUACUUAAUUCCCUUCGCAACAUUGUAUCGCUCAGCUAAUUGGAAACACACGACCACCCCGGGGUGGUCUCCCGUUCGGUAGUUUCGGGCAUUCGCCUAAAAACAGUAAUAUAACAUGAAAGUCAAUUCGGGUAGUUAUUCCCUUGGUGAAAGUCACCCAUUCACAAAGAAUGAUUAGUUCCAGUGGCAGGGAUUGCCACAACAUUGUUUUAGAAAGUUAUGGGGUUAAAAUAGUGUCUGAAAUUAUCUGUUGGAAGCAUUUAUUCUUUAUUUAUAAAGAAGGGAAUCACAAAAUAUAUUCUAACAAAACAACUAAAUACAUUGAAACAGAUUCGAAGUUUGUUUAAAGUCUAAAAUAUUUACCAUUAUUCUUCCAUUUAAAAUGGAGGGAACAAGGUUUGUCCAAUGCAUCACUCCCAGGUGUCCCUAUUUUGGAGGGGCAGUCCCAAGUUUGGGCCCAAAUCCCUCUGUCCUUCUUUUCUUUACUAAUGUCCCUAUGUUCUAGGAGCUCCAUAUUUUUGGUGUCUGAUUGUAUUACAGAGCUCCACAUCAAUAAUACUCCCAGUAAUGUGUCUGAGUGUAUAACAGAGCUCCACAGCAAUAAUACUCCCAGUAAUAUGUCUGAGUGUAUAACAGAGCUCCACAGCAAUAAUACUCCCAGUAAUGUGUGUGAGUGUAUAACAGAGCUCCACAGUAAUAAUACUCCCACUAAUGUGUCUGAGUGUAUAACAGAGCUCCACAGCAAUAAUACUCCCAGUAAUGUGUCUGAGUGUAUAACAGAGCUCCAAAGCAAUAAUACUCCCAGUAAUGUGUCUGAGUGUAUAACAGAACUUCACAGAAAUAAUACUCCCACUAAUGUGUCUGAGUGUAUAACAGAGCUCCACAGCAAUAAUACUCCAAGUAAUGUGUGUGAGUGUAUAACAGAGCUCCACAGUAAUAAUACUCUCCACUAAUGUGUCUGAGUGUAUAACAGAGCUCCACAGCAAUAAUACUCCCAGUAAUGUGUCUGAGUGUAUAACAGAGCUCCACAGCAAUAAUACUCCCAGUAAUGUGUCUGAGUGUAUAACAGAGCUCCACAGCAUUAAUAAUCCCAGUAAUGUGUCUGAGUGUAUAACAGAGCUCCACAGCAUUAAUAAUCCCAGUAAUGUGUCUGAGUGUAUAACAGAGCUCCACAGCAAUAAUACUCCCAGUAAUGUGUCUGAGUGUAUAACAGGGCUCCGCAGCAAUAAUACUCCCAGUAAUGUGUCUGAGUGUAUAACAGAGCUCCACAGCAAUAAUACUCAAAGUAAUGUGUCUGAGUGUAUAACAGAAUUCCACAGCAAUAAUACUCCCAGUAAUGUGUCUUUAAACUACAAUAAAUGUAUUUAGAAAACAGUCUGUGUAAAUAAGAUACAUUGCUCUUGUUAUAAAUGAAAUUUUAUUUGAAUAAAUUGUUAUUAGUAAGUCACCUAAAACUUCAGAGAUCAGCUCUGCUCCUGGCCACACCCCCACUCACACCCCUAAAAUGAAAGUGUCCCUCUUUGUCCAUGUGAAAUGCCGGGAGGUAUUGCUGUGUUUUGUGUCACAGGACAUUGGUACCGUCUUAAUUUCCUUUUUUUAUUAUUUUUUUAUGCAAGCUAAUUACUCUGAUAUAAUCUGAUUUAGAUUUGAUUGCUGCUGAAACGCCUCUGUCUUCCAGCCGUGAUGUUGUACUCUCCGUAAAGUACAGAAAUAUAUCACCCUCCACUCGCUACACUGUGCCAGAAGAACGUUAGCAGUUAUUAAACUCAAGGUCCCCCUUAUCCCCAGGCAAUCUUAGUCAUGAUAUUUAUUGUUAAAAACAGCUGGAACGGCAUAUUCCCACACCUGAAUGGAAAACUUUGGCUUCUAAAGUAGGUCGCUUCCGCUCCCCUGCUGCAAAGUGUAAGAUAAGUUAACCCCUUCACUCUCAGUAACUUGUACAUAUACACAGAAGGCGUAUGCCUCUAUACCACAUACCCCCCUUUGGGAGUAGGCAAGUGGACUGGGAGGUGUUGAGCUGGCUCUGUGGGUAGUGUAGAUCAGCAGUGGCUAACCAGUCGGACCUCACGGAUCACUAAACUCACAAUUUCAAUCACGUGGGCCACUAACAUGAAUAUUUUUUUAAAAAGUACAAACAUCUGUAGAAAAAUUGAUUUAAUUAUAACAAAUUUGUUAGUGGGAUAUGUGUUGCUGCUUGUUUGAAAUAGGUUUAUGGAUUCUUGGCUCCAAUUAUGUCACUGCAAAUUGGAGAGCCGUUAGUAUUUCAAGCCGACAGCGGUACUUGUUUUUCAUUGCCAUAACAAAUGAGAAUGUCUUUUCACACAAAUAUGUUGUUGCUAACUGAAUCAAAAUUUUGAUUUACAGACACAUACACACACACACACAGACAGACAUACUGACACACACACACAGACAGAUAUACUGACACACACACACAGACAGACACACUGACACACACGCAAAAGUUACAUUGUAAUAGCCACCCUCCAGUUUCUUAACUUUAGCAGGAGGGUGGCUUACCUGGCACUCCCACUCUAUUCUCACCGGGUCCUCUCUCUCCCUCACUGAUUUAGUUUUUUUAGGAGAAAGUGACUCACAGCUGCCACUUCUUUCCAUGCUGCCAAAGUGAAAGAGGGCCCGGUCGUGCUAUUAAAGGGUCACAGCGCUCGACUGAGCCCCUGCUGACACAUGCCCACCGGAUGGCCCUAAGCACAUGGGCCAAUCGAUGGGCUUCCAUAGUGUGCGGGCCCGUAGCCCACAUCAAUUUCUUGUAGGAUCAGUGAUCCUAUUAGAAAUUGUUGUUGGCAGAGGGCAAAAAUGUGCAAAUAAUGCCCAAAUUUCUACACGGGCCACCAAAAUUUUCUCGUGGACCAUCCGUGGUCUGCAGAUCACCAAUUUCCGACCUCUGGUGUAGAUAAAUCUAAUAAUAUCACUGGUAAUAACCACAACCAGCUUGAGGGUGAUGCUGAAGAAUUGGCAAAAUACCCCGAGUUGCAUAGCAAGGCAUGAGUGCUAAGUCUGGAGACUUGUGAAUCUUCAUGAACGCCAACUGACCAAAGUGUGAUUUCUCACUGUUUCUAGUUCUGAUUGCAUUCUGUCCUCUAGCUCCAUUCCUUUAUAAUUAAAAUUUUACUAACUGUUUAAAAAACAACAAAGAUGUUUUCUCAUUAAAAUAUGGGCUUUUAAUGCAUAAACACCUAUUAAUAAUCAGGCCCAGAUAAAAAUAUUUGACUAACUAUAGCCACACUGCUUUCCCUGGUGCAAUCCCCUUUUGGGCUGAUGCGCUCUCUGCAAGGUCCUAGAGCUGUAAUCUUCAGUUCCUUGCAGUUCCUUGUAGAUGAAGCCCUCAGGAGCCAAAUCAUUUUUUUAUUAUCAUUAUUAUUAAGGUCUAUGGGAGAUCCUACAAGACCUUUCAUGGAUCGUCUUGCACACCAUGCGAGGAGAAGUCUAUCCCUCAGCAGAUAUUAUGAACAGUAACUGCUGAGAUAUGACCAUGUGAUCUUGUGGAAUCUUCUUAGAAGUCUGCUCAUUGCCACAAAAACCCUAGUCCCAUUUUGUCCCACGUAUAUCCGCCUAUUGUUUCAAAAUUAAUUUCAAUUCCAACAAAGUCUUUUGGAGUUUUUCAUAACGAUUCUGUCUUUAAAACAGAAAACAGGAACAGCACAUACUUUUUCCUGAGAAGAUCUUCACUGUGGUUCCACAUCAACCCAGGAGACUACCAAUCCCUUGAAAUACACCAAAUGUAGAGAUGUCCGGGUGCACACCAAAUGUCCAAAAUCAAGACUUUAUUAGAGUGGAGUUACCAUUCCACUUCAAUAUAGUCUGCAUUUUGGACAUCCAGCGUGUACCAAGACAUCUGUUCUCUAGAAAUGAUUGUAUUUACAAGAACUCAGAAGUUACAGUGUUCUUUAAAAUGGUUUUGAUAAGAUUGGAACUUUAUCACAUUAAUAAAAUUGAUUAGCAAUACAAAAUUCCCAGAGGCCGAUACCAUACUUGCUGAGGGCUGCAUUUUAUAGAAGCAGAUUUUUAUUAAAUUAGCUCAUACAGUUUGCGUCGUUGAAUAUUUUUUGAUUGUCUUUUCUGCUGUAGGAACAGAAGAACGUCAUAUACAUGAGUGAGCACAGCCUACCACCAAACACACAAUUGCUCUCCAGACUGUAUCUCAAGCCAGAGAAUUCUGAUGUUCUCCAGAUGGUCUCCAAGAAGAAAACGAUGCCCAAACGAGCUGUCAUUGCUAAUGAAGACAGUAAUGCACCAGUGAGCAAUCCUUUUGUGGUAAGAAAUAAACAGAGUGUCAUUCUAGAUAAAACCAUCACUUCUUCAAGUAAACUAUAA